CAUUUGGUGUCCUGCAGUUCUGGGAGAAGCACCCAAGAGGAGCAGCAGAAGGAGGAGGAGACCCACACGGAGGGAGACCCACACAGAGAAAGACCCACACGGAGGGAGACCCGCACAGAGAAAGACCCACACGGAGGGAGACCCACACAGAGAAAGACCCACACAGAGGGAGACCCGCACAGAGAAAGACCCACACGGAGGGAGACCCACACAGAGAAAGACCCACACGGAGGGAGACCCGCACAGAGAAAGACCCACACGGAGGGAGACCCACACAGAGAAAGACCCACACGGAGGGAGACCCGCACAGAGAAAGACCCACACGGAGGGAGACCCACACAGAGAAAGACCCACACGGAGGGAGACCCGCACCUCAGACGGACCACAGGUUGGUAUUUGGGAGAGGGAGCAGCAGCCACAAGGUUUGACUUUAAGCCUUCUGUAUCUCAACCUGCCUCAGAGAUGCUCAAGGUCUGCUUUGUUUGACCUGUUGCUAGAGGCUGGGUUAGAGCUCUUGGGUCAUUCCACGCCAAACAACCUGAUUUUAAUACUCGACCGUGCUCUCAUGACUCAGAUUUUCUUCAAAAAAAUUUUCUGUGUAGAUACCUAUGAGAUAACCUCAAAUUAAUUUCUAAAGUUUUUUUGGUCCAAAAUUGGACAUAGGAAUUUUUUUUGAAAAUUUCAAUUUUCAUGUGAUUUAGGCUAAUGCAAUUUCUUGCAGAAGUGUUUUACACCAUAAAAUGAACAAGGGGUCUGAGAUGCAUUUUAUUAUUAUAUAAUCAAUAAAACUUAAUUUUUAAAACAUAUCAGAUGACACUGUAGCAUAAGAAGUUACAAUUUUAACUAUUCUCAUGAAUGUGAGAGUUAUUUCAGGUUCAAAGAGACAUUAAACCUGUCCAAAGAAGUAAUUUGUUUUGUAAAAUAUUUACUUCAAAAUCAAUUUAUUUUAUAACCACAAAAAACACCCUCCUUAUUUUUAUAACAAGUACAUGGUUAGCCCAUUCUACAACAAAAGUAUGAUACAUGUGUUAGUUGUGGUUUGCGCACUAUGGCUUAUUGAAGCUACCAGGAAUAAAAUGACAAAAAUUCACUUUGAAUAGUCAGUGACCCUUUUCUGUGGCAGUUAAUACCAUUUUUAUACCUUAUUUUGAAAGAGACCACAAUGACCUUUAUUUUGAUACCAAAAUAAGCCCAAUCGGUUGAAAAAUAAGCAAAACAGAAGGUUUUUCCUACACUGAUGCAGAAAUUGCAUUAGCCUAAAUCGCCUGAAAAUCGAAAAUUUCAAAAAAUUCUCCUGCACCCAAUUUUGGACCAAAAAACCUUUCAAAAUUAAUUUGAGGUUAUCUCAACAUAAAACACAUUAAAACUUUUUGAAGAAAAUCUGAGUCGUGAAGCUCUUGGAAGCAAAACUUUGGCUUGCGUGUAUAAUAAUGAAUCUUUUCCUUGUAAUUAAAUGGGCAGUUAAAGGAGUCCCUCCAUGGUGGAUUGAGCCUGACAAUCUGCAGGAACAUCCCUCUGGGUUUUAAAGCUUAUUUUUAAAAGAACAUUUCCCUUCCCCUUUCUUCCCCUGCCAGAAUUGCCUGAAAUUUGCAGACAUGGAGACUGACAAAUCCCAAAAUUAGAGCUGUAGUGUUUCCUUUGCCAUUUUUUUUUUGGGGGGGGGGGUGGUACAAAAAGAAAAAGAAAAAUCAGUAGGGGGAGGAAUGGAAAUGACUUCUUCUGCCCCACACCAGGGAUUUUUCAGAACACAGCUUCUCCCUGCAAGAAAGAAAUCUUUCUGGUUGUUUUUUUAAAAAAUGUGUGUGUGUGGUUUGUUGGUUUUGGGAGGAGGGAAAGCGAAAGUGAUCUCUCAUGCUCCAUUUCUGAGAAUUCAGAUGGUUAGAAAGAACACCCUGCCUAGCUCCAGAAGUCAACAGAUAGGGAGGGUGUCAGAGCUGCUUCCAGAUCCUAGCUCACAGAGGAUCACGCUAGCCAGCGAUCACUAAACAAAAGUCUUUAUUGAGUUACAGUUUCCAUUCUCAAACUGCUGCGUGCAACUCUACGUCUCAUGGUUAGACCGGCGAAGCUCCGUCUGAGUCUCCGCCCCUUGUACACCAACUUAAUAUCCUAGCCCUGCUCCACCUUUUCCGCCUGACUGUUCUUCUCUGGGUCCCUCUGCCCCCUGGGGUCUCUUCUUUCCGGGAUUCCUCUGACGCUGACCCCCCUGACUCUUCUCCCUCCUUUCGGCGGGCUUUAGGACCUGGCUCCCUUCCGGGCUGCCUACUGUGCCACCUUCCUGUGCAUUUGAACUUGGCGCGCGCCCAACCUUCCACCUUCCGUCUGACCGUUUCUUCGCUCCCCGAUGGAGGUGUGGCCACUCCUGACUCGUGCCCUCCCCCCUGUUGUGAGCUGCCAGCGCUUGAUCCCUGGCUCCCUUCCUCUUCCCUGCUCUCUGGCGGUGACGCUGGUCCCGAUUUCCAACUGCUCCCUCUGAGUCCCCUCUGGCUCUAUCUUCCUGGGGCGUCCCCUAGGCUCCCCCUUGCCCUGGCCACUGGUGCUCCUUUCUGUGAAUCUUCUGAUUCACUGGAAAGACUCGGAGAUCUCGGGUCGUCGUCAUCACUCAUCUUUUCUUCUGCCUCCUCCCCUCGCUCUCUGUUUCCUCCCUUGCCCUUGCCUCUGCUCCUGAACCCCUGACAUCCAUCCCCCUCGAAGCCCCCUCUUCCCCCUCCCCUCCUUCCGGUGCGGGAUCUGGGUGCUGCCGUGUCAGGGGACGAAUGUCGGAUACAGUUCGCUUCCCGUGGCGGGCCGCCAUCUGAAGUCUUCCGGUUCUUCCUCCCUGCUCUCGUUGACGACGGUCACCUCCGCUUCCAUCUCUGUGCCGCCGUGCUCGAAACCCGGGUCGUCCCCGAAACAGUCCAUGUCCGUCUCUCCCCGUUACCUUCUGGAGACGUUGCUCGUCCUGGACCCUCCAGCCACCUUCUGCGGAACUGCUCCUCUGGUCGAUCAUCCCACCAAUACGAGGGUUCUGAAGCAGAUCCCGAGGGUGACCCCUCCGGGGAACGGGCGUCUCGUGUCGGUUCCUCGUCCGAGUCGAACCCCCCGGAACGUGCUGGCUGAAAGUGUGGGCGUGAAAAGCCAGUCGUCGAAAAAGUCUGCUGGCAUUGGCCUAUGUGGGAAGAGGGCAUGAAACUCUUCUUUGAGCAGAGGUUCGUCUAAAGCGUAGCCCGGCACCCAGCUGUUGGCACUGGCCGGGGUGCCCUCCUUGGCGAGAAGGUAUUCUACCUCCUCUUCCCCCCAUCUGGAGUCCAAAAUCUCCGUGACUUCGUUGAUGCGCUCCUCCCGUGCCACUCCCCCCUGCCCGGUUCUCUCUCGGAGCGGACCCGGUGCCGUUCCUGGUUCCUGAAACCUGUGAGGUGCCUUGUAUGGAGUGAGCACCGAUCUGUGGAACACCGGAUGCAUUCUGGAACCCUCCGGAAGAGCCAGCCUGAAAGCCACCGGGUUGACCUGUUCUUCGACUUGGUAGGGCCCCAGUUGUUUAUGCCCUAGUUUCUUCUUCGCCAACGACCUGGCCGGCACUGCGUGGGCUGCUAACCAGACCCAGUCUCCCACAUGGAUCUCUUCGCCAACCCUUCUGUGUUUGUCCGCUUGUACCUUGUAUGCGUGUUUAGCCAGCUCCAGGUGCCGCCGCAGCUGAUCGUGGACCUCCUGCAACUCCGACGCGAAUGCAUCUGCUGUCUGCGGCUCCCCUCCCCAUUCUUUCCAGUCCCGGGAAGGUUCUGGGGUGCCUCCCGUUGUUGGCGAAGAACGGCGUGACCCCCGUGGACACGUGCUUCGUGUUGUUGUAGGCGAACUCGGCGAGAGGCAGGUAAUCCACCCACGUCGCAGGCUGUUGAUUCGCAUAACAUCUCAGGUACUGCUGCAUGAUGGCAUUGACCCGCUCCGCUUGCCCAUUGGUCUGCGGGUGUCUAGCCGACGCCAGGUUGAUCUUGACGUUCAGGAAGCCCAUCAGCCUCUGCCAGAAGUUCGAGAUGAACUGUCGCCCUCGGUCGGACAGAAUAGACCGCGGCAGACCGUGAACCUUGAACACGUGGUCUAUGAACAGUUUGGCGGUUUGUUCCGCCGUGGCCACCUUCGCACACGGAAUGAAAUGUGCCAUCUUGGAGAACAAGUCCACCACCACCAGCACAGCCGUCUUGCCCCUCGAGCUGGGCAGAUCCGUGACAAAGUCCAGGGCCACUCUCUCCCAUGGUUCGAACGGAGUUUGCAGCGGUUCCAGCAAUCCGGCCGGCGGUCUGUGCACUGGUUUGGCCCUCUGGCAGGUGUCACACCUCGCCACGUAGUCCGCGACUUCCCUCUCAUUCCUGGCCACCAGAAGUCUCUGGCUACUAAUUCCACCGUCUUCUCCUUGCCAAAGUGCCCGGCAGUGGGCGCGUCGUGCAGCUGCUGCAGUACCUUGGCGCGAAGUUCGUCUCCCGGCAUGUAGAUGGCCCCUUUACGGAUGAGCAAACCAUCUCGCAGCUGGAACUCGUCGGUCGCUGCCGUGCCCCUGUGCGCCUCUGCCAUCUUUGCUUGCGCGAAGGAGUCAUCCUGCAACGCUCGUCGCACCGCCUCCAGGUCAACUGUUGCCGCCGUGCACGCCCACACUGUCGGUGCGAAGAUGUGCAUGGCGGCCGCUGGCGUUGCCUCCUCCAGAUACUGCGGCUUACGGGAGAGAGCAUCCGCCAUGAUGUUGGUGUCCCCGGGACAUACUCUAUUCGGAAGUCGAAAUUCGCAAAGAACUCAGCCCAACGUAUCUGCCUCUGGUUCAGGAACUGUGCCGUGCGCCAGUGCUCUAGAUUCUUGUGGUCCGUGCAGACCUGCACCGUGUGCUUGGCGCCGAUCAGGAAGUGCCUCCACGCUUUGAACGCUGCAUGAAUGGCCAGCAACUCCCUGUCCCAGAUGGUGUAGUUCUGUUCGGACUUGCUGAGCUUCCUUGAGUAAAACGCUCCCGGCCUCCAAACCCCCUGCGGGUCCUUCUGCAGCAGGACUGCUCCCACGGCUCUGUCCGAGCGUCCGUCUCCGCCCUCGUCGGCCGGCUGGGGUUGACAUGAAGCAGUUGCUCUUCCGACGCGAAGAGACGCUUGAGUGCCUGAAAGGACUGCUCCGCCUGCUCUGUCCAGAUGAACUUCUGUUUCUUGGAGCUGAGCGUGUCCGUGAUGGCCGCUGUCUGCAUGGCAAAGCCUUUGAUAAACUUGCGAUAGAAGUUCGCAAAGCCGACAAACCGUUGGACCUCCUUCCGGUUGCGUGGGCUUUUCCAAUCCAACACUGCUCGGACCUUGGCGCUGUCCAUGGCGAGCCCUUUAUCAGACAACUUGUAGCCCAGGAAAUCCACCUCCGUCACGUCGAAUUGGCACUUCUCCAGCUUGGCGUAAAGCCUAUGUUGCUGUAGCCUGCUCAGCACUUCCUUGACGUGCCUGUCAUGCUCCUGCUGCGAUUCCGAAAAGAUCAGGAUGUCAUCCAAGAAACAGACGCACGUCUUGUAGAGGAGCCCCGCCAACACGUGAUGCAUGAAAGCUUGAAAACGUGGGAACCAUUUUGCAAUCCAAAAGGCAUAACUCUAUAUUCGUAGGUGCCCAGGGGCGUGAACAUGGCUGUCUUCCACUCAUCUCCUUCCCGCAUGCGAAUGAGGUUGUACGCCCCUCGCAGGUCCAACUUAGUGAACACGCUGCCCUUCCGUACCUUUGCGAGGAGGUCGUCGAUGCGGGGCAUGGGGAAGUCCGAUGGCUUGGUCACGCUGUUCAAAAUGCGAUAGUCCACUACAAGUCUUUUCUGGGGCGUGUCCCGCUUCUUAACAAAGAAUACCGGACUGCCCCCCCGCUGCCUUGGACUCUCGGAUGAAACCGCGCUCCAAAUUAUGAUCUAUGAACUCUUUGAGUUCCUGCAGUUCGUCCUCAGACAUGGAAUACAGCUUCCCUUUGGGCAGCGCCGCCCCCGGCAGCAGGUCAAUUUUGCAGUCAUAUGGUCUGUGGGGGUAGCCUGUCUGCCUCCUUCUCGCAGAAAACCUCCAAAAAUUCUGCGUACUUGUGGGGAACCGCUUGCAGCGUGCCCAGCUGCAGCUGUGACUCCUCUUCCUCUCCUUCCUGCCGGGGCACGAUGCAGUGUUCAGCGCAAAAGGAAGAGCCGAAGGUCAGCUGCCUCUGGUACCAAGCCAGCGUCGGGCUGUGCUUGUCCAGCCAACUCAUGCCCAAUACAAUGGGCGUGUCCGAUAGUUGAGUGACAUUGAAGCUGAUGAUUCCCUGUGAUUCCCAAGCCGCAUCACCAUUGGUGGCGUCUGCUUCACCACUUGCCCCCCUAGCAGCUCCCUGCCAUCCACCGUGACAACCUGCAGGGGCAGCGUGGCAGGCAGCAACUGUAUAGCGUGCCGGUCGACAAAGUCCUGCCCUAUAAAGUCCGCAUUGCUUCCGGAGUCAAUGGUGAUUGGCACGUCCAUGGUGAUCCCAUUGGGCAGCUGGAGCGACGCGGUGAGCCUCACUACUGGUUUGGGCGGGAGGGGGUCCAUGGGCUGUAAAAUCUCUGGGGACUGCUUCACUGACACGUCUGGUUGGGCCCCAGUGCCUCUUCCUCCAACCAGACUCCGUCGUUUCCCUGCUGUGGUUCUCCUUGCUGCGUUGCUGCAGUUACCAUUGCUGAAGCUGCAGUGUGCUUGUGGAGCCUCUGGGGACACUCUUUCGCCAUAUGCUGUGGAGCAUCGCAGAUGUAACACUUCCUGUUCCCUCUAGGAGGCUUCGCUUUCACUGCUGCCGGUGCUAGGGCUCUGGCUGCUGACUGAGCCCUUGCACCUCCAACCUCCAUAGGUUCCGCUCCUCCUCCUGGCGGAGGCGUGGAUUGCGCACGCGCUGCUUCUCUGGGAAGGAAGGAGGAGCCCCUGGCUGGUUCGCGCCCUCCACGCCCUUCGUCCCUGCUCCACGGACGUUCUUCCAGCCGCACCCCACCGCCAGCGCCCUCUGAACGAUCUCCUGCGUGGUCCGGGGUCUCUCCCCUCGCAAUUUCAUCUUUAACCGAGCCGUGCAAUCCCUCCCAAAACAGGUCUCUUACAGGAGCCGAAUCUCUGUCCCAUUCCAGAGCACUGACCAAAGCGAAAAGCGGGCAUGGUACUGCCUUACGCUGGCCCUCCCUUGCUUCAGUCCAUGUAUCUGCUGCCGAGCAAGAUCCACGUCAAUGCUUGAUAAAAAGCACCCAUCCAUCGCUUUAAUAAAGGCAUCCGCAUUUUGGAGCGCCGGAUCCUUAUCUCUCCACAAAUUGCGCAGCCAUGCUUUAGCAUCUCCAUGCAAAUGGGACAUGAUGAAUCCCACUUUCUCUUGCUCAUCUCUAAAGUCUUUGUCCAGCAGUUGCAGUGCACACAUUACAUCUGCUCUAAAGUUGGGGUACUGUUGCAAAUUCCCAUCGAAGUGAGAGACCAGACCGCCUGUUCGUCUCCCCAACCCAAUCCCCUCCGGUUUGGGUGUCAGUUGCCCUUGCUUCGUAAGCACUUCCAACCUGACCUGGAGAUCCCUGUAGGCGGCAGCUGCGUCCUCCUCUCUCUUCCUGGAUGCAAGAGCCUCGGCAUUCAGUCGUGACACUGCUUCUCUGAGUUCCGCUAUCUGCUGUUCGGCCGUCAUAUUGUCUGCCUUUCGUGAGCUCGCUAGUAGGCACCCGCUUUCUCUCCUCUCCGCGAGGCCGUAGAUGCCCACAAAUUUAAGGGGACGGAGCUUACUGUCAGAGCUGCUUCCAGAUCCUAGCUCACAGAGGAUCACGCUAGCCAGCGAUCACUAAACAAAAGUCUUUAUUGAGUUACAGUUUCCAUUCUCAAACUGCUGCGUGCAACUCUACGUCUCAUGGUUAGACCGGCGAAGCUCCGUCUGAGUCUCCGCCCCUUGUACACCAACUUAAUAUCCUAGCCCUGCUCCACCUUUUCCGCCUGACUGUUCUUCUCUGGGUCCCUCUGCCCCCUGGGGUCUCUUCUUUCCGGGAUUCCUCUGACGCUGACCCCCCUGACUCUUCUCCCUCCUUUCGGCGGGCUUUAGGACCUGGCUCCCUUUCCGGGCUGCCUACUGUGCCACCUUCCUGUGCAUUUGAACUUGCGCGCGCGCCCAACCUUCCACCUUCCGUCUGACCGUUUCUUCGCUCCCCGAUGGAGGUGUGGCCACUCCUGACUCGUGCCCUCCCCCCUGUUGUGAGCUGCCAGCGCUUGAUCCCUGGCUCCCUUCCUCUUCCCUGCUCUCUGGCGGUGACGCUGGUCCCGAUUUCCAACUGCUCCCUCUGAGUCCCCUCUGGCUCUAUCUUCCUGGGGCGUCCCCUAGGCUCCCCCUUGCCCUGGCCACUGGUGCUCCUUUCUGUGAAUCUUCUGAUUCACUGGAAAGACUCGGAGAUCUCGGGUCGUCGUCAUCACUCAUCUUUUCUUCUGCCUCCUCCCCCUCGCUCUCUGUUUCCUCCCUUGCCCUUGCCUCUGCUCCUGAACCCCUGACAGAGGGUGUGUUGUUUUUCUUGCUGGCCAUUUCCUUCUUUCGUUUGAGUGACCUUUCAACUCAAAACAGGAUGCUAACAGGAUCUCUGCUCUUAGCAAAACAGCUCAGGAAAGAUUUCCAUGUUUUAUGUUUCAUUAAUGCUGCAUAUGAACACAUGAAGAGCCCUCUGGGAUCAGGCCAGGGGCCCUCAAGUUACAGACUCAUAGAACUGAAGAGUUGGAAGGGACCCCAAGGAUCAUCUAGUCCAACCCCCCGCAAUGCAGUUGUCCCAUAUAGCGACCGAACCUGCAUCCUUGGCAUUAUAUCAGCACCACGCUCUAACCAACAGUGCAAUCCAGUCCGGCCUCCUGUUCUCACAGGAGCCAGCCAGAUGCCCCCAAGGGAAGCCUGUGAGCAGGAGCUGAGCUCAAGAACAACUCUCCCCUUCUGUAGUCUCCAGCAGCUGCAAUUCAGAAGCAUCGCUGCCUCCGACUGUGGCUAACUCCAGCUGUGCACAAACAUUAUUUCACAUGCAUAGAACUGGAGUGGGAGCUUCCGGGUCAGCGCCAUCGCUAAUGGCGGAUUCCCUCUGAUUCUCAGAGGGACCAGCUCCGCGGGAUCGGGUCUUACCGCUGUGGCAAAGCGGGGACCCUUUAAAAACCACAGGCGGGGGAAGCCUGUGAACGUGGGGACUCGGAGGGCAUCAUUUGCGGCCCCCCCCCCAAGUUGCGAAGGGACCCUUUUAAGGGCUCCGGAGCGGGACGGGGUGAGUGGCACGGUGCUGAGAGUCGACUGCUUCUUCCGCGGAGUGAAGCCGCACAGCCGUUAUCGGAGAGAGCUGACUUUUUCCUGGGAUAAUUGGAUUUCGAAAGCAACUACCCGUGAGUAGGAUUAAAUUGGAUUUAAAAGGAGAAAAAACAGCUAAUUCGGCAUCGAAGCGGGAAGGUAUAACCAGGAAGUCUGCCUUCCUUUCUUGUAGAUAGUUCAAAGUAAAGAGACUGUAAAGCGGAAACAUAGAGAGACGUUCGGAAAAAGACUUAGAUCUUAACAUCUGGAACGUGGUCUCCCCUCCGGAUUGCAGGAGAGGAGGGGGGAAGGUUUGAGUUGUGUUUACCUGCAAAGAAAAGGGGGAAAGGAAGCUAAAUCUGCUGCUUAAAACCUGGGAACGGACUGCCCCUAGACAAGGAAUGCCGUUCAGUGGAAAGCCUAUCGGUAAGCAGAGGAUUUUUGACAGCUAACUCUGCAGAAGAGAUAUAGUGUUUCUGGACUUCUCCUGGCUUUAAAGUAACUGUUCAAGUGCAUUGAAACUGUUGUUUUUAAGUGAAUUGGGGGACUUAUAAAGACCAUCUUUGUUCUUAAAAGUUGCAGGCUUUGGCUGUUACUGUGUCCCCCUAGAGGAGGCUGGACAUUGCUACAAUAACAACUGGGUUAGAGGAAAAUUCCAUUCCAAAACAAACUUUCAACUGUGGGAACGACCUUGGAUUCUCAUGAGAGUGUUAUGGCAGAUGGGAAAGGAAAGAUAGAGCUGGCGCAGGAAAAAACUACUAGGUCUGGCAGACACUAUCGGACAGAUACUGCGCAGCAGCGAAGGGCUUCAACAUCUGGAGCAUCUGGAACAUCAGGGGCUGCACCCCCACAGGUCAAACCAAAAGUUAUGUCGUCCGAAGACGUUUUGGCACACGCUCUUGGAAAAAUUAAUGAAUCUUUGGAAAAUUUAGCUAAGCAGGUAGCUGAGACUAAUAAACAAGUAGCUGAAGCAUCAGGUAAAAUUGAUCUGAAUACUACAAGUAUUAAUAAUUUGGGACAGAAGGUGAACACCAAUACAGAGUCUAUCGAAAAAUUAUUACAGGAAUCUGCUUCGACCCGAAAGAUAGCUGAAGAAGCAAAAGAUAUUGCAACUGCUAUUCAAGAGAAGAUACCACCAGUAUAUAAGAAAUUGGAGGACCAUGAUUUGACAUUGUCUAUGACUGAAUUGAAAGAGAGACAAAGAAAUUUAAGAAUCAGGGCUGUACCAGAACGGGAGAAAGAUAACCUGGCUGACUUUCUUACACAGGAAUUUACAGACUUUUGGCAACAGGACUCGGGGAAGGAAGAAUUCAAGAUAGUGAAUGCAUUUAGACUUGGAAGAGGACAAAGCAGGAACAAGGUGAGGGACUGCUUGAUUACCCUUCGAACAAAAGAAGAGAGAGACAAAAUUUUGAAUUUGCACUAUCAAAAGACUUUGGAAAUUUACGACUCAAGUGUGGUGAUAUUUAAGGACAUUCCAAAACAUCUUUUGGACUUAAGGUUUAACUACGGAGACCUAGUUGCCCUGUUGAAAAGAAAUAGAAUUCUUUUCAGGUGGGAAUUUCCUCAAGGCCUAUCCUUUAAAUACAAAGGAAGAAAGAUAAAAAUAAGAUCAGUCAAUGAUAAGGACAGGUUCUUGAAAGAUCACGAAGAAGACCUACAGAAAGAAGUGGAAUCUGGAGAAGAGCCAAAAGGCAUACUAGACAUAGCAAACUUAUCUUUUGGAUUGCACGGCCCAGAGAAAGAGACACCACCUACAGAACAAGAACAGACACUUGGUGCAGUUGGAGGUAAAGUGAAGUAACCCCAUCAUGGCUCUGCAACUGUUAAGCUGGAAUUGUAAUGGUUUGAACUCCCUCGAAAGAGAAAAAGUGUUUUUCAUCUACUAAAAAAGGAACAAUUGGACUUGAUUUGUUUACAAGAAACACAUAUAACAAGGCUACACAGGAAACUACUGAUUAAUAAAAGAUUGGGACAGGAGUUUAUCUCAUCUGACAAAGUUAAAAAAAGAGGAGUUGUGAUAUAUGCAAAGGAGAGACUAUCACCGAAAUUAAUUUUUAAAGAUGAUCAAGGAAGAUUCUUGGCAAUUGAAAUUCAAGUUCAAGGAGAGAAAUUCUUGAUAGUAGGAAUUUAUGCACCAAAUGAGGGGAAAUCUGAAUUCUUUAAAAAGUUGCACGAGACUUUACUGGACUAUUUGGAUUACAAUUUGAUUUUGAUGGGGGACAUGAAUGGAGUAGUAUCUACAAACAUGGAUAAGGCACAAAGACAGGUAGUUACCAAGGAUGGUAGACUACCGAAAACAUUUUUGAGAUGACAGACAAUAUAGACUUAGUGGAUAUCUGGAGAGUAAAGAACCCCUUGGGAAGAGAGGGAACCUUCUUUUCUGAAGCCAAGAUGACAUGGACUAGAAUUGACCAAAUAUGGAUAACUAGAGGAAUGGCACCAAAGAUAAAGAAAGUAGAAAUCUGCCCAAAAACCUGCUCCGACCAUAAUGCGGUAAGGAUGGAGAUGAAACAAAUAUCAACUGGAUCCUUCAGAUGGAGGAUGAAUGACACCUUAUUUAGAGAUGAAGAAGUAUAUAAAAAGGCCCAAAAAACUUUGAGAGACUAUUUUGAAAUAAAUAUGAACACCAAUGUAGAAAAAAGAGUAAUCUGGGACGCAAGUAAAGCGGUCAUGAGAGGGUUUCUGAUACAACAGAAUGCAAUAAAGAAGAGAAGUCAGAAUGAGAAGAAAGAUAAAAUUUUGGAGAAAAUAAAAGAAAGUGAGAAGAAAUUGAGAGCAAAACCAAAGUCGCAGGAGAUUCUGAGAGAAAUAAAAUUAUAUCAAGUACAAUACAUGAAAAUGAUGAAUCAGGAAAUAGAAUGGAAAAUUAAACAAUUGAGACAAAAAACAUUUGAAUCAGCUAAUAAAUGUGGGAAAUUGCUGGCCUGGCAAAUGAAAAAAAGACAAAAAUUAAAUACUAUUACAAACUUAGAAGUGGAAGGAAAGAAUAUACACAACCCAAUUGAGAUUAGAAACUGUUUCCAGAGGUACUUUAAACAAUUAUACACGCAAGGGCCACAGAAAGAAAUGGACAUAGACCGAUUCUUGAAGACAAAUGGAUUACAAAAAUCUCUCAAGAAAGUAAAUUAAUGCUGAACUAUAAAAUAUCUGAACAGGAAGUGGAAGGUGCCAUUCAAAAUAUGCAAUUGGGCAAAUCUCCAGGACCGGAUGGGCUGACUUCUAGAUAUUAUAGAUCCUUGAAAGAGUGGCUAUUGCAACCUUUGAAGGAAGUCUGCAAUGAAAUUUUGGAAGGGAAAAGGGCACCAGAGUCGUGGAAAGAGGCGUACAUUACACUUAUACCUAAAACAGAGACUGAAAAGACUCAGCUUAAGAACUAUCGCCCUAUAUCGUUACUUAAUGUGGAUUACAAAAUUUUUGCAGACAUUUUGGCCAAGAGAUUGAAAAAAGUAUUGAUGGAAGAGAUUCAUAAAGACCAAGCGGGCUUUCUCCCGGGAAGACACUUGUCUGACAAUUUGAGGAACAUAAUUGACAUUUUGGAAAAACUAGAAGUGAAUAUUAACGCUAAAGCAGUUCUGAUAUUUGUGGAUGCGGAGAAAGCUUUUGACAAUAUCUCUUGGAGCUUCAUGAAGAAGAACCUACAGGGGAUGGGGGUAGACCAAGGUUUUGAAAAUGGUAUAGGUGCAAUAUACUCUGAACAAAAGGCUAAAUUAAUUGUAAAUAAUGUGGUAAUGGAAGAAUUUAAGAUAGAAAAAGGGAUACGACAGGGGUGCCCAAUCUCCCCACUGCUUUUAUAUCGGUCCUGGAGGUUCUGCUGAAUAUGAUUAGAAGGGACCGGUUGGUUAAAGGUAUACAGGUCGGAGCCAAACAGUACAAACUGAGAGCAUUUGCAGAUGACUUAGUAUUGACGUUACAGGAGCCAGAAUCUAGCACUAAAAGGGUUUUAGAAUUAAUUCAAGAAUUUGGUCAAGUGGCAGGAUUUAAACUGAACAAGCUAAAAACUAAGGUUUUAGAGAAAAAUUUAACACCGAUUGAAAGAGAGAGGUUUCAGAAUGAGACAGGUUUAACAGUGGUUAAGAAAGUGAAAUAUCUGGGGAUUAAUAUGACAGCCAAAAAUGGGAACUUAUUUAAAGAUAAUUAUGAAAAAUGUUGGACGGAAGUGAAAAAAGAUUUAGAAAUCUGGUCAAAUUUGAAGCUUUCACUGCUGGGCCGUAUUGCUGCGAUAAAAAUGAAUGUAUUGCCUAGAAUGUUGUUUUUGUUUCAGACAUUGCAAAUUGUGGACAAGAUGGAUUGUUUCAAGAAGUGGCAGAGAGACAUUUCUAGAUUUGUCUGGCAGGGCAAGAAGCCCAGAAUAAAAUUUAAGAUAUUAACUGACGCAAAGGAAAGAGGUGGAUUUGCCCUGCCAGACUUUAAACUUUAUUAUGAAUCAGCAGCUUUUUGCUGGUUGAAAGAAUGGCUACUUCUUGAAAAUACAGACAUUUUGGAUUUAGAAGGUUUUAACAACGUAUUUGGAUGGCAUGCAUAUUUAUGGUAUGAUAAGGUCAAAGCACAUAAAGCAUUUAAAAACCAUAUUGUCAGGAAAGCACUGUUUAAUGUUUGGAUAAGAUACAAGGAUUUAUUGGAAAAUAAAACCCCAAGGUGGUUGUCACCGAUGGAAGCGAAAGCUCUGAAAAGGCUCAAUUUGGAGGCCAAAUGGUCGAAAUAUUGGGAAAUUUUGGAACAAGAAGGAGACAAAUUGAAAUUGCAGAUUUUCGAGAAACUAAAAAACAAAGUGAGAGAUUGGCUUCAUUAUUAUCAAAUAAUGGAGGCAUAUAAUUUGGAUAAGAAAAUUGGCUUCCAGGUGGAAAAAUCAAAACUAGAAACAGAACUGUUAGAACCCAAAACUAAGAAGUUGUCAAGAAUGUAUAACUUGCUGUUGAAAUGGAAUACUCAGGAUGAAACGGUGAAAUCUGCUAUGAUUCUCUCAGAGAAGUUGAUCUGCCUACCUGGCCCUCCUCCCCAGCUGCUGGCCCUCCUGCUCUUGAGGAAGCUAGUCUUUCCCCACCUUUGGUCAUCAGAGAGAAGCCUGCCCUGCCCACCCCAUGAGGACUGGCAGCUUGUGGGCUCAAUCCACCAGAGGGGGGGGGGCUAGAUUAAAUCCUGGGCCAACACGGGUGACAGAGCACCCAGAAGACACAGAACCAAAGGAGUUUCUCCCUUUGGGAAGAUCUGCUUUGGGGGAGAGCAAGGGCAAGGAGACCUGCUCAACGUCUUCUAGGGGGAUGGUCUUGCCCUAAUGGCUUUAACUGAUUUUUAACUGGUUGUUGUUGUUUUUAAAAUGUGUGUGUGUGGUGUGUUGGUUUUGGGAGGGGGGAAUGUGAAAGUGAUCUGCCAUGGGCCAUUUCUGAGAAAUCACAUGGUUAGAAAGAACACCCUGCCUAGAUGCGGAAGUCAACAGGCAGGGAGGGUGUGUUGUUUUUCUUGCUGGCCAUUUCCUUCUUUCGUUUGAGUGACCUUUCAACUCAAAACAGGAUGCUAACAGGAUCUCUGCUCUUAGCAAAACAGCUCAGGAAAGAUUUCCAUGUUUUAUGUUUCAUUAAUGCUGCAUAUGAACACAUGAAGAGCCCUCUGGGAUCAGGCCAGGGGCCCUCAAGUUACAGACUCAUAGAACUGAAGAGUUGGAAGGGACCCCAAGGAUCAUCCAGUCCAACCCCUUGCAAUGCAGUUGUCCCACACGGGGAUUGAACCUGCAACCUUGGCGUUAUCAUUACCACGCUCUAACCAACAGAGCUCUCCAGUCCAGCCUCCUGUUCUCACAGUGACCAGCCAGAUGCCCCCAAGGGAAGCCUGUAAGCAGGAGCUGAGCUCAAGAACAACUCUCCCCUUCUGAAUUUUCCAGCAACUGCAAUUCAGAGGCAUCGCUGCCUCCGACUGUGGCUAACUCCAGCUGUGCACAAACAUUAUUUCACAUGCAUAGAACUGGAGUGAAACAUAUGUGCUGUGAAGGCAACAAGUGUGUGUUUGUGAACGUAUCUGGCACACAGGUAUAUUCACCAGGGUGGCAUUGAUGAUGAUGAUGAAAUACUUAAUAUAAAUAGGAACAAAAAUCCAGUAAAGGUUCAGUAAACCCAUUCUGCUGAUCAGACCUGGUGUGGUCUGGCAUCUGAAAGUAACAGCAUUCUGGUUGCAACUUGCUUUCUUCUGUUGUGAGGAGACAGUCAAUCAGUUCCUUCCUUAGCAGACCACAAGCUUCACAUGAGCCCACAGUGUGAUGCAGCAGCAAAAAAGGCUAAGGCUAUUCCAGGCUGCCUCCACUGAAGUCUAGUGCCGCAAUCAAGGGCAGUAAUGAUCUAUCCCUCCAGCAGGAGGGAAUUGGGGGGGGGGGAUAUUUUGCAAAUGCUACAAUGCGCCUUUCGCACUUGGUUUUGUAGGGGCAGUUCGUGGUUGGAGUCAAAGUCUGCCCUUCUGGGUGAUGCUCUAAAAGGGAGGGGAAAGGGGGCACAAUCCAUGCCAAGGAUUCACCCCUUCCUGUUUUUAUAUAAUUUUUAUUAAAUUUUCUAUUUUACAAUUUAAAAUACUCAUUUUACAUCCUUAAAAUAUCAAUGACUUCCCUUCUUUUCUUUCCAAGGUUCCUUUUGCAUAUCAUAAAUCCCUGCAUAUUUUACAAAAACUAUAACAAUCAGUAUUCCAUUAUUACAUCCAUCAAAACUUAUUUACACUGUUGAAUUUAUCUUAAUGCUGCCAGCGUUUUCAGUUGUACACAAUUAUUUCCCAGAUAUUCAAUAUACAUCUUCCAAUCUUCUCUAAACGUAUGUUCUUCUUGUUCUCUUAUUCUAUAUGUUAAGUCUGCAAGUUGUGCAUAUUCCGUCAACUUAAGUUGCCAUUCUUCUUUGGUUGGGACCUCACUCAUUUUCCAUUUGGGGGCUAAGAAAACAUGGGCUGCGGUGGUGGCACACAUAAAUAACUUUUUUUGACACCUGGGAAUUUCCGUCUGAAUAAUUCCCAACAGAAAGGACUCUGGUUUUUGGAGGGAAAGUACUUUUACACAUUUUUUCAAUUCAUUAUGAAUAAUUUCCCAAUACUCUUUUACCCUUUUACAAGUCCACCACAUAUGAAAGAACGUUCCCUCAACCUCUUUGCAUCUCCAGCACUUAUCUGAUUCUGUCUUAUACAUCUUAGCAAGUCUAAAGGUAAAGGCAAAGGGACCCCUGACCAUUAGGUCCAGUUGCGGUGCUCAUCUCGCUUUAUUGGCCGAGGGAGCCGGCGUACAGCUUCCGGGUCAUGUGGCCAGCAUGACUAAGCCGCUUCUGGCAAACCAGAGCAGAGCACGGAAACGCCGUUUACCUUCCCACCAGAUAGGUACCUAUUUAUCUACUUGCACUUUGAUGUGCUUUCGAACUGCUAGGUUGGCAGGAGCAGGGACCGAGCAACGGGAGCUCACCCCAUCGCGGGGAUUCGAACCGCUGACCUUCUGAUCAGCAAGUCCUAGGCUCUGUGGUUUUACCCACAGUGCCACCCACGUCCCUAUCUUAGCAAGUCUACUCGGAGUUAAAUACAGGUAGUUCUCCUUCAAAGAAUAACAUGCUGUAAACUUCAAAUCACUUUUCCAGAAUUUUCCCCAGAGGUUAAACUCUAUAUUGUGUCCUAUAUCUAUUGCCCAGUGUGUCAUUGAGACUUUGACAAGCUCGUCUUUUGUUUCCCAGUCUAAUAAUAAAUUAUACAUUUGGGACAAAAGUUUCUCUUUGUUUUGUAGAAGUUCUUUUUCAAAUUGUGAGCUUUGGUCCAUAAAAGCAUUUUUCCUGUCUGUUUUAAACAUUUCAUGUAACUGAUGAUAUUGUAGCCACACUGUCACAUGGCUCCCUACACUUUCCAUUGAUUUCAGUUUAGGUUCCCCUCUGUAAAGUGUAGCAGUUCCCUGUAAGUUGCCCAUUGUCUGUCCAUAUUAACUCUCUUAAUUGUAAUAGCCCCAAUAGGAGAGAGUCAUAAAGGUGUUUUCCUUUCCAGCAGAUUUUUAUGUUUCUCCCAAACGCUAUACAAAUUCUUCCUUAGAAUAUGGUUCAUAAAACUUUUAUAAAUUUUCACCUUCUCAUGAUUUAAAAUUCAGCGUAUCUCCUUCCUCAUUGCUUUUCCAGGCAAAAGAUGUUGCCAAACUGCAACUCCCACCAGCCCCAGCUAGCCUGGCCAAAGCACCUGGUGGUGGGAGUUGUAGUUCAGCAGCCUCAGGAGGGGCAAAGGUUCCCCACGCCUGCCUGAAGGGACGGCCCCAUCACAUUUAUACCAGGAGGCAUUUCUAAGGAAGGGCAAACUCCUGUCAGCUCUUCCACCCCCUGAAUACACAGAAUUUCCUCCUUCAUCUGUGAGGGGUUUGGCGGGUUCCCCCAGAGCAUGGCCCUGCUGCCCCCACAGUGCAUAAAAAUGGAAGAUAAUAUUUAUUGCGGUUGUUGUUUGUACACCGCCCUUCACCCAAACAUCUCAGGGCAGUUCUGCCGGGGUUGACUGCUUUUGCUCCAGAAGGCUUCAUCUCUCCUAAUCUCAUAUAAAUUGAGGCCGAUUGUGGCUCAAUCUAUAUGAUGUUGAGGGAAACCUUCCUCUGCUGCCAAGAGCCCACAUAUCUGAGGCCAAGAUGGAGGCCCUGCUGACAACCUCUUUCCCAAAAGCCCCGGGGGGAGAACAGAUCCCCUGUGAUGUCAAUCCCUGCUGUAUGAAGCCAACCAGCUUCCAUGGAUCCAUUUUGGGUCCGGAUACCAGGAAAGGGAGGGUUGUGCAAUGUUACCGGAAAAAUCCGAGGGCUCCCUUGGACAAAAAGUAAAGACACCAACCAGAGUAAAUUGGAGCAAAUCAGCAGCCUGUAGGCUUGGCCUUUAUUGAACUGUUGCAACAGGGUGUUCCCCUCACUUGCAGGACAGAGGAAAGACACAGAAAAUGGUGUGCAAGCCCUUAUAAAAACUUUUGAAAUUCCCAUCCUCUAGGUCAAGCCCACCCCCAGAAACAUCAUGCAUACAUUACAGAAAGGAGGGGUUGAGGGAGGAGUUGUGGUGGUAACCUGAGUGUCCUGUCACCUGGCUGGUUCCCUUCUCCCCCUCCCCAUGAGUCAUUUCCAGGAGACAAAGGGGAGUUGGCAGUUUCCUGCCCCCAGAGGGAAGAUCUGAUCAUUGUCCUUUGUUUCAGUCCAUGCUGAAUCCACUCCCAUAUGCAAGUUCUUUGUGAUCUUGAUGGUCUUCUGUCUAGGACCAUCAGGGUUAGCAUAGCAACUGGGCAGGGCUCCUGUGGAUGUGCUGGGAUGGUGAAGGGAUUAUGGCUGACCAGAACCAAGCCACCCCCCUUUGAUAGUCCUUGUCAUAUGGAGUAAAAUAAAAAUGGAACAGUGCAAAUCCGAUGUAUGGUUGAUUUUUCUAUGAAUUUAUAACAGAAGUGUGGCAUAUGUAGUGUGUGAGUGUGUGAAGUUUGUACAAACUGAAUGAUUGGGGUGGGGGGUUCCUGCUACAGCAACUAAGGACCUUGAUUCUGCAUGGAUCCGACUUGUGGGGAGGCCGCAGGAGGGGGUUGGACUAGAUGGCCCUUGGGGUCCCAUCCAACUCUACGAUGUACCGCUUAAGAGCCUUUUUGGAGUGAAAGGCUGACGAGUGGGAGCGGCUUCCACCAUCUCGCAACUUUGUUAUCCCCCUGAAAGUGAUCCUUGUCCCCUUGCACUUUGUCACUCCCGAACAGAUAAAAGGAGAAGUGGCCUCUGUGCCUGAAGCAGACUUGUGCUUUAAGAGGGGACCCAAGUCGAGACAAACUCAAGCAAGAGAGCCACUUGGAGGCAAGAUUCAUCCGUUUUCCACGUUUCUGGUAAGACGCGUUUGCACAUUAGAAGUUGUCACGGCUUCUUUUGUUGUCAAAGGCUUCUUUUGCAUGGCUGCUGCAAACCGUUCCAGCUGGCAUGUUGCAGAGGGGACUUGGUGACGGGAUCUUGCGCUGAUGAUGCCCUCGCCUCCUGCUCUCUGGCUCUUUGGAAAGGCCACAAAUCCAUCCUGAUAUGGCCCAGACUUGGAGCAAAGGAAUGAAGGCUGCAGCGCAAGGCUCUCCUGGGAUUUGGGGUGGGACUAGGGGGACCCCUGCCCUGACUCAGGAUAUGGCACCUUCCUAAGAUGCUGAGCACCUCUGCUGCUGCCAGUUGCUUCCUUGCAGGAGGGAGGGGGCAGGCGGCUGUGGACCAUCUUCUGGACAUUUCUGUGCAUUCCCUUUGUUUGUUUGUUUUACCAGUUUUCAUCAAUUAAUGAGAAAAGGAAGUGCAUUGAAAAUGGCCGGAUUCGAACAUUUUUUUUUCAUUUUUUUUCAUUUCGUUAUAUAUUGUUUCCCAAAAUUGUUUGAUGUUUAAACAAUUCCACCAUAUAUGCAUCAUGUUCAGAUAUUCAAAUGUUCAGAUAUUCAUUUAGGAAAACACUAGAAGGUUUUCUAUUGGGAAUAGUACUAGGAAGCCUAAAGGAAGAAGACAAGACCUUAUAUUUAUACGCAACAGUAGCCACAAGGCUAUUGAUUGCAAAAAAUUGGAAAAGUGGUAUUGUACUGACAAAAAUAGAGUGGCUUGCCAAAUUAUUGGAGUACUACAAUAUAUCCAAAACAAUGGGAGAAAUUGGAAGGAUCUCAAAAGAGAAGAUAGACAGGGACUGGAAGGUGUUUAAAAGAUACUUGCAAAACCAUAUCGAAAAAUCAGAACUCCUAUUAGAAUAAACAAGGUCUGUUUUAAAUACUGAAAUACUAAAUAAGAUGGAUAACAAUGUAUAAUAGAAAAAGAAGUAUGAAAUUAGGUUAAAGGUGUGUGAAAGAAAGUACCGUAUUUUUCGCCCCAUAGGACGCACUUUUUCCCCCUCCAAAAAUGAAGGGGAAAUGUGUGUGUGUCCUAUGGGGCGAAUGCAGGCUUUCGCUGAAGCCUGGAGAGCGAGAGGCAUCGGUGCACACCGACCCCUCUCGCUCUCCAGGCUUCAGGAAGCUAUCCACAAGCCUUGCAAGCCCGGCGGGAGUUCCCGCGGGCUCACAAGGCUUGGGGCGGCAGCCUGCAGCCCGAAGCACGGGGAGCCCUCUGGAGGGCGCCCCGUGCUUCGGGCAGGUGUACGCAAGGCUUGGGGCGGCAGCCGCGGCUGGGGGGGGAAAUAAUUUUUUUUUAUUCAUUCCCCCCCCCCAAAAAAAGGAGGUGCGUCCUAUGGGCCGGUGCGCCUUAUAGGACGAAAAAUACGGUAAUAGAAGUGGAAAGAAAUUUCAGUUGAGUAGAUUGGAAGUCUAACACAAAGGUGGGGUGAGGGGUGGUGGAUGGUGAUGGGAAAAGGAAUUAUCUGUGGGAUUGAGUGUAGGUAUUGUUAGGGAAAAAUCCAGGAGCGAGGCUGCUCAGUCACCCAGCUCGUCGGGCAGAGCCCGCGGGUCCCUGCGGAAUAAAGGAAGGAGUCCAGCCAACCGGAGCAAAUAGCUGUAGACCAAAUUUAUUGCGCAAUAGGUUCAAAGAGCAAAUUUUGAACCCCAAGGAUGGGGUGACAAAGACUUUUAAAACUUUCCCACUACAUCCCAGAAUACAAUUCGAAGGGGAGGGGUUAACCUUGGCAAACAUGUCCAGACAUGUCCUUGGUACAAGAUUAGCAUAAGCAGACAUGGCAGGGCAAGAUUCGGGUAUAAGAUUAGCAUAGACAAAUACGUCUUAAGUACCCACCACCCAAAAGUACAAUAGAAGUUCCUUUGCAUGUCUGGAGCCUGAGGCGAGUCAGGUGAUGAGAUUUGGCUUCCUUUGGCUAACAAUGAGCUCAGCAAUUGUCACCUCUGAGAACUUCCUGGAGUCCUUUUUCAAGGGGAAAAUAGCUUUGGAAUGGAGGAAACUGGGAAAGGAGAUGAUUUUAUAUUAUUUUUAAAGCUAGGAAACUUCCCUGAGCUGUCAAGUUGAAAGGAUACAUUCAGGCAUAAUAUUUGUAAUAUUUAACUUUAAAGAUGUGCCCCCCCUGGUAAUGUCCGUAACAGUAUGUUGUAGGUAUGUAGGUAUGUUGUAUGAAAUGUAUGUUUGUAUGCUUGUAUAUUUGUAAUAUAUGUGUAUUAAUUUUGAAUUAUUUUAACAAUAAAAACAUUUCAAUUAAAAAGAAAAGAAAAGAAAAGAAAAUGGUCGGAUUCAUCAACAUUCACUAAAAACAAUAUGUAAACCCCAAUACGCCUAAACCACAUGCUGAAAGGGUGCUGCUCCCCCUUUUGCUGAUGGGUUUCCAAUGUGAAAGGUUCUUAACUACCAUUUGUGGUGGGAUCGUGUGCAUGUAAGCAAAAUAUGCUCCAAAUCAUAGAGUGAUAGAAUUGCAGAGUUGGAAGGGGCCCGAUCCUCUGCAUUACUGGAAUCACACCUGAAUGUUCCGACUUGGAACAGUCCUGAUUUUGUUUGUUUCUUUGAUAACUGAGAAAUUCUUACCCGAGAUAUGCACCCAGGUUCUAACUGGUAAAUCAGAGCAGGGCUUUUAGUGUGGCUGCCUCUGAUCUGUGGAACAGCAUUUCUGUCAAGAUAGGACAGGCACCCAGAAAAAAAUAGAAGACAUCUUUCUGUUCCAACAAGCCUUCACAGCCGGAUGAAGGAAGUUUGUGCCUUGACGGUCUGCUUGGUAUUGGGGUUUCUAAUUUUAAAGUUGCUGCUAUUUGUUUUAAAAUGUUUUUGAACUGUUUUUAUUGCAUUUUGUACGUUCAACGUGUGUUGAAAGUGAUAAAAUCAUAAAGAUAAUGAUAGGAAGAAGAGUACAUUUAUUUUUCUAAUGCAUGUGUUUCUCUUUUAAUUGUGACAGCAAGUUUGUUAAAAAGAAGAUGGCGUCUUCCAGAACACAGGAAACAAGUGAGAACAAACCACCUCAGAAAUAUCUCAAAGAAAGUAACCUUGUAAAAAGGGUGACCCUUCUGUUUAUGCAUUAAAACUGAAAACGGAGUCUAAAACAUCUCCAAAGUACCAUCUAGGCAAAGAGAACUUGCAGAUCGCCAACAAAGUGAUCAUGAUGAUGGGAGCGUCUGGAUCAGGGAAAACCACUCUCAUCAAUGGGAUGAUCAACUACAUCCUGGGCGUGCAGUGGGGAGAUAAAUUCCGGUUCAAACUUAUUCAUGAAGUGACUGGCAGAAACCAAGCGGAAAGCCAGACAUCCGAAGUGAUGGCUUAUGUGGUGAACUAUCAAGAGGGUCUCAAGAUCCCUUGCUCCCUCACUUUUGUUGACACUCCAGGAUUCGGAGACACGAGAGGAAUAGAACAGGACAAAAAGUUAGUGGAGAAGAUCCGGGAGUUUUUCUCCAUCCCAGGAGGCAUUGACCACAUCGAUUGUGUCUGCUUUGUGGUCAAGGCUUCUACAAACCGCUUAACAGCAGCCGAGAAAUACGUCUUUGAUUCCGUGCUCUCCAUCUUUGGGAAAGAUAUCAAGGAGAACAUCCAGUUCCUGAUCACCUUUGCAGAUUCACAGACUCCCCUGGUCCUUGAGGCCAUUAAGACGGCCAACGUUCCAUGCGCCAAAGAUGGCAAGGGGAACCCCGUGCAUUUCAAAUUCAACAAUUCCGCCCUGUUUGCCAACAAUGUCGUGGGGGACGGGGAGAGCCCUAACUUUGACGAAAUGUUUUGGAAAAUGGGUACGAUCAGCAUGAAGACCUACUUUGACUCGCUAAGCAAACUGAACGCGAGGAGUUUGUCUUUGACGAAGGAAGUUCUCAGGGAGCGGAAAGAGUUGGAGACGGUUGUGCAGGGCCUGCUGCCCCAGAUCAAAACCGGGCUGGUCAAACUGGAAGAACUGAAGCAAACAGAACAAGCCCUUGACCAGCACAAAGCUGACAUGGCGGCCAACAGAGAUUUUGAGUAUGAGCUCCCAGUCACCGUCAAAGUGAAGCAAGAUCUCUCUGGAGCUCAUCAAUAUGCAACCAACUGCAAGAACUGUGAGGUCACCUGCCACUAUCCUUGCUGGCAUACAUGGGACCUGCUGAACCGCUUUUGCUCCGCUAUCAGUUUCUUCUCAGGAAAAUGCAACGUUUGUCCCGGCAAGUGCUCAGUCAACGACCACCGCAACCAGGAUUACCAAUUUAAGGACGAAAUAAGGAAAGAGAAGAAGACAUAUGCGGAGCUGAAGAAAAAGUACGAGGAUGCCCGCCGUGGGGUUAUGACAGCGGAGGAGCUGAUUUCGCACCUCAGACAGGAGUACAUCGAGGUAAGAGAAAAUUUGUUCAAAAACAUUGAGAGAGCGUCUCAAAGCCUGCGGCGCCUGCAGGAAAUUGCCCUGAAGCCCAACCCGCUCUCCACUCCAGAAUACAUCGACAUGCUCAUUGCAUCCGAAGAGGAGGAAUGCAAGCUUGGAUAUCAGAAAAGGAUUCAGUUGCUGAAGGACGUGAAGAAAGAAGCAGAGAUCAUACAGAAGAUUGCAAAUAAGGAGGCUCUGCUGCCAGAGGAGGAGGAGAUGAUGAGCGAACUGAAGAAGGACAAAAGAAAAUUUGUAUUGGUACCCAAGUAAUCCUCCCUAAAUGAAGGGGCAACACAGCAGCUCCUGUUUAGCCUUAGAUCUCUGUAUAAGCAGCCCCCCCCCCAUAUCCUUUUUGCUAAGUGCAGGGACUCUGAGGCUGGAUCUACACUGACCUGUUUAACGUUAUAAGAACGCUAACAGAUAUAUUGUCAAGGCAUUUAUUACAGGGUUCCGGGUCUGGAUUCUUCCCAUUCUUCCCUCUCUCCGGCCAGGCGUCUCUUCUGAUCUGUGCACCCCCUGGGGGCGGGGGGGGGGGCUCUGCUCCCAGAGCAUCUUCUGGCCUCCCCCCCCCCUCACUUGGCAAGAUCCUUUUGUGGGCGGAGAGGGAAUCCAAAGGCCGAGGAAUAAUUCUGGGGGUUCAGCAGCAGGGCAGCAACAGCCCCCGCCUCCCCCUGCUGAGUCUCUUUGGCAGAAUGCGGGGGCCUGAGGAGGACCAGACCGGCUUGCAACUCGCACCCCGGGCCAAGCGCAGCCCAAGCAGCACCGCCAGCCUCUUCUGGAGUUUUAGAAAAACAUGAACUUGGGCGGGAGCCGCUGAGAACGGAGAUAUGGCCGCUGACUCGCGCGAGGGUGGCGGGUGUACACGGGACUGGGUUGAAUUCCCACGUGCGCGUGGCUGCGCGCAUGCAGGGGUUGAAGUGCAGUGAAAUCUCCCACUCCGGGGAGUGGAGAUGGGCCUGGGACGUCUUAGCCCAAGGAGUGGGGGCCUUGCCUCCCCAUCACCCACCCCCUUCUGGCUUGCGGAGGGGGGCAGUCUUGCAGGGACCCCGCCGCCCUUCAAACCUCUUCCUCAGCCAGCCCGAGAUCUUAGAAGCUGUUUCCUCCGCCGCCGCCGCCACCCCCACCCCUUCAGGAUGGGUUGCCCGGAGUUACAGGACUAGGGCUCUGCAACCGGGCGAGCCAGGGGCAGGUGGGGAGGAGAGAGAUGCAACCUCCCCUUCACACGCACACGCGCAAAAUCAAGAGUCAGGAUGCUUCCUGGGCUCCCAAGAGGUGCGAUCCAGCGCUUGUCUUCUUUCGCUGCCGAGAAGGAGGAAGCUCUCCAAUUCCACGAGAACUGCUCCUCCUGCUGCAUCCCGAGCUCCCUCCUGGGGCUUCCCUGAUCCUGGAGAAAGGCUCAAAUUCCUUGAGGAUCUGGCUUGUGAAUGGGGCGGGGGCGGAAGGGAGGGGAAAGCAUUGCGCUCCCUCGCGUCUCCAAAGCAGGGGAUGCAUGAGGGUCCCAGGCUGACGGAGGGGAGGCAGUGACGGAGCCCAAGUCACCCGGUGAACUUCUUGGCUGAGCGGGGAUUGGGUGCACCCUCUCUACCCACCCACCCCGCCCCACCUCCGAGCCCCACUGAUUUCUCAGCCAGCGCAGAGGAGGGGAUUAUUGGGGUCUUCCCCGUUUCAGAGCCAAGAAGCUCCGCACAUCCCUGUGACUUGAAUUUUAAGGCACUUUUGCGGCCUCAUUCCUGGUAUAAGAGCAGGCGGGAAUGAAGUCCGCCAAAUCCUUUUUCUAGGUCGUCUGCUUUAGUGAGCCACUUCUGCUAAGUAACUCUGAUGAACCUUCAACAGCCACCCAGUUGAAGGCCAUUCCCAGAUUCUCUGUUGUUCUGAAAACCAAGAAAGGCCCAGGACAACCUGGAAGCUGGCCCUGUUCUCCCCAGCAGUUUGGGUGCCCUUGGACCCAAAAGCGCAGGGUUCACUGGCUAGGAGAUUCAUUUAUUUUUUAAGUAAUUGCUUUGGUGCUCCCCAGGUCCCUCUGCAUCUGAGCUGAAAGCAGCAACCCCCAGAGAAUAAGACCCACGGGCAGCACUGCAGGGCUGUUGUGUUGCAGCUGGGCAAGGAAGGGGGUGGGAGAUCCUCUCUCAGGCACCCCCCCUCCAUCACUCAUGCAAAAUCAUGCUGCAAGUCCGCUGCCUGAUUUCCACCUCUAGAGGUGCAAACCUUUCCAGAAAUCACGUUCAGCCUAUUCACCAUGCAUGGGGAGCAUUCUGUACCAUAUAUUUAAAAGACUAUAAGAAUCUAAAAGAAACUAAAGGAGGGGUUAGGAGCAUUAAACGGAUGUGGAGGAGCAUAAAAGAUUAGUAUAUAAAAGACUACAACUAUCAGUUUAGAGAGCACUAUGAUGUGAGUGUUCAUGAAAUCUAGUUUGUGGUGCAGGUCAUCAUCCGAUGGAUCUUGAGCGCUGCUGUGCAGAAUCUGGCAACGUUGUAUGUUGUAGCAGGGUUGGGAUCUGACAGCAGCAGGGAGGUAUAAAAUUGUCCUGUGCACCUUGGGGUACUUGUGGUGUAAUGGGGAGAGGAGGCUAAUACAAAUGUCUCUGUAAUAUAGGCAGUGGAGAAGAACAUGCUCUGUUGUUUCUGUUUGUCCAGAGUCACAGGGGCAUUGCAACUGAUACAAUAGCAAAUAAAAUACUAAGCAGGUGAUUCUUAGGACAUUGCACCCAGACAAUCCGGUUUGUUCAUUAGUUUAUUUGUUUUUCUCCUGACACCUCAUAAGAAGCUGGUGGGCUGGCUUUAAAAAUCCCCAGCUUUGCUAAAGGGGAGAUAUUAAGAGGAACGAUUAUAAAGAAAAAAGUAAAGCACUGCACCACACACACAUAAGGCGAUAAAUACUUUUCUGUAGCUGAAACCCUUGUGAGCUUUCCCUUUCCCCUCUCCCUUGGCCCUUUUCCUGCCUUCCGCCAUGUAAGAUCCAAGCGCUGCCUCCAUGGAUGGCGUCUCCAGGUAUGGCUCUUCAUUCCCCUCGACCAUCUCCAGGACCAUCUCCAUCAGCUCAGAGACCUGGUCCUCCCGUUCUCCUAAUGCCGCCCUGUUAUUAAAAGCGCAGAAGCGCCCUCCGCAUUCUUGGACCAGCUUCUGGAGAGCCUUGUUAUCUGACUGCAUCACGUAAUCCCGCAAGGAGUCGCCUUCUAAGGCUUCUUUGCGGGUGAACAAGAGGAUGGUGUGCUUCAUGGCCUCCGUCCCAAACAUCUCCCGGACUCGCUGGGCUGCCUCCUCGUCCUCCGCAGUGAAGCGGCCCACCUGGGUCACAAACACGAGCGCGUGAGGGCCAGGCUGAGAGAGGUCAAGGCAGCGCUUGGUCUCCUGGUCCAGCCUUUCAUCGCAAGCUCCGGUGCCCAAAAUAUCCGCUGUGUCAAUCACGGACACAGGAUGGCCUCUCCAAGUGCAAGACGCCCUUUGACAGGACAAGGUGGUUGUCCUGGCCUGAAGUUUUGAAUCAAAGAGCUUCUGGCCAAGGAUGCUGUUUCCUGUGGCGCUUUUGCCGCCUCCAGUCUUGCCCACAAGGACAAUCCUCAGUUCUCUCCUAUUUCCUGCGGGUUUUGAAAGACAGCAAAGAGCUGGUCAGCAAAAAUAUCAGAGCAACCACUUCUGGUGGGAUCCCUCUUAAUAUGUGAUUGUUGAGAAUUAUAUUGUUUUCUGAUCCUCAGAGAGACUGAAUGCAUAUGUAAAGCAUAAGGUAAAGGUAAAGGGACCCCUGACCAUUAGGUCCAGUCAUGACCGACUCUGGGGUUGCAGCGCUCAUUUUGCUUUAUUGGCCGAGAGAGCGGGCGUUUGUCCGCAGACAGCUUCCGGGUCAUGUGGCCAGCAUGACUAAGCUGCUUCUGGCAAACCAGAGCAGCGCACGGAAACUGCCGACCUUCUGAUCGGCAAGUCCAAGGCUCUGUGGUUUAACCCACAGCGCCACCCGCGUCCCUUAUGUAAAGUGUACACAUGUAUAAAUAAAAGCAGAAGAAGAACAGAUUGGGAAACAUUUGUGUACACCUGAUAAAUUCAACAGUGUAAAUAAGUUUUGAUGGAUGCAAUAAUGGAAUACUGAAUGGUUUAGUUUUAUGUAAAAUAUGCAGGGAUUUAUGAUAUGCAUCUUGAAUUUGAACAAGCGCUAGUUCCUUUUCCCAGCUCUGGUCAGUGCAGGCAAGAAUGAGCCGGGAGAACCAGCGGCCUGAUGCAGCCGAGGGCAUCUUUCUAGGUUCCUGCAGAUGUGCGUCAGGAUGGCAUCCCACCCAGGCACCUCCCACCUCCCCAAAUCCCAAAAUAUUACACAUUGGUAUAACAAUAUUUUUUCUGCAAAUAAAUAAAAUAAAUGUCAUUGGGGGUGCCGUGAAAAGCUCCUGCGAAAUAGAUCUGGAAUAAUCCACCCCACCCCAAGCAGUCAAUCUGCCUCUGAGUCACUGGAACCCUUCCUUACCUCCUCUGGUCCCGUCCAUCUUCCCCUGAAAAAUGGCAAGAAAUCAAGAUGAUCUUCUCAGGCAGCCUUCCAUCUGCAAACCCAGCACCCCACCCCUAGUUCAGACAUGUGGUAUCUCAAAGGAGAAACAGCACAUUGCAGACAUAAAAAUGUUCAGAAUAUUUUGCAAGCAAUGAGAAAGGAAAUGCCCACUGAACUGUGCCCAAACGCUGUGGCUCUUUCCUCAGGUGGCACUUCAACAGAAUUCAAUUUAAAACGUUAUUAUUAUUAAUUUCAAAUAUUAUUUUCACGUAUUGCAAGCAGAAGAACACCCCCUUCACCCUGAAGAGAGCGCCUGGCAAACAUCAGUCUAAACAUAUAAGGCUUUAUAUGACAUAAAGCCACAUAAUAAAACAUCAAUUAUGUGUUUAGAUCUGUUGGAAGCCGCCCAGAGUAGCUGGGGCAACCCAGUCAGGCGUGUGGGGUUCAAAUAAUGAAAUUUAUAUUCUGGUGGAGUGUUUGCUUAAUUUAUUCAUUUCAUAAAAAUAUGCACCCCUUGAUUGUAAAAAAAGGUGGGGGAAAGAAUCUCAAAGCAUUUUGCCAAAAGAUAAAAUCACCAUCAAGAAGAAUUAACAAUGACUUUAAAGCUGAGUUAAAAAGUUAAAAUGACAAGAGCUAAAAACAGAUUAAAAGUCUCGCCAGCUUUCUAAGCAUCUGAAUAGGCUUGUCUAAACAAGAUUAAUAGGCGUUCCAAGUGUCCCUAUGUUCCAGAGACAUUCCCAGAUUUACAGAAGCCCCUCCGGUUUCAGAUUUGAUCCCAGAAUGUCCCACUUUUCCUUAGAAUCAUAGAAUUGUAGAGUUGGAAGGGACCCCGAGAGUCAUCUAGUCCAACCCCCUGCAAUGCAGGAAUAUCCAGCUGCCCCAAAUGGGGAUCAAACCUGCAACCUUGGCUCUAACCAACAGAGACAUCCAGGUUCAGGAUGUCAGAGAAAUGUUGGAGGGCCUGGAGUUACGGAACCCACGAGCCAAGGAUAUAAGUAACCAGACAACCUUUAGAAGACAUCUGGAUAGGGAAGCUGUUUAAAGUUUGGUUAUGCUUUUAUAUACACGUUGGAAGCCUCCCUGGGUGUCUGGGGCCACCUAGUCAGAUGGGUAUAAAUAAUACAACUAUUAAUAUUAUUAUGUGAUAGGACGUCCCUAUUUUCAUUGGGUAAUGGUUGGGAGUGUAAGGAAUAAUUUCAGCAAGCGCCAGAAAGAGUACAGUCUCCCUGACAAAAACAAGCCUGCAACUGCCCUGUUCCUGUUUGUGGUGAAAGAGAAGCCCCAGUUUGGGCGCACUCUUAAGCCACAGUCGGUCGAUCAGCCUUUAAGGAUCCUCCACAGGGAUCCUUCCUUGCCUUUUGUUCCAACAGGCUAAACACAGCUGCUGCUUCCUUGGAAGCUUGAGGGCAGGGGCCCAGCCUGGUAUGUCUGGGCAUAUUGAACGGAGCUGCUUCUGAGCGAGGAAGGUGCGCCCAGGAGCGCGGAGAGGCUGCCAAGGGCUGCCAGCCAGACAAGGGGCGUCUCCCGGGUCCUCUUGCAGCAGGGGCUCCCUUUGCAACGAGAUCCUUCUCUCCCUCCUUCUCUCCACCACUCCGCCCUUCCCAGAUGGCAGACCUCACCUCCUCAGCUGCUUCUGCAGAUCCUUCCUCGUCCCGCGUCGUCUUCCACGCCGGUUUGAGUUUUCCUGCAGUGAACGGGAGCGAGAGACGAGCUGCUUCUCCGAAGGGAAAAUGAAAGUAGCAGCUGAAUUAGGUCCUCUUCUGCUUGGAAUGGGCAGGACAAGAAUUUCCCCCAGUGGAUGCCUGGAGAACCAGCAGCUGGUUUGGGCGGUGGGUGGCCGCGUCGGGAGCUUUUCAGCUUAGAGAAAAGGCGAGCGCACGAGAGGGUCGUAGAAUCAGAGAAUUCUAGAGUUGGAAGGGACCCGAGGGUCAUCUAGUCCAACCCCCUGCAAUGCAGGAAUAUGCAGCUGCUCCAUCGAACUUGCAACCUUGACAUCAUCAGCACCAUACUAUACUGAGAAGUGCACAGAAUGAUGCCUGGCAGGGGCUGAGGGGGACGAGCCUCCUAAUAUUCAGGGUGUUCUCACAAAGUGUAAUGCUGGUGGUCAACAAAAGAGGUUCAAAGGCUCAAGGCAAAUCUUUAAAAAUGUAGCAUAAACACCGACAACUGGGAAACACUGGCCUGUGAGCGCUCCAGUUGGAGAACAGCCUUGACCAAAGGUGUCCUGGGCUUUGAAGACGCUCAAACUCAGGACAAAAGGGAGAAACGUGCUAAGAGGAAGGCACGCUUGGCAAACCCUCGCCGUGAUCAACUCCCACCCAGAAACCAAUGUCCCCAGUGUGGAAGGACGUGUGGAUCCAGAAUUGGCCUCCAAAGUCACUGUUAAAACCGUGUUUAUGGAAGACAAUCUUACUCGGCUACGAGGGAUCACCAAAGAAGACAGAAGAUUCAAGGUGUUGAGCAAUGUCGCACGCAUGAUGUCAUGCACUUCACACAGCAUCACACACAUGAUGUCAUGAUGUUGCUCAGCAUCGCCCACAGGGCCCCCUCGAUCCCCUUAAGGAGAUGUUUAUUAUGCUUACAUUUUAGGAUUGUAUUUGACUCUUGUAAAUGGCUUUGGAGCUUUUCAUGAACCCCAUAAGCUGUCAUGCUGACGCCUCUCCCCCCAUCACUUAUUAAAGAUGAUGAGGGUGUCAAUCUGCAGAGAGAAUUGGGGGUGGACUGGGGGCAAUGGGGGCUGGACCCUAGGAAAGGAAAGGUCAGUGGGGCCCAAGCCCACAGGUCCAUCUUUGUCCAGGUUCAAAUGGCCUGUUCGCGAAAGGUGCCCAUUGGGAAAGCCACCAGCUGAAGGUUGAGGUCCUCUUCUCCUGUGCCCGGGAGACGGUCCAUGGCUCUGUGCUCCCUUGGGCCAGAUGCAUCCCUUCCUCCUCCUGCUGCCCUCAGCUGCAGCCACCAUCUCCCAUCCUCAGAGGCAGGAGCGGCCCAAGACAUUUUGCUGCCUGGGGCGAAGGAGAAGAUGGUGCAAUUCCAUUCUCUGCAUCAAAUCUGACUAGAUUGGGAGUUGACUCUCAAGCCAACCCUGGUGAUGUCAUGAUGUUGCUCGGCAUCGCCCACAGUGCCCCCUCGAUCCCCUUAAGGAGAUGUUUAUUAUGCUAGGUGUUUUUAGGAUUGCAUUUGACUCUUGGUGAUGUUCUGGCACAUCGCAUGGCACUCAUUUCUUUUUUAUUUUUUAGUCUUCUAUUUAUAUUUUUCAAAUUUAUACAUUUCAUUAGUUUUGCAAACAAUUUAAAAUUUCCAAAUUUUGACUUCCUUCCCCCUCUUUCUGUGGUUCCUUAAAUUAUUAUUUUUCAAAAAUAUAUUCUGCAUAUGCAAAUUCAUUUAACUUGCUCAUUUAUUUAUCUACUGUAAAUAUGUACUCUUACAAAACUGCAGGUUAUUACAUUAAUCCUGCUAACGUUUUUAUCUGUUUACAAUUUAUCUGUAAAUAUUCAAUAAACCAUUUCUAUUCUUUUAUAAAAAGUUUGUUAACUUGAUUUCUUAUUCUUCCGGUAAGUUUCACCAUUACUGCAUAUUCCGUAAGUUUUUGCAUCCAUUCUUCUUUUCUGGGACUUCUGCUUCUUCCCAUUUUGGGGUGAGUAACAUUCUUGCUGCUGUAGUCGCGUACAUAAACAAAUUUCUAUACAGUUUAGGUAGUUCUACAAUUCCCACGAGAAAAUCUGAGGGUCAGAAAAGUGGCAAGAAAGGAGUGCUUUUAGGAAACAUUUCUAGCCACUUCCUCGACCCUCAGAAUUUUCUGCCUGAGGCAGCUGCCUCAGUCUGUCUCAUAGAAGAGCCGGCCUCUUAGGAAGAGGUGGGGAUGAUGUUGGGAAAGAUGGAGGGCCCAAGGAGAAGGGGGCAACAGAGGACCAGAUGGUUGGAAGCUGCCAGCAUGAGUUUGACCAAGCUGUGGAAGACAGGAGUGCCUGGUGUGCUCUGGUCCAGGGGUCAUGGAGAGUCGGACACGACUAAACAACUAAACAACAACAACAGGCUGGCUUUAACAGAGGAUGAGCUGAACUCCUGGAGGACAAUGGCUUCUAGCCAUCUGCUCCACUUCCACUGCCAGAGAGGAGGUUGCAGGAUGCCCAUCGCUGGGGGCCAGGAGGGGGAGAGUGCUCCUUUUGCACCCAAGUCCUGCUAGUGGGCUUCUUCCCUAAGGGACAUCUGGUUGACCGCUGUGAGAACAGGAUGCUCAACUGGAUGGGACAUUGGCCUGUUCCAGCUGUAGGGCUCCUUUUAGGCUCUUCUCUCAUGUGGGACGAUCCCCAUUGCUCUGCUUAGAAUCUGGAUUUAGGAAAGUUGCCCCCUUCAACAACUGCAGGCAAUUGCAGUGCAGUGAGAGGCAGAAGCUUCUUGCCGUUGGCCAUUUCUGGGUAUUCAUGUGGUUAGAAAGAAUAUUCCACCCAGCAACUGAAUAUACAAUUUUGAUGCUGAGAAACAGGAAGUUGUUUCUCCUCUGGUGUGGUCUUUCUUUUCAAAUGUUCCUCUUGCUGCACUAUCUCUCUUUCUGCUCUUUUAUCAAACAGCUCUGCAGAGAUGUCAGAAUCGCAUUUCACAGAACCUGGGUUCGCCUUUUCCUCCUUCUCAACCCAGCUGCAUUCCUUUAGAGACUGACCCACAAAUGGCAAGGGCUAGGCUGACUGCUUCCAAACAGAUCCCAAGAAGCUUAUUGGAUAUUCCUCAGAAAGAUCAGUAAUGACAGGUGAGCUUCUCAGAGAGGCAGCUUGACCCACCAAUGCAUUUUUUUGAAUAUUCAGCAUUUAAUUAUUUAUUUAGUAAUUAAUUGCUGUUGUUGUUGUUCCUGAAUUAUUAUACAUUAUUCAAUUUAUAUCCACCCUUCUCCCAACGGAGCUCAGGGUAGCAAACAUAUCACUAGCAAUAUCAGUAAAGACAUUCUGAAAACCGGGAAGGUAUUCUAACCUUCUCACCCCCUUGAGAACUUUCCCAGAUCAGUCAAAAGCAUCACAUUCUCUUGGCCAAUGCCACUCACAGCCAGCGUAUCAGCAGAAUGGCAGCCUCUCCUCCUCCUUGCCCACUCUCCCACAGUCACCAUGAGCUGCCCAAGGGAGGAGGCCAGAAGCAGUGGCCAUGGAGAGGCCAUGAGAUGCUCCUUCUCACAGACGACUCCUAGAUGGAGAUGGACCAAGGAGCUGAUGCAGGAGAAAAGAAAUUUCAGGUAUUCAUAGGAAGUGGUGCUUGUGCAGGCAGCUGGUCUGAAGGUUAGUUCUGGUCUAGGAAGAGAACCAGAUAUACUCAUGAAACAGUGAGAUUAUUCAUUUAGUAACCUCUAGAAAUAAUCCAAAAGGAGCAGCAGGACAAGAGGAAUUACCGUAUUUUUCAAUGUAUUGGAUGAGGUUUUUGACACAAAAAUCAUGUGAAAAAACUAGGGUCGUCCAAUACACGGAUAGUGGCAUGGGGCGGGGAGAUGUCGCAGAGAGAGGGAGCGAUCUGGGGGCACUUGCUGGUGGCCCAGCUUCCCCGAUGCCGCUGCACAUGGGAAGCACUGCCUGGAUCGUUUCCCAUGCGCAGCGGCAUGGGGGAAGGCGCCUUACGGCCAACCGGCUGCCCGCAGCUGAAUGGGGGGAGAGGCUCAACAACUCUGGGCCAUCUCCCCUCAUUUUCUUAACAAUGAGUCCCUCAAAAUAGGGGGGAGUCUUAUAUAUGGCGGCGUCUAAUAGAUGGAAAAUAUGGUAUGAAUAAGCCUUAGAAUUCCACAGAAACAUAGUACAGUUUGGGCUUAAGGAGGUCGUGAAGGCAAAGGUUGUUUAGAUGCCUGAUUAUGGGCUUCCAAAGCAACUACAGUGUUACCUCGGGUUACAUACGCUUCAGGUUACAGACUCUUCUAACCCAGAAAUAUUACCUCGAGUUACAAACUUUGCUUCAGGAUGAGAACAGAAAUCGUGCUCCAGCGGGGCAGCGGCAGCAGGAGGCCCCAUUAGCUAAAGUGGUGCUUCAGGUUAAGAACAGUUUCCGGGUUAAGAACAGACCUCCAGAAUGAAUUCAGUUCUUAACCCAAGGUACCAUUGUACUCUAAUCCCAACCCAUGAAUGGAAAGCGAAAUGCCGGUGAUCAGCAAAAGAGGUUUAAAUAUGCUUUCAAGGCAAAUCUUAAAAAAUGUAGCAUGGAUAAUUGAGAACCAUUUGUGGGAUGUGAUACACAAGUAGCAGUCAAGUACAACAUGCCUUGUUUUCCUAGAGUGGACAUGUAAGGGGAUGUUUGUUCCAGCCAGUCGAAAACUUCCUGUUUCCUCCUGGGUUGGAGCAUCCUUCCUCUUGCGUGUGACUGGAGGUGGGCAUGACCUUACCUGUCCAGGUGACAAAAGGACCAGGCACGCAGCCCGCCCGCCCACCCGCUCUCUCUUCGACUUCCUCCUUCAUUGGAGCAACAGCUCUUUUUAGCUAGAGAUUCUCAGUUGGCUUUCAGCUUUCAGCCAACAGACGACAAAGAGACUAUCUCCAUAUGGGAUAGACUCACAUGUAUAUAUAUCUGUAACUAAGACUGCCUUCGGGGAUCCAUCUGUGAACUGAAUGUGUGAGUAAACUUAUUUUAUAUUCUUUACACAAGAUUGUGUUGUGUCUAUUCUUUUAAGAGGGAAAUAAGGGGGAUUUACCAGGAAUAUAUUGAGAAGCUUAAACAAGCUUGCAACCAAGCUAACCACUGUGUGUUUAAAGGGGAAUGUUAGGGCAAGUUAGGAAGGAUAUUAUUAAACAAUAUAUCCUCUCCUGCCUCCCUGAACAUUCACACAACACUGACCUAGGAGAGCUCCAAUUGGAGAACAGCCUUUACCAAAGGCGUCAUGGACUUUGUAGAAGCACAAACUCGGGAUAAAAGGGAGAAAAAAGCUGAGAGUAAGGCAGGUUUGGCAAACGCUCAUCGUGAUCAAUUCCCACCCAGAAACCUAUGUCUCCGCUGUGGAAGGAUGUGUGGACAGCAGCAGAGGAAGCCUCUCAGGCACCUGGGGUGGUGUGCCCAGGGGCGGGGCAAACUCCCCAUAGAGGUGGGGUGCAGUACCCAAAGGAGUGGGGCGUUCGGUGCCCAUAGGGAUGGCACAGGGCGCUCGGCCUUCCAUGCCGUCCCUAUGGGAACUGUGCCCCCUGUCCCUAUGGGCGCCACACGCCACAUCACCCAUGGGGACAGCAUGGCACGGGGUGUGCAGCGCCCAUGGGGAUGGGACAGGGCGCACAGUGGGGCCUCAGCUGCCCUACAGCUGUGGGGGGGGAGGCACUGAGACACAUGGCUUGUGCACUCUGCCAGCCCCACAGUGACUAGUGCCGCCCGCCAUUUUGUCACCCCCCCAUCAGGGUGGCACCCAAGGUGAGUCGCACCCCUGCACCCCCUUUCCUACGCCCCUGUGUGUGGAUCCAGAAUUGGCCUCCACAGUCACUUAUGGACACACUGUGGAGACCAUGUUCAUGGAAGACAAUCUUACUCAGCUACGAGGGAAGGCAAGGGUGAUGCCCUCCAAGCCGCUUAUUGGUGAAAUCUGUAGGAUGUAAAGGUGCAGUCAAGUGCAACAUUCUGACAGAGGACUAACGGCCUCCAUGUUCUAACCGGUUGCUGUGACAACCAGUUUGUCGGUUGCUGGUAUUUUUGAAAGAUAACUGCUCAGUUGCACUCACCUCAGGACCAACUUCCCUCUGGUCUAGUUUAUUUGGUUGUUAUGUAACCUAAGCCUGCCUUCAGGUACAGUUCUGUAAACCUGAAUGAAUCUGAGAGUAAAAUAGUUUUAUAUUAACAUGAAUCAGAUUCGUGUGUGUAUUCUUUAAGAGGGAUUCAAAGGGAUUUUUAACUAGGAGUCAUCUUUAUUAAUAGAACUCAGACGAGUCAGUACAAGCUGAUCACUGCAUAAACUUAUAAAGGGAUUGUUUAACUCUGCUAAAGUAAACCUUCCCAUUAGGGAUUGUAGAAUAAGACCUCCCAGGAAAACUUAUUUAUGUAUGCUACAACAGCGGCAAGAGUCUUGAUAGCACAAGGAUGGAAGAAUGAGGAAAUCCCAACGAAAGAACAGUGGCAAGAAAAACUGAUAAGCUAUGAGGAACUGGCCAAACUGAGAUACAAACUGCAUGAAAAGGACAAUUGUGACUUCAAGGAAGAAUGGGAACUUUUUACAAAUUAAAAGACAACAAAAUGAUCUGAACUCCUUGGCAGGUUUUGAAUAAACAUCCACAAAUUUAUUAGUUGAACACAUGAUAGAUAAGGCAAGGAUAUGCACAAUUUUAUAACAUGCAGAGAACAAUAAGUGUAAAGAAAUCAGAGAGGGGAGCUGAGGGAAGUCCCUGGUGGGGGGGGGGAGAGGGAGGGGGAAAUGGGGAAAUAAUGUAAUUGAUUAUGUGGAUUGAUGAUUGGUUAUGUUGAAAUUGUUUCAUAAAAAUAUUGUUUUUUAAAAAUAAAGUAAACCUUCCCACAAAAUCAACCCCCACAGUGUUCAGCUUACGUUUAGGCCAACAGCCUAUGGAAAGGUUAUCAGAUGGAAUACAGAAUAGCAGGAAAAGUGAAUUGGGUGACAGUGAGAACGGAAGGAAACCAGGAGAAAUAUACCAUAGCAGGGCUUUGCCACAACACUCAAUACACCUUUUGAUAAGCUGCCAUGACGAAACCGGGACUCAGAGAAGUGAGGAGAUCAGUGUAAACACACUCCCCCAGUUCUUCCGGGGUCCUUGAAAAGGUAACAAAGGAGCAUUUGUCAAUCUGUGUUACCAAUGAGAGGAAGCAGGAGAAAGUAGGAGUCAUGUCAACUUAUUGAGAGGGGAGGGGGAAAGGACAUGAGAAGCCUCAGGUGCGCAACGGAUACCAGGUGUCCGCUGCUGAGGCAGAAAGAGCUAAGUGAUCUCAGAAAGGGAAGAAAAGGAUGUUCCAGCUGCCUUGGAGCCUGGCCUCAUAGACCAGCAGCUGCCAAUAUGUUUUCCAGGGGCACAAUUGUGCCCUCGACACCUUCCCCUGGUGCACACACAGCGCCACUGAACUCCCCAUGCCCACUGCCAGGGCCUGAGAGGGUUUUAAAGGCUCCAAGCAUUUAAAAGAUGUUGGUGCCCCCAUAUGUAUCUGAUUCAACAUAUGAAGAAUAAGCUCAUAUUGAUGGCCACCAACAUGGAUGACUUUAAAACAGGAUUCUUGAUUUAUUUACCACACACUGGGCUUGUCCACUCUUCCUCAAUCCCGUCCCUAGAAAGCACCGGUCUGAGCAGUUUCCCGCUUUUCACACUCCUCUCCCAUGGAACACCCCCUCUUCUGCUCCAAAUCAGAGCAAACAUCAAUUCCUGGGAAAGACGAUUGACAUUUGCUCCAACUGAGUGCCAAGGAGAGGGUUGCCUGUGGAGAGGCAGAAAAACAAGGGGAAGUGUGGAUAAGCCACAGAAUUCCCUGGAUCCAAAAUGUGAAACCCGGCUUAGGCUUAAGGAGGUUGAGAAGGCAAGGGGGAUGAAGGUCGUGAAAUAGUGCCACACGGAGGACGUGCAAUAAUGAUGGGAGAACACAAAUUAUCCUGCUGAGUUUAUUGAUGAUACUGCUUCCGUUUACAUUGGAGGAUGAGAUCUUCCUGCUCCUCUUUGCCUUCUUUGGAAGCUUCUCCGGAUUUUAGGGCAAAGCACGAACAAAGGGAGCCCACGGCAGAAGUCGAUGCCUGUUGGAAACAAACCCGGGGUAAGUGAUUGGUGUGGAGUCAAGAGAAAGGGAGAAAGAUGUCAAGGAGGAGAUGGGCGGAGAGUUCUCAAAUAAGCAAAAAUUUACCCCCCGCCCUUAUGCCCAGGGAAGGAACCUCAAACGUCAUCUAGCCCAACCCUUCUGCAACUUCUCAAUAGGGAGCCCCCAUACUCUGCUUAAAAACCUCUAAUAGAAAUAGAAAUAGCAUUCUUGUUGAGAUUAAAUAAAGGGGGGGAGAACCACUUGUGCCACCUUGAGUCCCACGGAUAUAAAGGUGGGAUAUAAAUACAUUAAAUUAAUAAAUUCUUGCCCAGGACUAUAAAUUUCUUCCUAAUGUUUAGUCUAAAUCAUUUUUCGUUUUACUUUGGAGCUGCUUGUUCAGCUCUUACCCUCUGGAGCAACUGAAAACAACCCUGUUCCAUCCUCCUUUUCCAAGCUGGAAUUUGUCUACCAUGAAAGUCAUCAGCAAUUGGAAAAGACAGGGCCCCAUUCUCAUUCUUUGUACCCUACCUUCUUUGAUUUCUUCUUCUUCUGCCCUUCAGGGAUUUCUCCAGCAUUCAUUUCAUCCUCCACUGGUUCCCCUGCUGCUGUCUGCUUUGAAGUCUCCCCAGGAUUCCUUCCAUCUGACCUCAGUGACAUCUCCAUCAGACACGGCUUGAGAUACGGCUGGUCCCCGUUCUCCUGAACCACCUUCUCAAUCAGAGACAGCAGCUCUUCCGCCUGGCUGGCCCUUUCCUCUCCCGUCCCUCUGUUGUUGAAAGCGCAGCAACGGCCCUUGCAUUUCCCCACCAAAUCCUGCAGGACUCUGUUUCCAGACAGCCCUAUGUACUCCUGUAGGCUUUCUGUCUCUAGGUCUUCUUUGCGGGUAAACAAGACGAUCAUGUACUUUGUGGCCCCUGGGCCAAAGACCUCCUCCACCCUCUUCACGGCCACAGCGUCUUCCUCGGUGAAACGACCGGCCUGUGUCACAAACACCAGGGCGUGGGGACCUGGCUUACAAAGAGAGAGGCACCUCUGCACUUCCAGAAUAUCAUGCUCUGUUUGAGGACAAGCAUCAAAAAUGGCCGGAGUGUCAAUGAUGACAACUUGUUUCCCCUUCCACUUCUCUGCUCGGACCUCUCUGCUGCAUGUCUGGGUCACUGGCUUCGGGGAGAGUUUGGACUCAAAGGUCUUCUCCCCCAGAAGGGAGUUUCCUGUGGCACUUCUGCCUCCUCCCGUCUUCCCAACAAGAACGACCCGCAGUUCGGAAUCCUUGUGGGAUUAACUCUGGUUCCCAGGCUCUGUUGGGAAGGAAUAAGGAACAUUAACACUAUUAAGAGUGUCGCUGAAAUUUUGUCCACGCAGUAUUUUAAAAUGCAUCACAAGGAGGAAUUUCUCCUACUGCACAAGUCCAUAUUAUGCUCCAUCCUGUCUUUUGGAUGAAAAGUGUGAGAAUGUCUUGCAAGAGAGGUUUGUUAAUUUCAUACCCCACAGAGGGGAGGGAGGGAACGCAGUAUUUGUAGGGCAGGGCUGGGAAAGUCUCCUGCCUGAUACUCUGAAGAGCUGCUGCCACUCAGUGUAGACAGUACUGAGCUCAGUACAAGGCAGGUUCCUCUGUUCUAUGUAACUUGUGCUUGAGAGGCCUUUGGCAGGAUUCAGCUCCAGGGUUAUCCUAAAUUCUUAAUACAGUAGACAUUGCCUUUCUCCCUCCACCAUGACCCAAAUCCCUCCCCUCCAAAUACACCAGAAUUCAUGCGGUGGAUUGCACAAAGCAAGCUAACUCUUGCACCCAUCUCCAUAAUUUGCAAAAUGUUUGCAAGUUACAGAGCCACCCCCUUAUGGGUGCAGAAUUCUUCUGCCUUUGGGCUCUUCCUUGUACAAAGAAGAAGAGCAGGUAUUUGGUGGGUCUCCUUAAGGAAGGGCUACCUUGAGAAUCUCAACUCAGGGAGAUCUAUAACUGCUUCCGAAUCAUAAUUUGACUCUACCUUUAGGGAAUAUACUUGGUCCUCCUUUGUCUGUGUCCAUUGCUCCUUCCUCUGGUUUCAUUUUGUCUGCGCUUCUUGUAGGUCCUCUUGGAAACAGCUCGAGGAAAGGCUUGUUCUGGUUGUCCAUCAUCAUCUGCUCGAUUUUCACCAGCAGCUCUUCCACCUGGCUGGCCCUUUCCUCUCCCGUCCCUUUGUUGUUGAAAGCGCAGCAACGGCUGUUGCACUUCCCCACCAAAUCCUGAAGAGGUCGGUUUCCAGACAGCCCUAUGUACUCCUCUAGGCUUUCUGUCUCUAGGUCUUCUUUGCGGGUGAACAAGACGAUCAUGUACUUUGUGGCCUCUGGGCCAAAGACCUCCUCCACCCUCUUGGAGGCCACAGCAUCUUCUUCGGUGAAACGACCGGCCUGCGUCACAAACACCAGGGCGUGGGGACCUGGCUCACACAGAGAGAGGCACUUCUGGAGCUCCUCAUUAUUCUGCUGCUCUGGAAGGCAGGUGUCAAAAAUGGCCGGAGUGUCAACGACAACAACUUGCUUUGCUUCCCAUUUCUCUGCCCGGACUUCUCUCUUGCAAGUCUGGGUCACUGCCUUCAGUGAAGCUUUGGACUCGAACUUCUUUUCGCCCAAAAUGGUGUUUCCUGUGGCACUUCUUCCUCCUCCCGUCUUCCCAACAAGAACAAUCCGUAGAUCUUCAUGGAGGUUUCUGCUCUCGUGUGCUUUGGUGGUCUCUGGAAAGAAAUUAGGAAGAUGUCUAAGAAUCCAAGACUGAAGAGUUUUAAAGGGAUGUCAGUUUCAUGGCACGUUGCAGUAGCCCAACUGAGAGAUUACCUUGUAGAAACACCACCCAGGUUCUUAUUCUCAAGAAAGACCCUAAGGUGGCUGACCCUAAGUCAGUCAGGAGUGAAAACAAUAUUGACCUGGCCACACUCACACCUUGGAGACCCAAGUCAACAACCAUUCCUGCAGCACCACUAAGUCUUGUUCCUUAAGGGAGAGUGGGCUGCUCAUUUCCCGGAUUUGUGGGCCUCCCGCUUGCCUGGGAAUUCGCUCCUGAAUUGCCACCAUCCAGGGUCCAUACACUGCAACAAUUCCCUAAGCACCUGGGGUCACCUCACCCUUCCAACUGUGGCCCACAAAUGGUCCAACCUUCACCAUUCCCUUCACGUGGUUCUUUCACAGGAGGGUCAGGAGAAGGGAGAGACUUACCUCUAACUUCCGCUCUCCAUUCAUCCAUUGUCCAGGCAGAAUGCUGAGCCGGAAGAGAACCAGAAAAAGAAGUUCAUUAGCUCCUGCAAUACAGUUUGACUAGUACUUUGCCCAAACUCCUCUCCAUCACCAGAGGAAGCUUAUGAUGUAAACACAACCCUGAAAGAACCUCAAAGCACCAUAUUCUGCCCCUGCAGAUUUGGGAUUCAAUUACUAGGGAGGCAGCUGAUGACUUUUUUUACAUGCAUUGGUCCUAAAUUAGGUUUGCUAAUUUUUCCUGUUGAUAAUUUCAUUGUUCUAUCUUUUUGGAUUUGAGGGUGUGUGGUUUUUACCACCAACAGGUGUAUAAGCAUUAAUAAACAAACAUGCCUAACACUUUGUCCUUCACAAUCUCUUCAAGAAUCUUCCCACCCUCUGCAUUUGGGGGGGAAAGCACCCGGAUAUUCCCUUCCUCCAGCCAGAGCUGCAUCUCUCCCCCUUACCUGCUUCUGCUUCUGCCUUGGGGGUCCCUGGCAGCCUGGCCUGAUAUCCUCCCUUCUGCAGCUCCCAGGCAGGUGGGCUGGUUUGGGGAGGGCCCUGAACAGCUGCAGCCACUCAGGAUGAUGGUCUGUAGGCUCCUUGGGGCCUAGUCUUGAUGAAAAUACCCUCCACAGAUGACCACCUCUUAAAGGCAGCUGCUUUUCAGUGGGGAGGGGGCUGAUGCCAACCACUUCCAGUGCCUCUCCGCCCCCCCUUUACCCAGCGGACUCUCUCCCACUUGCUUCCUUCUGCUGCUGCUGCAUGUCGCCAUUCCAGCCCCCCCUCCGCGGAACCUCCCCACUCAGAAGCCCUGGAGAAGCCACUGACUGCCAGUGUGGACAAUACUAAUCUAAAUGGACCAGUCAGUCUGGUUCAGUACAAAACAGCUUCCUUUUUCUCCAUGUGGUUUGGGGCAGGGGGGCACAGCUCAGCAGCUGAGCAUCUGGUUUGCAUAGAGAUGGUCUCGGGUUCAACCGCUGGCAUCUCCAGGGGGGCAGGUAGCCAUUGCUGAGCCAGAAGGACAAAGGUGACAUCUCCUUGCAAAGGGAGCUUCGGAUGUUCCUAAGACAAGAAAGGAAACGGUACCUUCUUUGUGAUGCCUCUGGAGCUUGAAGAAGACUCUCGGGUUCGAUGGUCCCUCUGCUCUGCAGUUUCUUCUCUCCCUCUCUGUCGAUGGCUGACUCUGUUCUGAGCUGAAUAAAAUGGAGCUCCACACACCCACCCCAAAAGCAUUCAUGGCUAGCAGCCAGAUCAUGUUCUGAGAAGCCAAAACAGCUUCCCAGAAUUGCAUAUCUGUUUCUAUUGGCUACAGGAGAGGACAAAACUGCCCUCUGGGUGGAUAAUUUCAGAGGAGCUGCAUUUGGUCUCCUGCAGUUCUGGGAGAAGCACCCAAGAGGAGCAGCAGAAGGAGGAGGAGACCCACACGGAGGGAGACCCACACAGAGAAAGACCCACACGGAGGGAGACCCACACAGAGAAAGACCCACACGGAGGAGACCCGCACCUCAGACGGACCACAGGUUGGUAUUUGGGAGCAGGAGCAGCAGCCACAAGGUUUGACUUUAAGCCUUCUGUGUCUCAACCUGCCUCAGAGAUGCUCAAGGUCUGCUUUGUUUGACCUGUUGCUAGAGGCUGGGUUAGAGCUCUUGGGUCAUUCCACGCCAAACAACCUGAUUUUAAUACUCGACCGUGCUCUCAUGACUCAGAUUUUCUUCAAAAAAAUUUUCUGUGUAGAUACCUAUGAGAUAACCUCAAAUUAAUUUCUAAAGUUUUUUUGGUCCAAAAUUGGACAUGGGAAAUUUUUUUGAAAAUUUCAAUUUUCAUGUGAUUUAGGCUAAUGCAAUUUCUUGCAGAAGUGUUUUACACCAUAAAAUGAACAAGGGGUCUGAGAUGCAUUUUAUUAUUAUAUAAUCAAUAAAACUUAAUUUUUAAAACAAAUCAGAUGACACUGUAACAUAAGAGGUUACAAUUUUAACUAUUCUCAUGAAUGUGAGAGUUAUUUCAGGUUCAAAGAGACAUUAAACCUGUCCAAAGAAGUAAUUUGUUUUGUAAAAAAUUUACUUCAAAAUCAAUUUAUUUUAUAACCACAAAAAACACCCUCCUUAUUUUUAUAACAAGUACAUGGUUAGCCCAUUCUACAACAAAAGUAUGAUACAUGUGUUAGUUGUGGUUUGCGCACUAUGGCUUAUUGAACCUACCAGGAAUAAAAUGACAAAAAUUCACUUUGAAUAGUCGGUGACCCUUUUCUGUGGCAGUUAAUACCAUUUUUAUACCUUAUUUUGAAAGAGACCACAAUGACCUUUAUUUUGAUACCAAAAUAAGCCCAAUCGGUUGAAAAAUAAGCAAAACAGGAGGUUUUUCCUACACUGACCCAGAAAUUGCAUUAGCCUAAAUCGCCUGAAAAUCGAAAAUUUCAAAAAAUUCUCCUGCACCCAAUUUUGGACCAAAAAACCUUUCAAAAUUAAUUUGAGGUUAUCUCAACAUAAAACACAUUAAAACUUUUUGAAGAAAAUCUGAGUCGUGAAGCUCUUGGAAGCAAAACUUUGGCUUGCGUGUAUAAUAAUGAAUCUUUUCCUUUUAAUUAAAUGUGCAGUUAAAGGAGUCCCUCCAUGGUGGAUUGAGCCUGACAAUCUGCAGGAACAUCCCUCUGGGUUUUAAAGCUUAUUUUUAAAAGAACAUUUCCCUUUCCCUUUUUUCUCCUGCCAGAAUUGCCUGAAAUUUGCAGACAUGGAGACUGACAAAUCCCAAAAUUAGAGCUGUAGUGUUUCCUUUGCCAUUUUUGUUGGGGGGGGGGGGGGGUCCAAAAAGAAAAAGAAAAAAUCAGUAGGGGGGAGGAAUGGAAAUGACUUCUUCUGCCCCACACCAGGGAUUUUUCAGAACACAGCUUCUCCCUGCAAGAAAGAAAUCUUUCUGGUUGUUUUUUUAAAAAAUGUGUGUGUGUGGUUUGUUGGUUUUGGGAGGCGGGAAAGCAAAAGUGAUCUCUCAUGGGCCAUUUCUGAGAAUUCAGAUGGUUAGAAAGAACACCCUGCCUAGGUCCAGAAGUCAACAGAUAGGGAGGGUGUGUUGUUUUUCUUGCUGGCCAUUUCCUUCUUUCGUUUGAGGAACCUUUCACCGCAAAACAGGAUACUAACAGGAUCUCUGCUCUUAGCAAAACAGCUCAGGAAAGAUUUCCAUGUUUUAUGUUUCAUUAAUGCUGCAUAUGAACACAUGAAGAGCCCUCUGGGAUCAGGCCAGGGGCCCUCAAGUUACAGACUCAUAGAACUGAAGAGUUGGAAGGGACCCCAAGGAUCAUCUAGUCCAACCCCCCGCAAUGCAGUUGUCCCAUAUAGCGACCGAACCUGCAUCCUUGGCAUUAUAUCAGCACCACGCUCUAACCAACAGUGCAAUCCAGUCCGGCCUCCUGUUCUCACAGGAGCCAGCCAGAUGCCCCCAAGGGAAGCCUGUGAGCAGGAGCUGAGCUCAAGAACAACUCUCCCCUUCUGUAGUCUCCAGCAGCUGCAAUUCAGAAGCAUCGCUGCCUCCGACUGUGGCUAACUCCAGCUGUGCACAAACAUUAUUUCACAUGCAUAGAACUGGAGUGGGAGCUUCCGGGUCAGCGCCAUCGCUAAUGGCGGAUUCCCUCUGAUUCUCAGAGGGACCAGCUCAGCGGGAUCGGGUCUUACCGCUGUGGCAAAGCGGGGACCCUUUAAAAACCACAGGCGGGGGAAGCCUGUGAACGUGGGGACUCGGAGGGCAUCAUUUGCGGCCCCCCCCCCAAGUUGCGAAGGGACCCUUUUAAGGGCUCCGGAGCGGGACGGGGUGAGUGGCACGGUGCUGAGAGUCGACUGCUUCUUCCGCGGAGUGAAGCCGCACAGCCGUUAUCGGAGAGAGCUGACUUUUUCCUGGGAUAAUUGGAUUUCGAAAGCAACUACCCGUGAGUAGGAUUAAAUUGGAUUUAAAAGGAGAAAAAACAGCUAAUUCGGCAUCGAAGCGGGAAGGUAUAACCAGGAAGUCUGCCUUCCUUUCUUGUAGAUAGUUCAAAGUAAAGAGACUGUAAAGCGGAAACAUAGAGAGACGUUCGGAAAAAAGACUUAGAUCUUAACAUCUGGAAAGUGGUCUCCCCUCCGGAUUGCAGGAGAGGAGGGGGGAAGGUUUGAGUUGUAUUUACCUGCAAAGAAAAGGGGGAAAGGAAGCUAAAUCUGCUGCUUAAAACCUGGGAACGGACUGCCCCUAGACAAGGAAUGCCGUUCAGUGGAAAGCCUAUCGGUAAGCAGAGGAUUUUUGACAGCUAACUCUGCAGAAGAGAUAUAGUGUUUCUGGACUUCUCCUGGCUUUAUUUUUUUUUUUAAAUAAUUUUUUAUUAAGGUUUUGAACAAAGAAAAAAGAAGAACAACACACACACACACAAAAAAAACAAUACAAAAUUUAACAAUAAAAACACAAAACGUAACAAUUAAAAACAAACUCUCUUUUCUAUUCCCAAUUUUACAUUACUUAUUUUCUGGACUUCCUCAUACCUCCCUCUUUUGUAUUCCAAUCCACAUUAUUUGUCCAGCAGUUUCUUUUCCACUUUUUUAAACCCAAUCUUUAAUUUAAUAAAAUGUUAAAAUAUAUAACUUCAACUUUUUUUAAACCUAAUCCUUAUUCUUAAUGUCAUAUACCUUUAAAUUUUUCCCUUUUAUUAUCAAAUUUCCAUUUCUUUAAACAUCUUUAAUCAUGAUCUUUAGUCUUAAUCUGUCCUUAACUUUAACCUGUACAGCUGGAAACGACUUAUUUUCAAUCCAACAUCACUCUAACAUUCCUUAAUUUUGCAGUGUUUCUGAAGAUAGUCUUUAAAUUUCUUCCAGUCUUCCUCCAUCGACUCUUCUCCCUGGUCACGGAUUCUGCCAGUCAUUUCCGCCAAUUCCAUAUAGUCCAUAAGUUUCAUCUGCCAUUCCUCCAGCGUGGGAAGUUCUUGUGUCUUCCAAUACUUUGCGAUGAGUAUUCUUGCUGCUGUUGUUGCAUACAUAAAGAAAGUUCUAUCCUUUUUAACACCAUUUGGCCCACUAUGCCCAGGAGAAAGGCCUCUGGUUUCUUAGGAAAGGUAUUCUUAUAUACCUUUUUAAAUUCAUUAUAUAUGUUUUCCCAGAAAGCCUUAAUCUUUGGGCACGUCCACCAAAGGUGAAAAAAUGUACCUUCAGUUUCUUUACAUUUCCAACAUUUGUUAUCGGGCAAGUGAUAGAUUUUCGCAAGCUUGACUGGGGUUAUGUACCACCUGUAUAUCAUUUUCAUAAUAUUCUCUCUUAAGGCAUUACAUGCCGUAAAUUUCAUACCUGUGGUCCACAACUGUUCCCAGUCAGCAAACAUAAUGUUAUGUCCAACGUCCUGUGCCCAUUUAAUCAUAGCCGAUUUUACCGUUUCAUCUUGAGUAUUCCAUUUCAGCAGCAAGUUAUACAUUCUUGACAAAUUCUUAGUUUUGGGUUCUAACAAUUCUGUUUCUAAUUUGGAUCUUUCCACCUGGAAGCCAAUUUUCCUGUCCAAUUUAAAUGCCUCCAUUAUCUGAUAAUAAUGAAGCCAGUCUCGCACUUUGUUUUUAGUUUUCAAAACUCUGCAAUUUCAGUCUAUCUCCAUCUUGUUCCAAAAUUUCCCAAUAUUUCGGCCAUUUGACCUCCAUAUUGACCUUUUUCAAGGCUUUCGCUUCCAUUGGUGACAGCCACCUUGGGGUUUUGUUUUCUAACAAAUCCUUAUAUCUUAACCAAACAUUGAAUAGCGCUUUCCUGACAUGACUUCUCCUGGCUUUAAAGUAACUGUUCAAGUGCAUUGAAACUGUUGUUUUUAAGUGAAUUGGGGGACUUAUAAAGACCAUCUUUGUUCUUAAAAGUUGCAAGCUUUGGCUGUUACUGUGUCCCCCUAGAGGAGGCUGGACAUUGCUACAAUAACAACUGGGUUAGAGGAAAAUUCCAUUCCAAAACAAACUUUCAACUGUGGGAAUGACCUUGGAUUCUCAUGAGAGUGUUAUGGCAGAUGGGAAAGGAAAGAUAGAGCUGGCGCAGGAAAAAACUACUAGGUCUGGCAGACACUAUCGGACAGAUACUGCGCAGCAGCGAAGGGCUUCAACAUCUGGAGCAUCUGGAACAUCAGGGGCUGCACCCCCACAGGUCAAACCAAAAGUUAUGUCGUCCGAAGACGUUUUGGCACACGCUCUUGGAAAAAUUAAUGAAUCUUUGGAAAAUUUAGCUAAGCAGGUAGCUGAGACUAAUAAACAAGUAGCUGAAGCAUCAGGUAAAAUUGAUCUGAAUACUACAAGUAUUAAUAAUUUGGGACAGAAGGUGAACACCAAUACAGAGUCUAUUGAAAAAUUAUUACAGGAAUCUGCUUCGACCCGAAAGAUAGCUGAAGAAGCAAAAGAUAUUGCAACUGCUAUUCAAGAGAAGAUACCACCAGUAUAUAAGAAAUUGGAGGACCAUGAUUUGACAUUGUCUAUGAUUGAAUUGAAAGAGAGACAAAGAAAUUUAAGAAUCAGGGCUGUACCAGAACGGGAGAAAGAUAACCUGGCUGACUUUCUUACACAGGAAUUUACAGACUUUUGGCAACAGGACUUGGGAAGGAAGAAUUCAAGAUAGUGAAUGCAUUUAGACUUGGAAGAGGACAAAGCAGGAACAAGGUGAGGGACUGCUUGAUUACCCUUCGAACAAAAGAAGAGAGAGACAAAAUUUUGAAUUUGCACUAUCAAAAGACUUUGGAAAUUUACGACUCAAGUGUGGUGAUAUUUAAGGACAUUCCAAAACAUCUUUUGGACUUAAGGUUUAACUACGGAGACCUAGUUGCCCUGUUGAAAAGAAAUAGAAUUCUUUUCAGGUGGGAAUUUCCUCAAGGCCUAUCCUUUAAAUACAAAGGAAGAAAGAUAAAAAUAAGAUCAGUCAAUGAUAAGGACAGGUUCUUGAAAGAUCACGAAGAAGACCUACAGAAAGAAGUGGAAUCUGGAGAAGAGCCAAAAGGCAUACUAGACAUAGCAAACUUAUCUUUUGGAUUGCACGGCCCAGAGAAAGAGACACCACCUACAGAACAAGAACAGACACUUGGUGCAGUUGGAGGUAAAGUGAAGUAACCCCAUCAUGGCUCUGCAACUGUUAAGCUGGAAUUGUAAUGGUUUGAACUCCCUCGAAAGAGAAAAAGUGUUUUUCAUCUACUAAAAAGGAACAAUUGGACUUGAUUUGUUUACAAGAAACACAUAUAACAAGGCUACACAGGAAACUACUGAUUAAUAAAAGAUUGGGACAGGAGUUUAUCUCAUCUGACAAAGUUAAAAAAGAGGAGUUGUGAUAUAUGCAAAGGAGAGACUAUCACCGAAAUUAAUUUUUAAAGAUGAUCAAGGAAGAUUCUUGGCAAUUGAAAUUCAAGUUCAAGGAGAGAAAUUCUUGAUAGUAGGAAUUUAUGCACCGAAUGAGGGAAAUCUGAAUUCUUUAAAAAGUUGCACGAGACUUUACUGGACUAUUUGGAUUACAAUUUGAUUUUGAUGGGGGACAUGAAUGGAGUAGUAUCUACAAACAUGGAUAAGGCACAAAGACAGGUAGUUACCAAGGAUGGUAGACUACCGAAAACAUUUUUGAGAUGACAGACAAUAUAGACUUAGUGGAUAUCUGGAGAGUAAAGAACCCCUUGGGAAGAGAGGGAACCUUCUUUUCUGAAGCCAAGAUGACAUGGACUAGAAUUGACCAAAUAUGGAUAACUAGAGGAAUGGCACCAAAGAUAAAGAAAGUAGAAAUCUGCCCAAAAACCUGCUCCGACCAUAAUGCGGUAAGGAUGGAGAUGAAACAAAUAUCAACUGGAUCCUUCAGAUGGAGGAUGAAUGACACCUUAUUUAGAGAUGAAGAUGUAUAUAAAAAGGCCCAAAAAACUUUGAGAGACUAUUUUGAAAUAAAUAUGAACACCAAUGUAGAAAAAGAGUAAUCUGGGACGCAAGCAAAGCGGUCAUGAGAGGGUUUCUGAUACAACAGAAUGCAAUAAAGAAGAGAAGUCAGAAUGAGAAGAAAGAUAAAAUUUUGGAGAAAAUAAAAGAAAGUGAGAAGAAAUUGAGAGCAAAACCAAAGUCGCAGGAGAUUCUGAGAGAAAUAAAAUUAUAUCAAGUACAAUACAUGAAAAUGAUGAAUCAGGAAAUAGAAUGGAAAAUUAAACAAAUGAGACAAAAACAUUUGAAUCACCUAAUAAAUGUGGGAAAUUGCUGGCCUGGCAAAUGAAAAAAAGACAAAAAUUAAAUACUAUUACAAACUUAGAAGUGGAAGGAAAGAAUAUACACAACCCAAUUGAGAUUAGAAACUGUUUCCAGAGGUACUUUAAACAAUUAUAUACGCAAGGGCCACAGAAAGAAAUGGACAUAGACCGAUUCUUGAAGACAAAUGGAUUACAAAAAAUCUCUCAAGAAAGUAAAUUAAUGCUGAACUAUAAAAUAUCUGAACAGGAAGUGGAAGGUGCCAUUCAAAAUAUGCAAUUGGGCAAAUCUCCAGGACCGGAUGGGCUGACUUCUAGAUAUUAUAGAUCCUUGAAAGAGUGGCUAUUGCAACCUUUGAAGGAAGUCUGCAAUGAAAUUUUGGAAGGGAAAAGGGCACCAGAGUCGUGGAAAGAGGCGUACAUUACACUUAUACCUAAAACAGAGACUGAAAAGACUCAGCUUAAGAACUACCGCCCUAUAUCGUUACUUAAUGUGGAUUACAAAAUUUUUGCAGACAUUUUGGCCAAGAGAUUGAAAAAGUAUUGAUGGAAGAGAUUCAUAAAGACCAAGCGGGCUUUCUCCCGGGAAGACACUUGUCUGACAAUUUGAGGAAUAUAAUUGACAUUUUGGAAAAACUAGAAGUGAAUAUUAACACUAAAGCAGUUCUGAUAUUUGUGGAUGCGGAGAAAGCUUUUGACAAUAUCUCUUGGAGCUUCAUGAAGAAGAACCUACAGGGGAUGGGGGUAGACCAAGGUUUUGAAAAUGGUAUAGGUGCAAUAUACUCUGAACAAAAGGCUAAAUUAAUUGUAAAUAAUGUGGUGACGGAAGAAUUUAAGAUAGACAAAGGGACACGACAGGGGUGCCCAAUCUCCCCACUGCUUUUAUAUCGGUCCUGGAGGUUCUGCUGAAUAUGAUUAGAAGGGACCGGUUGGUUAAAGGUAUACAGGUCGGAGCCAAACAGUACAAACUGAGAGCAUUUGCAGAUGACUUAGUAUUGACGUUACAGGAGCCAGAAUCUAGCACUAAAAGGGUUUUAGAAUUAAUUCAAGAAUUUGGUCAAGUGGCAGGAUUUAAACUGAACAAGCUAAAAACUAAGGUUUUAGAGAAAAAUUUAACACCGAUUGAAAGAGAGAGGUUUCAGAAUGAGACAGGUUUAACAGUGGUUAAGAAAGUGAAAUAUCUGGGGAUUAAUAUGACAGCCAAAAAUGGGAACUUAUUUAAAGAUAAUUAUGAAAAAUGUUGGAUGGAAGUGAAAAAAGAUUUAGAAAUUUGGUCAAAUUUGAAGCUUUCACUGCUGGGCCGUAUUGUUGCGAUAAAAAUGAAUGUAUUGCCUAGAAUGUUGUUUUUGUUUCAGACAUUGCAAAUUGUGGACAAGAUGGAUUGUUUCAAGAAGUGGCAGAGAGACAUUUCUAGAUUUGUCUGGCAGGGCAAGAAGCCCAGAAUAAAAUUUAAGAUAUUAACUGAUGCAAAGGAAAGAGGUGGAUUUGCCCUGCCAGACUUUAAACUUUAUUAUGAAUCAGCAGCUUUUUGCUGGUUGAAAGAAUGGCUACUUCUUGAAAAUACAGACAUUUUGGAUUUAGAAGGUUUUAACAACGUAUUUGGAUGGCAUGCAUAUUUAUGGUAUGAUAAGGUCAAAGCACAUAAAGCAUUUAAAAAUCAUAUUGUCAGGAAAGCACUGUUUAAUGUUUGGAUAAGAUACAAGGAUUUAUUGGAAAAUAAAACCCCAAGGUGGUUGUCACCGAUGGAAGCGAAAGCUCUGAAAAGGCUCAAUAUGGAGGCCAAAUGGUCGAAAUAUUGGGAAAUUUUGGAACAAGAAGGAGACAAAUUGAAAUUGCAGAUUUUCGAGAAACUAAAAACAAAGUGAGAGAUUGGCUUCAUUAUUAUCAAAUAAUGGAGGCAUAUAAUUUGGAUAAGAAAAUUGGCUUCCAGGUGGAAAAAUCAAAACUAGAAACAGAACUGUUAGAACCCAAAACUAAGAAGUUGUCAAGAAUGUAUAACUUGCUGUUGAAAUGGAAUACUCAGGAUGAAACGGUGAAAUCUGCUAUGAUUCUCUCAGAGAAGUUGAUCUGCCUACCUGGCCCUCCUCCCCAGCUGCUGGCCCUCCUGCUCUUGAGGAAGCUAGUCUUUCCCCACCUUUGGUCAUCAGAGAGAAGCCUGCCCUGCCCACCCCAUGAGGACGGGCAGCUUGUGGGCUCAAUCCACCAGAGGGGGGGGGCAGAUUAAAUCCUGGGCCAACACGGGUGACAGAGCACCCAGAAGACACAGAACCAAAGGAGUUUCUCCCUUUGGGAAGAUCUGCUUUGGGGGAGAGCAAGGGCAAGGAGCACCUCCUCAACGUCUUCUAGGGGGAUGGUCUUGCCCUGAUGGCUUUAACAGAUUUUUAACUGGUUGUUUUUUAAAAAAAUGUGUGUGUGUGGUUUGUUGGUUUUGGGAGGAGGGAAAGCGAAAGUGAUCUCUCAUGGGCCAUUUCUGAGAAUUCAGAUGGUUAGAAAGAACACCCUGCCUAGGUCCAGAAGUCAACAGAUAGGGAGGGUGUGUUGUUUUUCUUGCUGGCCAUUUCCUUCUUUCGUUUGAGGGACUUUUCACCGCAAAACAGGAUACUAACAGGAUCUCUGCUCUUAGCAAAACAGCUCAGCAAAGAUUUCCUUGUUUUAUGUUUCAUUAAUGCUGCAUAUGAACGUAUGAAGAGCCCUCUGGGAUCAGGCCAGGGGCCCUCAAGUUACAGACUCAUAGAACUGAAGAGUUGGAAGGGACCCCCAGGAUCAUCCAGUCCAACCCCUUGCAAUGCAGUUGUCCCACACGGGGAUUGAACCUGCAACCUUGGCGUUAUCAUUACCACGCUCUAACCAACAGAGCUCUCCAGUCCAGCCUCCUGUUCUCACAGUGACCAGCCAGAUGCCCCCAAGGGAAGUCUGUAAGCAGGAGCUGAGCUCAAGAACAACUCUCCCCUUCUGAAUUUUCCAGCAACUGCAAUUCAGAGGCAUCGCUGCCUCCGACUGUGGCUAACUCCAGCUGUGCACAAACAUUAUUUCACAUGCAUAGAACUGGAGUGAAACAUAUGUGUUGUGAAGGCAACAAGUGUGUGUUUGUGAACGUAUCUGGCACACAGGUAUAUUCACCAGGGUGGCAUUGAUGAUGAUGAUGAAAUACUUGACAUAAAUAGGAACAAAAAUCCAGUAAAGGUUCAGUAAACCCAUUCUGCUGAUCAGACCUGGUGUGGUCUGGCAUCUGGAAAGUAACAGCAUUCUGGUUGCAACUUGCUUUCUUCUGUUGUGAGGAGACAGUCAAUCAGUUCCUUCCUUAGCAGACCACAAGCUUCACAUGAGCCCACAGUGUGAUGCAGCAGCAAAAAAGGCUAAUGCUAUUCCAGGCUGCCUCCACUGAAGUCUAGUGUCCCAAUCAAGGGCAGUAAUGAGUCUAUCCCUCCAGCAGGAGAGAAUUGGGGGGGGGGAUAUUUUGCAAAUGCUACAAUGCACCUUCUGCACUUGGUUUUGUAGGGGCAGUUCGUGGUUGGAGUCAAAGUCUGCCCUCCUGGGUGAUGCACUAAAAGGGAGGGGAAAGGGGGCACAAUCCAUGCCAAGGAUUCACCCCUUUCUGUUUUUAUAUAAUUUUUAUUAAAUUUUCUAUUUUACAAUUUAAAAUACUCAUUUUACAUCCUUAAAAUAUCAAUGACAUCCCUUCUUUUCUUUCCAAGGUUCCUUUUGCAUAUCAUAAAUCCCUGCAUAUUUUACAAAAACUAUGCCAAUCAGUAUUCCAUUAUUACAUCCAUCGAAACUUAUUUACACUGUUGAAUUUAUCUUAAUGCUGCCAGCGUUUUCAGUUGUACACAAUUAUUUCCCAUAUAUUCAAUAAACAUUUUCCUAUCUUCUCUAAACGUAUGUUCUUCUUGUUCUCUUAUUCUAUAUGUUAAGUCUGCAAGUUGUGCAUAUUCCAUCAACUUAAGUUGCCAUUCUUCUUUGGUUGGGACCUCGCUCAUUUUCCAUUUGGGGGCUAAGAAAACAGGGGCUGCGGUGGUGGCACACAUAAAUAACUUUUUUUGACACCUGGGAAUUUCAGUGUGAAUAAUUCCCAACAGAAAGGACUCUGGUUUUUGGAGGGAAAGUACUUUUACACAUUUUUUCAAUUCAUUAUGAAUAAUUUCCCAAUACUCUUUUACCCUUUUACAAGUCCACCACAUAUGAAAGAACGUUCCCUCAACCUCUUUGCAUCUCCAGCACUUAUCUGAUUCUGUAUUAUACAUCUUAGCAAGUCUAAAGGUAAAGGUAAAGGGGCCCCUGACCAUUAGGUCCAGUUGCGGCACUCAUCUUGCUUUAUUGGCCAAGGGAGCCGGCGUACAGCUUCUGGGUCAUGUGGCCAGCAUGACUAAGCCGCUUCGGGCAAACCAGAGCAGCGCACGGAAACGCCGUUGACCUUCCCACCAGAGUGGUACCUAUUUAUCUACUUGCACUUUGACGUGCUUUUGAACUGCUAGGUUGGCAGGAGCAGGGACCGAGCAACGGGAGCUCACCCCAUCGCGGGGAUUCGAACCGCUGACCUUCUGAUCGGCAAGUCCUAGGCUCUGUGGUUUUACCCACAGUGCCACCCACGUCCCUAUCUUAGCAAGUCUACUCGGAGUUAAAUACAGGUAGUUCUCCUUCAAAGAAUAACAUGAUGUAAACUUCAAGUCACUUUUCCAGAAUUUUCCCCAGAGGUUAAACUCUAUAUUGUGUCCUAUAUCUAUUGCCCAGUGUGUCAUUGAGACUUUGACAAGCUCGUCUUUUGUUUCCCAGUCUAAUAAUAAAUUAUACAUUUGGGACAAAGUUUCUCUUUGUUUUGUAGAAGUUCUUUUUCAAAUUGUGAGCUUUGGUCCAUAAAAGCAUUUUUCCUGUCUGUUUUAAACAUUUCAUGUAACUGAUGAUAUUGUAGCCACACUGUCACAUGGCUCCCUACACUUUCCAUUGAUUUCAGUUUAGGUUCCCCCUCUGUAAAGUGUAGCAGUUCCCUGUAAGUUGCCCAUUGUCUGUCCAUAUUAACUCUCUUAAUUGUAAUAGCCCCAAUAGGAGAGAGUCAUAAAGGUGUUUUCCUUUCCAGCAGAUUUUUAUGUUUCUCCCAAACGCUAUACAAAUUCUUCCUUAGAAUAUGGUUCAUAAAACUUUUAUAAAUUUUCACCUUCUCAUGAUUUAAAAUUCAGCGUAUCUCCUUCCUCGUUGCUUUUCCAGGGCCCGGUGGUGGGAGUUGUAGUUCAGCAGCCUCAGGAGGGGCAAAGGUUCCCCACGCCUGCCUGAAGGGACGGCCCCAUCACAUUUAUACCGGGAGGCAAACUCCUGUCAGCUCUUCCACCCCCUGAAAACACAGAAUUUCCUCCUUCAUCUGUGAGGGGUUUGGCGGGUUCCCCCAGAGCAUGGCCCUGCUGCCCCCACAGUGCAUAAAAAUGGAAGAUAAUAUUUAUUGCGGUUGUUUGUAUAUUGCCCUUCACCCAAACAUCUCAGGGCCCUCCUGCCGGGGUCGACUGCUUUUGCUCCAGAAAGCCUCUUUUCUCCUAAUCUCAUAUAAAUUGAGGCUGAUUGUGGCUCAAUUUAUAUGAUGUUGAGGGAAACCUUCCUCUACUGCCAAGAGCCCACAUGUCUGAGGCCAAGAUGGAGGCCCUGCUGACAACCUCUUUCCCAAAAGCCCAGGGGGAAGAACAGAUCCCCCGUGAUGUCAAUCCCUGCUGUAUGAAGCCAACCAGCUUCCAUGGAUCCAUUUUGGGUCCGGAUACCAGGAAAGGGAGGGUUGUGCAAUGUUACCGGAAAAAUCCGAGGGCUCCCUUGGACAAAAAGUAAAGACACCAACCAGAGUAAAUUGGAGCAAAUCAGCAGCCUGUAGGCUUGGCCUUUAUUGAACUGUUGCAACAGGGUGUUCCCCUCACUUGCAGGAGAGAGGAAAAGACACAGAAAAUGGUGUGCAAGCCCUUAUAAAAACUUUUGAAAUUCCCAUCCUCUAGGUCAAGCCCACCCCCAGAAACAUCAUGCAUACAUUACAGAAAGGAGGGGUUGAGGGAGGAGUUGUGGUGGUAACCUGAGUGUCCUGUCACCUGGCUGGUUCCUCCUUUCCCCCUGCCCAUGAGUCACUUCCAGGAGACAAAGGGGAGUUGGCAGUUUCCUGCCCCCAGAGGGAAGAUCUGAUCAUUGUCCUUUGUUUCAGUCCAUGCUGAAUCCACUCCCAUAUGCAAGUUCUUUGUGAUCUUGAUGGUCUUCUGUCUAGGACCAUCAGGGUUGGCAUAGCAACUGGGCAGGGCUCCUGUGGAUGUGCUGGGAUGGUGAAGGGAUUAUGGCUGACCAGAACCAAGCCACCCCCCUUUGAUAGUCCUUGUCAUAUGGAGUAAAAUAAAAAUGGAACAGUGCAAAUCCGAUGUAUGGUUGAUUUUGGAAUGAAUUUAUAACAGAAGUGUGGCAUAUGUAGUGUGUGAGUGUGAGUGUGUGAAGUUUGUAGAAACUGAAUGAUUGGGGUGGGGGGUUCCUGCUACAGUUCCCCCCUUCGGAGAUAAGAUUGCAAAGGUGGCUACUUUGCAAUCCUUUUCUCCGCACAAUUUAAGGUGGUAAAUAUUAACCUGCUAUUCUCCGUCCCAGAUGCGUGUGUCCAUGUGAACCUGAAAGGGACUUGGAUGUCACGCUUCUUAAGGAUAUUUGCAUAGAAAUAUAACAGUGUAACAGUGCACAUAGUUUUUUUUUUAAAAAUAAUUUUUAUUAAGGUUUUAGACAACAAAGAAAGAGAAAAAAAACAUACGCAAUACAUAUAACAACAACACACACAAAAAAACAACACAAAAUUCAACAAUAAAAAAACAAAAAACAUAACAAUUAAAAACAAUAUCUCUUUUCCAUUUCCAUUUUUAAGUUACUUAUUUUCUGGACUUCCUCAUACCUCCCUCUUUUGUAUUCCAAUCCAAAUUGUUUGUCCAGCAGUUUCUUUUCCACUUUUUAAAUCCCAAUCUUUAGUUUAAUAAAAUAUUAAAAUAUAUAACUUCAACUUCUUUAAACCUAAUCCUUGGUCUUAAUAUCAUAUACCGUUAAAAUUUCCCCUCUUAAUAUCAAAUUUCCAUUUCUUUAAACAUCUUUAAUCUUAAUCUUUAAUCUUAGUCUAUCAUUAACUUUAACCUGUACAGCUGGAAACCACUUAUUUUCAGUCCAACAUCACUCUAACAUUCCUUAAUUUUGCAGUGUUUCUGAAGAUAGUCUUUGAAUUUCUUCCAAUCUUCCUCCAUCGACUCUUCUCCCUGGUCACGGAUUCUACCAGUCAUUUCCGCCAAUUCCAUAUAGUCCAUAAGUUUCAUCUGCCAUUCCUCCAGCGUGGGAAGUUCUUGUGUCUUCCAAUACUUUGCGAUGAGUAUUCUUGCUGCUGUUGUUGCAUACAUAAAGAAAGUUCUAUCCUUCUUUACCACCAUUUGGCCGACUAUGCCCAGGAGGAAGGCCUCUGGUUUCUUAGGGAAGGUAUACUUAAAUACCUUUUUAAUUCAUUAUAUAUCAUUUCCCAGAAAGCCUUAAUCUUUGGGCACGUCCACCAAAGGUGAAAAAAUGUACCUUCAGUUUCUUUACAUUUCCAACAUUUGUUAUCGGGCAAGUGAUAGAUUUUCGCAAGCUUGACUGGGGUUAUGUACCACCUGUAUAUCAUUUUCAUAAUAUUCUCUCUUAAGGCAUUACAUGCCGUAAAUUUCAUACCUGUGGUCCAUAACUGUUCCCAGUCAGCAAACAUAAUGUUAUGUCCAACGUCCUGUGCCCAUUUAAUCAUAGCCGAUUUUACCGUUUCAUCCUGAGUAUUCCAUUUCAGCAGCAAGUUAUACAUUCUUGACAGAUUCUUAGUUUUGGGUUCUAACAAUUCUGUUUCUAAUUUGGAUCUUUCCACCUGGAAGCCAAUUUUCCUGUCCAAUUUAAAUGCCUCCAUUAUCUGAUAAUAAUGAAGCCAGUCUCGCACUUUGUUUUUAGUUUUUCAAAACUCUGCAAUUUCAGUCUAUCUCCGUCUUGUUCCAAAAUUUCCCAAUAUUUCGGCCAUUUGACCUCCAUAUUGACCUUUUUCAAGGCUUUCGCUUCCAUUGGUGACAGCCACCUUGGGGUUUUGUUUUCUAACAAAUCCUUAUAUCUUAACCAAACAUUAAAUAGCGCUUUCCUGACAAUGUGGUUUCUAAAUGCUUUAUGUGCUUUGACCUUAUCAUACCAUAGAUAUGCAUGCCAUCCAAAUACAUUAUUGAAACCUUCCAAGUCCAAAAUGUCAGUGUUUUCAAGAAGUAGCCAUUCUUUCAACCAGCAAAAGGCUGCUGAUUCAUAGUAAAGUUUGAGGUCUGGCAGGGCAAAUCCACCUCUUUCCUUUGCAUCUGUUAGUAUUUUAAAUUUUAUUCUAGGCUUCUUGCCCUGCCAGACAAAUUUAGAAAUAUCUUUCUGCCACCUCUUGAAACAAUCCAUUUUGUCCACAAUCUGCAAAGUUUGGAACAAAAACAACAUUCUAGGCAAUACAUUCAUUUUUAUCGCAGCAAUACGGCCCAGCAGUGAAAGCUUCAAAUUUGACCAAAUUUCUAAAUCUUUUUCACUUCAGACCAGCAUUUUUCAUAGUUAUCUUUAAAUAAGUUCCCAUUUUUGCUGUCAUGUUAAUCCCCAAAUAUUUAACUUUCUUAACCACUGUUAAACCUGUCUCAUUCUGAAACCUCUCUCUUUCAAUCGGUGUUAAAUUUUUCUCUAAAACCUUGGUUUUUAACUUAUUCAAUUUAAAUCCUGCCACUUGACCAAAUUCUUGAAUCAGUUCUAAAACCCUUUUAGUACUAGAUUCUGGCUCCUGUAACGUCAAUACUAAGUCAUCUGCAAAUGCUCUCAAUUUGUACUGUUUAGUUCCGACCUGUAUACCUUUGACCAACUGGUCCCUUCUAAUCAUAUUCAGCAAAACCUCCAGGACCGAAAUAAAAGAAGUGGGGAAAUUGGGCAACCUUGUCGUGUCCCUUUUUCAAUUUUAAGUUCUUCCGUCACAACAUUAUUUACAAUUAGUUUAGCCUUUUGUUCUGAAUAAAUUGCACUUAUACCAUUCUCAAAACCUUGGCCUACCCCCAUACCCUGUAGAUUCUUCUUCAUAAAAUUCCAAGAAAUGUUGUCAAAGGCUUUCUCCGCGUCUACAAAUAUCAACACUGCUUUAGUGUUUAUAUUCACUUCUAAUUUUUCCAAGAUAUCAAUUAUAUUCCUCAAAUUGUCAGACAAAUGUCUUCCUGGGAGAAAGCCCGCUUGGUCUUUGUGAAUCUCUUCCAUCAACACUUUUUAAAUCUCUUCGCCAAAAUAUCUGCAAAAAUUUUGUAAUCCACAUUUAGUAAUGAUAUAGGGCGGUAGUUCUUAAGUUGUGUCUUUUCAGUCUCUGUUUUUGGUACAAGUGUAAUAUAUGCUUCUUUCCACGACUCUGGUGCUCUCUUCCCCUCCAUUAUUUCAUUGCAGACCUCUUUCAAUGGUUGAAUUAACCAUUCUUUUAAAGAUCUGUAGUAUCUAGAGGUCAAGCCAUCUGGUCCUGGAGAUUUACCCAGUUGCAUGUUUUGAAUGGCACCUUCUAUUUCCUGUUCAGUUAUUCUAUGGUUCAAAAUUAAUUUAUUUUCUUGAGAUAUUUUUUGUAGUCCAUUUGUUUUUAAAAAUUGGUCUAAAUCUGUUUCUUUCAUUGGCCCUUGAGUAUAUAGUCGUUUAAAAUACUUCUGGAAACAACUUCUGAUCUCCGCUGGGUUCUGUAUAUUCCUUCCUUCCACUUCUAAGUUCAUAAUCGUAUUUAGUUUUUGUCUCUUUUUCAUUUGCCAUGCCAACAAUUUGCCACAUUUAUUGGCCGAUUCAAAAGUCUUUUGUCUCAUUUGUUUAAUUUUCCAUUCUAUUUCCUGAUUCAUCAUUUUCAUAUAUUGUACUUGAUAUAGCUUUAACUCUCUCAAAAUCUCUUGAGAUUUGGGAUUUACUCUCAGUCUUUUUUCACAUUCAUUUAUUUUGUCCAUUAUUUUAUCCUUCUUCUCAUUUUGAGUUCUUUUCUUUAUCGCAUUCUGUUGUAUUAAGAACCCUCUCAUAACCGCUUUACUUGCGUCCCAGAUUACUCUUUUCUCCACGUUGGAACUAAGAUUUAUCUCGAAGUAAUCUCUCAGAGUUUUUUGGGCCUUCUUAAGAAAUUCUUCAUCUCUAAAUAAGGUGUCAUUCAUCUUCCAUCUGAAGGAGCCAGUUGGUGUUAGUCUCAUUUCCAUCUUAACAGCAUUAUGGUCGGAGCAAAUUUUCGGGCAGAUUUCCACCUUUCUUGUCUUUGGUGCCAUUCCUCUAGUUAUCCAAAUUUGGUCAAUUCUUGUCCAAGUCAUUUUGGCUUCAGAAAAGAAAGUUCCCUCUUUAGCCAAGGGGUUUCUAAUUCUCCAAAUGUCCACUAAAUCCAAGUUGUCUGUCAUAUCAAAAAAAGUUUUCGGUAGUCUACCAUCCUUGGUGACUACCUGUCUUUGUGCCUUGUCCAUAUAAGUAGAUACCACUCCAUUCAUAUCUCCCAUCAGAAUCGUGUUAUAGUCCAUAUGGUCCAUCAGGGUCUCAUGCAACUUCUUAAAAAAAUCAGAUGUCCCAUCAUUUGGUGCGUAGACUCCUACAAUCAGAAAUUUUUCUCCUUGUGUUUGAAUUUCAAUUGCCACAAAUCUUCCUUGGUCAUCUUUAAAAACAAAUUUCGGUGAUAAAUUGUCUUUUGCAUAAAUCACAACCCCUCUCUUUUUAACUUUGUCCGACGAAAUAAAUUCCUGACCAAGUCUUUUAUUUAUCAACAAUUUCCUGUGUAAUCUUGUUAUAUGUGUUUCUUGUAGACAAAUUAGGUCCAAUUGUUCCUUUUUUUUAAUAUAUGAAAUACUGAUUUCCUUUUCUGAGGGAAUUCAAACCCCGACAGUUCCAUGUUAAAAGUUGCAGGGCCAUGAUGUUAUUGUUUUAGUUCUCCUCCUACUGCACCUAGUGCCUGUUCCUCAUCCGUCGGUGGUAUCCCUUCUUUCGAACGGUCUUUUGGUUCCGGAAAUAGUUCUUUUUGUAAGUCUUCUCCGUGGUCUCUGCAAAAUUUGUCUUUGUCGUCUUCCGAUCUUAUUUUCCUCUUCUUUCCUUUGUAGCUAAAAGACAGGCCUUGAGGGAGUUCCCACCUAAAGUUGAUACUGUUCCUUCUCAGCAGGGUAACCAAGUCUUUAUAUUUUGAUCUGAGAUCCAGAAGGUAUUUCGGAAUAUCUUUAAAUAUUUCCACCCUUGUCCGAUGGAUUUCCAGUGUCUUCUUGAAAUGUAGGCCCAAAAUCUUAUCCCUCUCUUCUUUUGUUCGAAAAGUAAUCAAACAGUCUCUCACCUUCUUCUCUCCUCUUCUCCCAAGUCUGAAAGCAUUUACUAUUUUGAAACUGUCUUUUGCCAAUUCUGGAUCCCAAAAGUCCAAAAAUUCCUGCGUGAGAAAUUCAGCUAGAUUGUCCUUUUCCACCUCAGGUACCGAUCUGACCCGUAAGUUCACUUGCUUUUCCUUCAAAUCUAUCAUAGACAGGGUCAAUUUAUGGUCUUCCAGUUGUUUGUGCAGUGUUGGUAAUUCCUCUUGAACCUCUUUAACCUCUGUAGCAGAAGUUGUAGCAAUUUCUUUAGCCUCCUCAGCAAUCUGGCGUAUUGAGGCCGAUUCCUCUAAUAAUUUCUGAAUAGUCUCUGUGUUAGUAUUUACUUUCUGGCCCAAAUUAUUUAUACUUGCAGUAUUCUGAUUAGUACUUGUUGUAUUUUGAUUGAUACUUAUUGUAUUUUGAUCAAUCUUGUCACAUGCCUCUGCUACUUGUUGGCUUAUUCUGUUUAAAGAUUCAUUGACCUUGGCCAAAACUUGAGCAAAGACAUCAUCACUUGUCGUACCUUUUACUUUUGGUUGUGCCGAUGAGGCUGUUGUUGAGGUUCCAGAAGGGCCUGAGGCCGAAUAUCUCCUUUGUAAUCCUUUUUCUGUGCGAAUAGUCCUUCCCGACCUUGUAGUCGAUGCAUCCGCUUUCUCUUUACCAUCUGCCAUUCCUUUAGAUAAUACUCAAGGUCAGUCACGUAGUUAAAAUCAAACAGUGGAAAUUUCCAACAAAUCAGUGUGGGAAUUCCUCAAGCCAGCUACAGUUUCAGUUAUAACAGGUUGUAACAAUUCCAAAUUCCACUAGGGGGACACUGUAACAGUCAUAAAAGUUCUUGGAUACUUUAGUUUCUUUUUUAAGCCCCUCCAGUUUAUUCAGGAAGAAAACAGUCUAUACAAAAUAUUAACUUAGGACCAGGAGAUAUAUAUUCACAUAAUAUGUCCAGACUUUUGUUUCCUGUGCAGGACUAGCUGUCAAAACAUAUUGCAAGACAGUACCUCUCUUACUUUCCUAAGUUACCUCUGGAGAUCCUUUCCCAGGGAUUUGAGUGAUGGUUUAAUCCCUUCUAUUCCACUUCUUUAUGAAGAAAUCACAUCCACAAUUCUCCCCCCUUUUCCCUCAGUUUAAGGAGGGAAAAGUCCAGGUUAGAUGGUUGGAUUCAAGUCCACUAUGCGUACUUUUCCAAUGCUUCCGCUUUCAAGUUCAAUGCUUUAUUUUAUCUACAAGGAAAGAGGCAGACUUCCUUUUAUACCUCUUUCCGUUUUCGGCCAAAUUCCAAUUUGUACAGUUCCAAUUAAAUUAUAUCCUACUCACGGAUCGUUGAUUUUCAAGUCCGAAUUUCAAGGAAAAAAGGCAGCGCUCUCCGGUCAACAGCUUGCGGCUUCACACCACGAACGAGCAGACAGCCCACAGCACAGCGCUCUCCCCCGCUCCGAUUCCGAGCCCAUUGCCGGGCUUUUACCGGGUUGGGGGGGGCGCCAAAUGUGCCCGCUGGGUCCCAGGCUCACAGGCUUCCCCCGCCUGUGAUUUUUGAGGGUCCCCCGCUGCGCCGAAGCGGGAUUUGACCCUUUGUUUCGUGGCGAGAUUUCCUCCGAUCGAGGAAAUCCGCCAUUAACCGCUGGCGCCGCCUCCGGAAGUCCAACAGUGCACAUAGUUAGACAUAGGAUAUCACGUAAAAUUAAUAUUUUGUUGCUCAGUUACUUGUGAUAUUCUAGCACCUUGGAAUAAAUAUUUUCUCAAUAGUGGUCUAUGCUUUACAUUUAGCAGGAAGGUCCACUAAUGACUGAAAAAUGCAGUUUGUUUUGUCCCCCGCCAUUUUUGUGUUCUCAGGUGUCAAGGUAGCUCUUCUGUGGUCUCACAUCGGCAUGGUGUCACAGUAGUGGCAAUCCCUGGUGAAUCCACUUAGGGCUUUCAUAUUAACCAUGUUGCCUGGCACUCACCACAGCUGGCACAGGUUUUGGACACGUCAUGAGAGAAAUGUCUUUGCCUUGGCCAUUCUAUGGGAUUUUAUUAUUAUAGGCUCUGGUCUUGCAGUCAUGGGAAGUUGCUCACUUGCACUUUAAGGACCAAAAAGCUAAUUGCAGGCUGGAUACACUUGCCCAAUUCAAACUGAGUCCAGUUUGAAUUUAUAUGCCCAUGGUUCUCAACUUUUCAAACCAAUCUGUUAAAAGAAAACCAUUCUUAAAAGGGCACUUGUCCAAAUAAGUCAAUUUAACUCUAUAAGGGAUCAUUCCUGCUAAACCAAAGCAUUUGCACCUUCAUGUAUCUUAUCAGCUUCUCUUUGGUAAAGUGAGUUUUAGCACAUUUAAAAUGGGUAGGGAAGUUGGCAGAGUGCCAGGUGAAACAACGAAAUGUGGUUAUAAAUUUAUCUAAUUCUAAACAUUUGACUACACAAUAGCCUGACCUAUUAGAACGCAUAAAAUGUAUGAGAAUCCUCCACUGGGGUGUAAGGAAUAAGACAUUAAACAUAAAAACAAUUACACACAAAAUAGCCCCCGAUUUGUGGAAAUUGUUGGUUUCUGCUUUCCUUCACUGUGCAGCUCUGCUUGUCACGAGACAGGUGUUUACAUUCCACAGUCUGUACUGUUGGAGUUUCUCACGGGAAAGGGAGACUGGAUGUGACGUACACUGGUUUCCUGUUUUUCACUGUGUGAUUCUCUCCGAGCUGCUGAGGAGAGAGGAUGCAUUUUCUCUGCUCAGGCAGAGGCAAGAUGUCUUUCUGUAAUAUACCAGCUUUGAACUGUAAAUAAAGCAAUAUAGAGUAUAUAGCACGUAUUGCUCAUCCUUCCGCUGGGCACGACAGACUCUGCUUUAAAUCAACACGUGGUUAUGGGCCCAGAGGUCGAAUCGGAGUGCCGGCAAAGGAUCGGAAUGCAGAGGGACAGAUCGGAAAGGAAUCUGCUCUGCGCGUAGAAGUGAUUGAUGAGGUAUGUGCUACUGCUCCGGGCAGCCUGCCAGCUUCAAGUUAAUGGCUUUAUGGCUGGACUUUGAACUUUUAAAGCCGGUUUUGCCGGGAAUAGGCAAAAGGCUCCCAGGCACAAGUCACUAUGCUGGGGAAAUCGAAGUAACUUUUAAGUGCGCUUUGUAAUAAAGCAGCUGCAGCAGUGACGCAGCAAGAUUUAAAGCAGCAUAUGACGCUGAAGGCUAAUGCCAGAGUCAUGAUGGCCCUUCAGGAUGCUUGUGGGAUUCCUAAGCUCAACAAGAAAAAUUACAGCGACUGGGUUCAGUAUGCAGAGGCAAUUCUGCGGAAAGAGGGUUUGUUUGAGGUGAUUACAGAAACCCCCCCAGUUCCAGUUACAGAUGCAUGGGAAGCUAAGGAUUCCAAAGCAAGGGGAACUCUUACAUUGAUAGUAUCCCCAGAAGAGCUCUGUCUAUUGCGUGAUAAGACCUCAGCCAGAGAAAUUUGGGACGCUCUGAGAGAGGCUCACUUAAGGACAGAAGCUGGAUCCACUAUGUAUUACUUUAACAAGCUGCAUAAUAUGGCUCUUGCUGAAGGUGGAGAUGUGCGUUUACAUCUAAUGGAGAUGCAAAAUCUGAGACAUGAGCUGCAACAGAGAGGACUCAACUUUCCAGAGGCUGUGUAUUCUUUCAUGAUACUACAAUCUUUGGGUUCAGGUUGGGAGUCUGUUGCAACCCAGAUUGCUGUGCAACCAACUGCUCAGCUGACAGUGGACUUUGUUACUGCCGUGAUUUUAAAUGAAGCAGAUCGCCGGGGUGCUAGCUGCAUGGGCAAGGGGGGAGUCUUCACAGACGUCAUCCCAUAGUGCAGUGGAACCACCAGAUGGCGCCAAAGCUUUGAAGGCAGUGAAAUGCUACUCGUGUGGACGUCUAGGCCAUAUGAAGAGGGAAUGCAGACAUCCCAGGGCCAAGACAGAGCAGCGCAGCGAAAGCUCAUCGCGCGGAAAAGGCCGAGGCAAAGGCAAAGGUCCGGUGUCUAGGACAACGCAGCACAAGGCUAUGGUUUCACGCUUCACUCCAAAGGUUGCAGAGGUCCAGAAGACGUCUAGAUCUUUCUUCGUUGUUGAUUCAGCGGCCACCCACCACAUGUGCAACGAUAAGAGACUGUUUGUGUCUUUUACACCGCAGGAAGGUGCGAUUCACCAGGCGGAUGACCACACUAUUCCCAGUAAAGGCUACGGAACUGUUGUUCUUCACAGUUUGGACUUAUCGAUACAGAAUGUGCUUUACGUGCCAGACGCCAAACAUAAUCUGCUCAGCGUUGGACAGCUGAAUGAGCGGAACAUUGACGUUUCCUUCAAAAACAAGAAGUGCAUCAUCACAAAGAAAAAUGAUUAUGUAUUGCAUGCAGAAUAUGUUGAUCAUUUGUUUGUUUUGUAUUAUGAUGAUGUGGUGCAGGAUGACACUUGUUGCAUUGCAGGUUCUAACAAAAGUUUGCAUGCAGAAUGUAUUCACGAUUUUCAUCGAAAAUUUGGUCAUUUGCAUUUUGAGGCAGUAUCUAAAAUGCCUGCCUUGGUUGAAGGUAUGACUAUUAAACCCUGCAGGUACCACAUGAAGUGCAAAGCAUGCGCAGCAAACAAGGUGAAAAUGGCUGCGAAAGGUAAGGUGUCUAGUAGGAAAGCUACAGAACCAUACCAGGUUGUUCAUGCUGAUUUGGUUGGACCACUAGCGCCCUCUUUGGGUGGAAAUAGAUACUUCAUGGUUCUCAUUGAUGCAUUUUCUAGAUAUAUUUUUGUGUACAAUCUCAAGCAGAAAUCGGAGGCUUUUCCUAGGUUCAAGGAAUUCUGUGCUUGGUUGGAAAAUGUGCAUGGUAAGAAGAUAAAGACUCUUUUCAGUGAUCGCGGGGGGGAAUUCACUUCUCAGCAGUUUGAAGCUUUUCUGACUGAGAAAGGAAUUCAACACGAUUUGUCUAGUCCUCGCUCGCCAUGGCAGAAUGGACUUGCGGAACGGGCAAAUCAGACACUGCUUCAAGGCUUAAAAACCUUGCUGCAUGAUGCCAAUCUUCCAGAGAGUUAUUGGGCCGAAUCUCUCUCGUGUUUUGUUUACAGUUACAAUCGCAGGCUAUCUUCAGCGAUUGGUUGUACCCCCUAUGAGAAGAUGUUUGGCAAGAAGCCAUACAUCAAACACAUGAAGAUUUUUGGUUCUGACAUGUGGGUUCGCUCACCACAAAACUCCAAGUUAGACAAGCGUGGAUUGCAUGGUAUCUUUCUAGGUUAUCAGAAAGGGUCUUACAGAAUAAUGAUGACUGACUCUAAGACAAUUAAGCUCACGAGAAGUGUUGAGUACAAUGCAAAGUGGGUGGAGAAUGUGGGAAUUUUCCAAUGUUAUCCUGAUGACGGUGAUGAGACUGAGGAUAGUCAAAAGCAACCACAACAACCCACACCCACUGAUGAAAGUUCUGAGUCUGAAUCUGAAACUGAAUCGGGUGAUUCAGAGGAUUUCAAGAGUGCGAAAGCCUCUAUGCGACCCUCUGAAAGCUCUGAUCAAGAAUUGGAGGAACCAUUGUUCACAAUAGGUCGUUUUUCUCCUAAGAAGGAAGAGGAGAGUGUUGAAGACUUAAGGCUAAUUCGUAGGUCACAGAGAGCCACAAAGGCAAACCUCCAAAGAGAUUUGCUGAUGAGUUUGCUACGAUAGCAGUAACAGCUGUUAAAAGCUCCAAGAAGGUAUUUGAACCUUCAAGUUUCCAAGAAAUCCAGGGUUUGGAUUCAAAGGAAGCUGAGCCAUGGUUAAAUGCCAUGAAGGCUGAGCUUGAUUCCUUAGAAAGGAACAAAACAUGGGAGCUAGUUCCAGUAGUUCCAGGAAUGAAACUGCUUGGAAGCAAAUGGGUCUUCAAAGCGAAGACAGAUCAAAAUGGCAAGAUAGUCAGACACAAAGCCAGAUUGGUAGCCAGAGGUUUUGCACAGGUACCAGGUCAAGACUAUCACGAGACCUAUUCACCCACAGUGAGAUAUGAAAGCAUUAGGCUUAUGCUCAAGCUAGCUGCAGAGGAAAAUCUACACAUUAGUCACCAUGAUAUUAAUACAGCUUUUCUGUACGGAUCUCUAGAUGAAUCACUUUAUAUGCUUCCACCUGAUGGCGUACAGGUAAAACAGGGAUUUGUUUGUGCUCUGAAGAAAUCCCUUUAUGGUCUCAAACAAAGUGCACGGUGUUGGCACACAAAACUCACUGAAGUAUUGUUUUCUCUAGGUUUUCAGCAAGGGAAAGCUGAUCCAUGUGUAUUUGUCAAAGAGGAGGGGCAAAAGAAACUGUACUGUUUGUUUUAUGUUGAUGAUUUAUUAUUCUUUUGGAAAGAUGUCGCAAUGUACAAUAGCGCCCUAGCUCAACUGAAAGAGCACUUUGACAUGAAAGAUCUUGGUGAGGUAAACAACUACCUAUCUCUGGAAAUAGAGAGAGAUCAAGAUGGUAACAUUCUAGUACACCAGUCACGGAAAAUUGCUGAUGUGUUAAGCAAACUAAAUCUGAUGGAUGCUAACCCUGUAGACACACCGAUGACAACAGGUUAUCAGGUAGAUGACACUGAAGAAGCAUUUUCUGACACUACACUGUACAGGAGUGUGCUAGGCAAGCUAAACUUCAUUGCCAGAUGUUCAAGACCAGACAUUGCUGUUAGCUGUAAUUUGCUAAGCAGACAAGUCAACAAUCCUAGUGUCAAGGAUUGGAAAGCUCUGAAACGCAUAGCGCGGUAUUUGAAAGGCACUAUGCAUUACAGACUGAGAUUUAACAAUCAGAAGUCUGGUGGUCUUGAGAUAUUUGCAGAUGCAAGUUUUGGAAGUGACACUACAGACAGGAAAAGUACGUCUGGAGUUUGCUACAUGUACAAUCAGAGUCUGUUUGAUUGGUCAUGCAAGAAGCAAACAACAGUUAGCUUAAGUACUUGUGAAGCCGAACUGAAUGCACUGUCUUAUUCACUUAAGGAUUGUGAAUGGCUAGUACAAUUGUGCAAAGAUAUGAAAAUUCCUGUCAAAUGUCCAAUCCAGGUUUACCAGGACAACAAAGCAUGUUUGGCUUUGCUGAAGUCUGAAGGUUGUAAGCAAAGCACAAAGCACUUGCAAUUAAAGUUGCAGCAUGCUAGGGAAUGUAUUCAGAAGGGACUCGUAACGGUGUCCUAUAUGCCAGGUAAUGAAAUUCCUGCUGAUGUAUUGUCCAAGAUUGUAUCAAGGGAUCAACACUGUACCUAUGUGCAGAAGUUGGGUUUGUACUGAUAUUGUGCAAACACGCUGCCCAGUGAUGUUCACAGAAAGGGGAGGAUGUUGGUUUCUGCUUUCCUUCACUGUGCAGCUCUGCUUGUCACGAGACAGGUGUUUACAUUCCACAGUCUGUACUGUUGGAGUUUCUCACGGGAAAGGGAGACUGGAUGUGACGUACACUGGUUUCCUGUUUUUCACUGUGUGAUUCUCUCCGAGCUGCUGAGGAGAGAGGAUGCAUUUUCUCUGCUCAGGCAGAGGCAAGAUGUCUUUCUGUAAUAUACCAGCUUUGAACUGUAAAUAAAGCAAUAUAGAGUAUAUAGCACGUAUUGCUCAUCCUUCCGCUGGGCACGACAGACUCUGCUUUAAAUCAACAGAAAUAACACACUGUCAUACACAUUUCAACAUUCCUACGUAAUAACACAUAAUACAAAACAAACUAAUUAAAUAUCAGUUGCAUAUCUUGAGACAAUUGGGAUAUUUUAUGUAUGUAUCUUUUGAAUCCUGGAGCACAGUCUUGAGGUUCAAAAGUGAGAAGAUGUCCUUGCAAUUCAACUCCACCCCCCUUUGUCAGGCCCACUCCCCCGGCAGUCUAUAUCCUUUGAAAGAGAUAGCUGUGGCCACUUUGAAACUUUGGUGUCUGUUGUUGUUGCAGGUCUUGUGGUGGCGAAGCUUUUCAUUGGAUCUGUAGUAACACAUUUGUAGAAGUGAUAUCCUGUAAGGGGCAGGGUUUUGAGGACUUAAAAGACAGAGUUAGAAAAGGGAAGGGGCAAAAGGCAAAAAGGAUGUCCUUCGGUUUCCGUUGGAAGCUGCAAAUAAUAAAAAUCUUAGCGGAUUAAGCAUUUCAUUCAUUCCAAUAUUAUUAUCACAUUUCCAUAUAAUUACUGUUAUUAUCUGCCAAGUUUGUUUGCUUUCCUUCACUUAGUUUGGCUGUGGAAGAAACAGAGGGACAAAACCUUUGUUAAUUUGAACACAGUUGGCAAGUUAUUAAACAUUUUGCUUAUGUGGGUCCGAGUUCACGUAUCCUGUUUUAAAGGGAAAUUUUUAUUUCCUUUGAAAAUCUCUGUCAGGAAUGCUGUUCCUAUAAUGCACACAAAGCCUGUUAUAAAAGUUAAAUCCCAUUGGGGGUGGGAGAACUAGUCAAGAGUGGAACUCACAGUGGGAGCGCUUUGAUAUUUACCUGUGAAAAGAAUUUGGCAUGUUAAGAUUUGAAACCUGGAAACCUCUUGACUUUUGAUGGGCUAGUACUUAACCCUUUUGUCUUACGUAGCCCCUGGAGCAAAGGACACAUUAAGGGUGAUUUCCCUCAAUGGUUCCAAGUUUUACAUAAGGAAAUUUGGAUAAGUUUCUCCCUGCAGCCCAAGCUCUCGAAACCUCCUCUCCCCCCUUACAGUUCCCCCCUUCCUCUCUCUCUCUCUCUCUCCUCCUCCUUUUUUUGUUUAGCUGAUCUAGCCUCUGUGCAUGUGCAGAGUUCAUGUCUCAGCAAACCUUUUAUACUAUUGAAAAUGUUGAAUCUUUGGGCUAAAUUACCAUUUGAAUAAGGGAAGGGAAGGGUAAGGAGUAGAUUUUAAAAAUAGGGUUAGAUUUUAAAACAAAAAAGAGAAACUCAGCGAUUCAAGUAUUCACCAAAGCUAGCAAUUGCAGCCCAAGCAAAGGGACUGCUUCCUUUAUGUACAGGAAAGGGCUAAUAUCCCUCUGGCCAUUCGCGGAACAAUGCCACGCCCUUAUAUAUGGGGAAAAUGGCCAGAGAGUCAGAAUUCAUAGGAUUUUUUAACAUUCUCAGUCAUUUCAACAUUACCAUUUGCAGACAAAAAAUUUUUCCCCUGCCCUUUAUUUACAGGAUUGGUCAAGGCGCAUAUGUAUUUGUAUGUGCUGAAACUUUGAAUUGACUUUGAAGUCUGAUUUUUAAAUAGUAGACAAAAUGAUAAACACUGUAAUCACUCAAAUGCUUGAUAUUACCAGUUGUGCUUCAAAAACAUCACGGCUUCACCUCACACCUUUUAAAACUAAAGAGCAAAGCUAGGCUGAAUUUCAACUCCAUCACCACACCAGAAUUUAAGAAUUACCCUCCAAUGCUUGCAGACACAUGUCCUUCCACACAGCCACAAAUUGGGAGAGUUGAAAGGGACCCUGGGGUCAUCUAGUCCAACCCUCCAAAAUAUAGGGUUCACAGCAAGAUUUCACAGCAAGAUUUGUACUACCAAAGAGACAUACACAUUUAAGUACAGAUUUACAACUGGGAAAGGAAACAUCUAUGCUCCUAUCAUGUACUAAGGAAGAGGAAAAUAAAAGUACCCAACUUUACACAGAACCCUUUUAGCAGAUCUUGAGAUAGUUUGAGUGAGUUUGCUUCCUUAGACUAAAGAAUGCAAGUUCCUAUAGAAAUGAUAUUUAAAGGAAGAUUGAAGUGAACAGUUUUUUUUUUCUAAGAUAGGGAGAGGAUCUUUUAUUAAGCAUAGUUAAAACAGCCAUAGAUUUGAUUUAAAGGGAAUACAAAAGUGAACAAUUUUUUUCCUGAACUUGCAGAGGAAUAGUAAGCCUAAUUUAGAUUAUUAUUUUUUUAAUAACUACACAUAGGAAAGUGAGAUGCAGGGUACCUUAGGAAAGAUUGCUCCCCCCUCUUUGCAGUUUCCUUUAAAGGAAGCUUACUCGGGAGUAAAUUUACCUGGCACAGAAGUAAGAAGGGGGAAAAACCUGAAAGAUACAGAAUGAAACAAGGGGGGGCAUUUUCUAAGAAAAGAGGCCAGGAAGUCUUAUAGAGACUGAUAUCAGGACUGGACUCAGAUAGACAAUUUUUGCUGGCCAUGGAAGCCUCUACAUUUGGUAACAAUUUUUCUUAGAAAGAACACCAUACUUUCAUAGGCAUAGGCUUAAUGAAAUACAUACACUGCAUUUUAGCUUGAGAGAGCAGUUGGCUCAACUAGGCUUUUGCAGCAGAAACAUUAGUUUCUUCACAGCACAUUUCAAAAUACUGGAACAAAAAGACUGGAACACGGAUGUAGACUCACAAACUCAAAAGUUGCAGCAAAACAUCAUCUACCAUCAACUUAAAAUCAUACUCCUCACUUAAGCUACUCGGAGGAAGACUCUUUGGAGCCUCUCUCAAAUAACAAACAUUUGCACACUUCAUUCUUUUUCUUUUUUCUUUUUUUUUGUCCUGUUUAAGAUUGAUAAGGCCCAACAUGGCUUUCUUAGAUUUAAAAUUUUUGAAGCAAGCUUGCAAUUUAAAAACUAUGUGCAUUUAAGAACAGUCUGUGGAUGCCGAGGCCAAUGUAAAUACAAACCCUUGAAAUAUUUCUAAAUCUUUGAGUACAUCUCUUAUUCAUUAUUUUUUAUUAUUUUUAUUUUUAGAGAAACUAAGAUCUCUAAUGCGUGGGCUCUCAGGCUGGGCUGUUAUUAUAUCUACUACCUUCUGAGCACCAUUAAGUUUACGGUUUCAUGUUCUAGCUUUAGGUUAUAGUUUAACAACACAAAUUUGAUGUGUUCAGCUCUCCCUAAGGGUUCACACCCUGAUUUUGUUGAAGGAUCCCUGAGGUGGCCGCUGUGCCCUGGGUUCCAGGUGGUGGGCCUAAGCCACCCACUAAAAGUUACAACGGUCUCGUACUUUGUACUUGGAAAGACCAUUUUGCCCCUUUAUUUAUUUAUUUUUUUUUCCAAUUGGAGAUGACAAGCUGGAGGGGCAUAUUAGAAUCCUCUCUGGGGCAAAAAGGCUUCAUGGAAGCUUUGUUGCCAGGAGUCCAGCUAGGGUGUUUAGUGAGCUCCCAUUUCCCUUUAAGGGGGGGUUGCUCAGUAGAUUACACUAGGAGAUAGAAGAACGGGUACAAGAAAGGGACAAAGAAGGGGGGUAGAAAAGAAUAUUCUAUCAGUAUUCAAGUUAUCUUUCAGCUAAAGCAAUCUCUGCCUACCAGUAAACUACAAGCAAUUUGUCUAGAAACCACAGGCCCUAGCCUGGAAAACCACAGGUCCCUCUAACCCGGAAAACCACAGGCCCUAGCCUGGAAAACCACGGGUCUAACCACCCAGAAAACCACAGGCCCAAGCCUGGAAAACCACAGGUCUAUCCACCCGGACAAUAACCACGGAUCCGGAAUUCUACCUUAGCGCUGCUUACAAAGUACCGCGCUUUCCCCGGCCACACUCCGAAAGGGAAAACGGGGGAGAAAAGGAGAGAGGGAGAUUUGUAGGGACGCCUCCGGACGACUCCGAGGGAAGACGUCAGAGAAAUAACAAAGUACCGCGCUUUCCCCGGCCACACUCCGAGAGGGAAAACGGGGGAGAAAAGGAGAGAUUUUAGGACGUUCUUGGACGACUCCGAGAGGUAACGUCGGAAAGCAGCAAAGGUUCCAUAAUUUCCCCGGUCCAACUCCGAAAGGGAAAUAGGGGGAGAGAAAGAGAAAGUUUAGGACGUUCCUGGACGACUCCGAGAGGUAACGUCGGAAAACAACAAAAGUUCCACAAACCUCCUUGGCAGGUUUUGAAUAAGCAUCCAAAUAUUUAUUAGUUGAACACACAAUAGAUAAGGCAAGGAUAUGUACAAUUUUAUAAUAUGCAGAGAACAAUAUGUGUAAAGAAAUCAGAGAGGGGAGCUGAGGGAAGUCCCUGGUGGGGGGGGAGAGGGAGGGGGGAGGGGGGAAUAAUAUAAUUGAUUAUGUGGAUUAAUGAUUUGUUAUGUUGAAAUUCUUUAAUAAAAAUACUGUUUAAAAAAAAUAAAGUAAACCUUCCCACAAAAUCAACCCCCACAGUGUUCAGCUUACGUUUAAGCCAACAGCCUAUGGAAAGGCUAUCAGAUGGAAUACAGAAUAGCAGGAAAAGUGAAUUGGGUGACAGUGAGAACGGAAGGAAACCAGGAGAAAUAUACCAUAGCAGGGCUUUGCCACAACACUCAAUACACCUUUUGAUAAGCUGCCAUGACGAAACCGGGACUCAGUCAGAGGAGUGAGGAGAUCAGUGUAAACACACUCCCCCCCCCCCCAGUUCUUCCGGGGUCCUUGAAAAGGUAACAAAGGAGCAUUUGUCAAUCUGUGUUACCAAUGGGGGGAAGCAGGAGAAAGUAGGAGUCAAGUCAACUUAUUGAGAGGGGAGGGGAAAGGAAAUGAGAAGCAUCAGGUGCGCAACGGAUACCAGGUGUCCGCUGCUGAGGCAGAAAGAGCUAAGUGAUCUCAGAAAGGGAAGAAAAGGAUGUUCCAGCUGCCUUGGAGCCUGGCCUCAUAGACCAGCAGCUGCCAGUAUGUUUUCCAGGGGCACAAUUGUGCCCUCGACACCUUCCCCUGGUGCACACACAGCGCCACUGAACUCCCCAUGCCCACUGCCAGGGCCUGAGAGGGUUUUAAAGGCUCCAAGCAUUUAAAAGAUGUUGGUGCCCCCAUAUAUAUCUGAUUCAACAUAUGAAGAAUAAGCUCAUAUUGAUGGCCACCAACAUGGAUGACUUUAAAACAGGAUUCUUGAUUUAUUUACCACACACUGGGCUUGUCCACUCUUCCUCAAUCCCGUCCCUAGAAAGCACCGGUCUGAGCAGUUUCCCGCUUUUCACACUCCUCUCCCAUGGAACACCCCCUCUUCUGCUCCAAAUCAGAGCAAACAUCAAUUCCUGGGAAAGACGAUUGACAUUUGCUCCAACUGAGUGCCAAGGAGAGGGUUUCCUGUGGAGAGGCAGAAAAACAAGGGGAAGUGUGGAUAAGCCACAGAAUUCCCUGGAUCCAAAAUGUUAAACCCGGCUUAGGCUUAAGGAGGUUGAGAAGGCAAGGGGGAUGAAGGCUGUGAAAUAGUGCCACACGGAGGACGUGCAAUAAUGAUGGGAGAACACAAAUUAUCCUGCUGAGUUUAUUGAUGACACUGCUUCCGUUUACAUUGGAGGAUGAGAUCUUCCUGCUCCUCCUCUGCCUUCUUUGGAAGCUGCUCUGUUUUUUGGGACAAAGCACGAACGAAGGGAGCCCACGGCAGAAGUCGAUGCCUGUUGGAAACAAACCCGGGGUAAGUGAUUGGUGUGGAGUCAAGAGAAAGGGAGAAAGAUGUCAAGGAGGAGAUGGGUGUGGAGUUCUCAAAUAAGCAAAACUUUACCCCCCUCCCUUAAGCCCAUGGAAGGAACCUCAAAUGUCAUCUAGCCCAAUCCUUCUGCAGCCUCUCAAUAGGGAGCCCCCCCCCAAGACUCUGCUUAAAAACCUCUAAUAGAAAUAGAAAUAGCAUUUUUGUUGAGAUUAAAUAAAGGGGGGGAGAACCACUUGUGCCACCUUGAGUCCCACGGAUAUAAAGGUGGGAUAUAAAUGCAUUAAAUUAAUAAAUUCUUGCCCAGGACUAUAAAUUUCUUCCUAAUGUUUAGUCUAAAUCAUUUUUCGUUUUACUUUGGAGCUGCUUGUUCAGCUCUUACCCUCUGGAGCAACUGAAAACAACCAUGUUCCAUCCUCCUUUUCCAAGCUGGAAUUUGUCUACCAUGUAAGUCAUCAGCAAUUGGAAAAGACAGGGGCCCCAUUCUCAUUCUUUGUACCCUACCUUCUUUGAUUUCUUCUUCUGCUGCCCUUCAGGGAUUUCUCCAGCAUUCAUUUCAUCCUUCACUGGUUCCCCUGCUGCUGUCUGCUUUGAAGUCUCCCCAGGAUUCCUUCCAUCUGACCUCAGUGACAUCUCCAUCAGACGCGGCUUGAGAUACGGCUGGUCCCCGUUCUCCUGAACCACCUUCUCAAUCAGAGACAGCAGCUCUUCCGCCCGGCUGGCCCUUUCCUCUCCUGUCCCUCUGUUGUUGAAAGCACAGCAACGGUCCUGGCAUUUCCUCACCAAAUCCUGCAGGACUCUGUUUCCAGACAGCCCUAUGUACUCCUCUAGGCUUUCUGUCUCUAGGUCUUCUUUGCGGGUGAACAAGACGAUCAUGUACUUUGUGACCUCUGGGCCAAAGACCUCCUCCACCCUCUUCACGGCCACAGCGUCUUCCUCGGUGAAACGACCGGCCUGUGUCACAAACACCAGGGCGUGGGGACCUGGCUCACAGAGAGAGAGGCACCUCUGGACUUCCAGAAUAUCAUGAUGUGUUUGAAGACGAGCAUCAAAAAUGUCUGGAGUGUCAAUGACGACCACUUGUUUCCCCUUCCACUUCUCUGCUCGGACCUCUCUGCUGCAUGUCUGGGUCACUGGCUUCGGGGAGAGUUUGGACUCAAAGGUCUUCUUCCCCAGAAGGGUGUUUCCUGUGGCACUUCUCCCUCCUCCCGUCUUCCCGACAAGAACGACCCGCAGUUCGGAAUGCUUCUGGGAGAGACUCAGGUUCCCAGGCUCUGUUGGGAAGGAAUAAGGGAUGUUCAUAUAACUCACACUUCCCUUUCCUCCAUGCUUCCCAGGCACAGUCCUCAGGUUAUAGCUCUGUGUCCAAUGACCUGGUCUUGGUUUCCGCAAGAAAACCUGCUCUUUAAAGCUGAAUCAGAGCAAAUGUCAAUCCUUGGGAAACCAAGUUACAAGUUACAAGGAGUUACAAGUUACAAGUUACAAGGAGGAAAUUCCAACUAAACAGCAGGAAGAACUUUCUGAGGGCAAGAGCUGCUUGACAGUGGAACCGUCUCCCUUGGGGGGUGAGGGGCUCUCCAUCCUUGGAGGUUUUUAAGCAGAGGUUGGAUGGCCGUCUGUCAUGGAUGCUUGAGCUGAGAUUCCUGCAUUGCCGGGGUUGGGACUAGAUGGUGAUGGGGCUCCCUUCCAAUUCUAUGAUUUUAUGACAUUUGCUUUGAUUCAGCUUUAGACAGUCGGUUGUUGUGGGGAAACCUCACAGCAAAAACCAAACAAACAAACAAACAAAUGAACAUUCUCGAACACAGAGUUUCAAAUCAUGGAUGUGUGCCUGGAAUGUGGUGGGUAAAAUGUAAGUGUGGGUAAUCCCUCAGUGUCAACUGAAACAACAUUCAGGGCUGUCUGAAUCUUUCUGGUCCCCAUUUAAGGUGUUAUCGAUGGCUCUCAAGGCUAAACUGACCUGGGACCAAAGGGUUCCUUGGAGCACUUCUCCCUCCAUCGGCCAUCCCAGAGCCUCCUGGGAUCAGCAGGGGGUUCCUUUCAUCCUGUCCUAUUGGUUGGGGAGGCUCACGGUGCCGCAGUGACGUGGUGUGGCCAGGCCUUCCCAGUGGUGAGGAUGCAAUUGUGGAGUCUCUUCCCCUGGUGGCAUCAGAAGCUAUCCAAUACGGACUUUCUGAAACAAUAUUCAAAGCAAAACAACCAUCCAUUGAAAUCCACAUUUCUCUGAAUUUAUUAGUGCAGUUUUCCAGCCAAGUAAGGUGUACAAAAAUGCAUAUACUAGAGUAUAUGUUGAAAUGUGGAGAGCUGUGCUUAAUUUGGGGGGAAAGUGAGAAGGAGAGAGAAGUCAAAACUUAAGAGAUUCUCCCAUAUGUAGCCAGGAGGAAGAACACAGAUGUCCACCUGCCUAUGUCCUGGCUAGCACUGACUCCACUCUGGACAUUAUGAAACAGGGUCUGAAGGGGCUUCUAAGCACAUUCAGCCGAACACAAUUAGAAGCCAUCCCACAACCAGGAGCCCCAAUGACCCGGAAUUUCCCACCAUUGGGAUGCUGGGCACAUGGUAUGCAUGUGUGAAUCAAAUGCCUGCAUAGGUCUCAUGUGCUGAAUUGCAUAAAGCAAGCAAACUCUUGCACCCAUCUCCAUAGUUUGCAAAAUGUUAGCAAGUUACAGAGCCACCCCCUUCUAGGUGCAGAAUUCUGCUCCCCUUUGAGCUCUUACUUGAACAAAGAAGAAACACAGGUAUUUGGUGGGUCUCUUUAAGGAAGGGAAACUCAACUCAGGGAGAUCUAUAACUGCUUCAGAAUCAUAAUUUGAUUCUACCUUCAGGGAAUUCAUUUGGUCCUCCUUUGUCUGUCUCCAUUGCUUCUUCCUCUGGUUUCAUUUCAGCUGCGCUCCUUGUCGAUCCUCUUGGAAACUGCUGAAGGAAAGGCUUGUUCUGGUUGUCUAUCAUCAUCUGCUCGAUUUUCACCAGCAGCUCCUUCACUUGCAGCUCCUGCUCAUCUCUUGUUGCUCUGUUGUUGAAAGCGCAGCAACGGUCCUGGCAUUUCCUCACCAAAUCCUGCAGGGCUCUGUUUCCAGACAGCCCUAUGUACUCCUCUAGGCUUUCUGUCUCUAGGUCUUCUUUGCGGGUGAACAAGACGAUCAUGUACUUUGUGGCCUCUGGGCCAAAGACCUCCUCCACCCUCUUCACGGUCACAGUGUCUUCCUCAGUGAAACGACCGGCCUGUGUCACAAACACAAGGGCGUGGGGACCUGGCUGACAGAGAGAGAGGCACCUCUGGAAUUGCAGAAUAUCAUGAUGUGUUUGAGGACGAGCAUCAAAAAUGUCUGGAGUGUCAAUGACGACCACUUGUUUCCCCUUCCACAUCUCUGCUCGGACCUCUCUGCUGUAAGUCUCGGUCACUGGCUUUGGGGAGAGUUUGGACUCGAACUUCUUUUCGCCCAAAAUGGUGUUUCCUGUGGCACUUCUGCCUCCUCCCGUCUUCCCAACAAGAACAAUCCGUAGAUCUUCAUUGAGAUUUUUGGUUCUGCUCUCCUGUGCCUUAGUAGUCUCUGGAAAGGAAUUAGGAAGAUGUCUGGGCAUCCAGGACCGACCUUGUGGGAUGUAACAUCACAAAGGCAGUCAAAUCAACAUUUCUUGGUUGCCUAGAGUGGACACACAGAGGAUGUUGCUCCAGCCAGGAGGACUACCUGUCACACCUGAUCUGGAGCAUCCUCCCCCUGCAUGUGACCAGGUAGAUGGGCGUGACCCUGGGAGACCCCAUAAAAGGGUUGGUCAUGCAGCCAUCUUCCCUUUUUUCCUUUUGCUUUUUCACCUUGUUCCAUCUUGAUGCCCUUUUGCUGUGUGUAGGCCCUCAGUCAGCAGCACAUGAGCUCAUCCCUCACUAGAGGAUGAACCCUCACCUUUCCCUGCAGCUAAAAGCAAAAGCCUGCCUUCAGGAUCAUACUGUGAACUGAAUGUGAGUAAAUCUUAUCAUUACCUUCUAAAAGAAGACUGUUGUGCCAUUAUUGUUCUUAAGAGGGAACAAAGGGUGUUUACCAGGAACAAUCCAAUCUGGACAAGCCAGACUGGAUUUCAUAACUCAAAUGGUUCUGACGAAUCCAUCAACUCACUUCCUGCAAUGUGCAAGGGAAUGUGCUCUGCUACUAGCUCGCUAGCAUGAGUGAGGAAGGAUAAUAUAUAAUCAUAUAUAUAUAUAAUAUAUACCCUCUCCUGCUAUUCUCAACAUUCCCACAGAAUUGUUGCCUGGAAAUUUGCCCCCUGAAUUGCCACCAUCCAGGGUCCAUACACUGCAACAAUUCCCCUAAGCACCUGGGAUCACCUCACCCUUCCAACUGUGGCCCACAAAUGGUCCAACCUUCCCCAUUCCCAUCACGUGGUUCUUUCAGAGGAGGGUCAGGAGAAGGGAGAGACUUACCUCUAACUUCCGCUCUCCGUUCAUCCAUUGUCCAGGCAGAAUGCUGAGCCGGAAGAGAACCAGAAAAAGAAGUUCAUUAGCUCCUGCAAAACAGUAUGACUAGUACUUUGCCCAAACUCCUCUCCACCACCAGAGGAAGCUUAUGAUGUAAACACAACCCUGAAAGAACCUCAAAGCACCAUAUUCUGCCCCUGCAGAUUUGGGAUUCAAUUACUAGGGAGGCAGCUGAUGACUUUUUUUACAUGCAUUGGUCCUAAAUUAGGUUUGCUAAUUUUUCCUGUUUAUAAUUUCAUUGUUCUGUCUUCUUGGGAACGGCUUUGAAGGCAUGUGGUUUUUAUCACCAACAGGUGUAUAAGCAUUAAUAAAUAAACAUGCCUAACACUUUGUCCUUCACAAUCUCUUGCAGGAAUCUUCCCACCCUCUACAUUUGCAGAUAUACUUGCUUCGCCCUCACCACCCCUCAAACAGUUAAGAAAAGCACCCGGAUAUUCCCUUCCUCCAGCCAGAGCUGCAUCUCCCCCCCCCCUUACCUGCUUCUGCUUCUGCCUUGGGGGUCCCUGGCAGCCUGGCCUGAUAUCCUCCCUUCUGCAGCUCCCAGGCAGGUGGGCUGGUUUGGGGAGGGCCCUGAACAGCUGCAGCCACUCAGGAUGAUGGUCUGUAGGCUCCUUGGGGCCUAGUCUUGAUGAAAAUACCCUCCACAGAUGACCACCUCUUAAAGGCAGCUGUUUUUCAGUGGGGAGGGGGGCUGAUGCCAACCACUUCCAGUGCCUCUCCGCCCCCUUUACCCAGCGGACUCUCUCCCACUUGCUUCCUUCUGCUGCUGCUGCAUGUCGCCAUUCCAGCCCCCUCCGCGGAACCUCCCCACUCAGAAGCCCUGGAGAAGCCACUGACUGCCAGUGUGGACAAUACUAAUCUAAAUGGACCAGUCAGUCUGGUUCAGUACAAAACAGCUUCCUUUUUUCUCCAUGUGGUUUGGGGCAGGGGGCACAGCUCAGCAGCUGAGCAUCUGGUUUGCAUAGAGAUGGUCUCGGGUUCAACCGCUGGCAUCUCCAGGGGGGCAGGUGGCCAUUGCUGAGCCAGAAGGACAAAGGUGACAUCUCCUUGCAAAGGGAGCUUCGGAUGUUCCUAAGACAAGAAAGGAAACGGUACCUUCUUUGUGAUGCCUCUGGAGCUUGAAGAAGACUCUCGUGUUCGAUGGUCCCUCUGCUCUGCAGUUUCUUCUCUCCCUCUCUGUCGAUGGCUGACUCUGUUCUGAGCUGAAUAAAAUGGAGAUGGAAGCAUGAGCUCCACCCCCCCCCCCACACACAAAAGCAUUCAUGGCUAGCAGCCAGAUCAUGUUCUGAGAAACCAAAACAGCUUCCCGGAAUUGCAUAUCUGUUUCUAUUGGUUACAGGAGAGGACAAAACUGCCCUCUGGGUGGAAAAUUUAAGAGGAGCUGCAUUUGGUCUCCUGCAGUUCUGGGAGAAGCACCCAAGAGGAGCAGCAGAAGGAGGAGGAGACCCACACGGAGGGAGACCCACACAGAGAAAGACCCACACGGAGGAAGACCCGCACCUCAGACGGACCACAGGUUGGUAUUUGCGAGAGGGAGCAGCAGCCACAAGGUUUGACUUUAAGUCUUCUGUAUCUCAACCUGCCUCAGAGAUAUUCAAGGUCUGCUUUGUUUGACCUGUUGUUAGAGACUGAGUCAGAGCUCUCAGAAGCAAAACUUUGGCUUGCGUGUAUAAUCAUGAAUCUUUUCCCUUUGAUUAAAUGGGCAGUUAAAGGAGCCUGACAAUCUGCAGGAACAUCCUUCUAGGGGUUUUAAAGUUUAUUUGUAAAAGAACAUGUCCUUUCCCCCUCCCCUCCCCCCCUGCAGAAUUGCCUGAAAUUUGCAGACAUGGAGACUGACAAAUCCCAAAAUUAGAGCUGUAGUGUUUCCUUUGCCAUUUUUUUUGGGGGGGUGGUACAAAAAGAAAAAGAAAAAAAAUCAGUAGGGGGGAGGAAUGGAAAUGACUUCUUCUGCCCCACACCAGGGAUUUUUCGGAACACAGCUUCUCCCUGCAAGAAAUAAAUCUCUCCAUUAAAUAGGCUAGAGAAAGGAGAGGCAGAGGAAAGAGAAAGGGUCCCUCUGAAAAAUCAAUCCUUCGUUGGCAUCUCUUCCCAAAUCACUGGGAAUCGGGAAAGGGCGGGGCUGGGGAAAUAAUUCAGGGAUCAAGACCUCGGCUCGCCGGUCAAAGUGAACUCUCCCCCUUCCCUCCUCUGUUCUCUCCAGCCCAUCCGCACUCGAACUCAGAGCAAGGGAGUCUUUCGCCAGGAGGGAGAAUCAGCUCAGCUGCCCUGCAUGCAGAAGGUCCGAGGUUUGACCCCCGGCCUCUCCAGGUGGGGCUGGGAGAGAGACUUGGGCCUGGGAAGCGCCUGCCAGUCAGUGCAGGCGACAUUGCGCGAGACGGAGCGAGGGCCCCACUCUGCGCAAGGCGACGUCUGGGGUUCCCAAACGCAGAAAGAGAAGCGCACCUUCUUCGCCGCGUUGUCUGCGGUGCUUGGAGAGAGCAGCUGCGCUUGAUGGGCGUUAUUCUCUCUCUCUCUCUCUCUCUCUCUCUCUCUCUCGGACGAGGGACUCGGUUCAGAGAGGAAUAAAACGGAGAGGGGCGAAUCCAGCCCCCCUCUCACCCUGCAGUGCCACCAAAUAUUUCUGGCUAGCAGCCCAGACCCGUUUUGGGGAAGUCAGGGAGGUUUCUCUGACUUGUUUCUCAUUCACCAAAAGAUUUGCCAAGCGGAGACGACUCUGCUCGCCCCAUUGAGUCUUCCGCGGCGCUUGCAGAAGCACCCGAGAGGCAGAGGAACCCCACACUUCCCUCAGACCCACAGCUUGGUGUUGGGGAGGCGCGAGCAGCAGCUGCAAGAGUUGAAGGUCCGAGUCUGCAGGUUUGGGAAGCAGAUCAGUCUGUGUUGGAGAUGCUCCGUGUCUUUCCUGUUCGCCUUUUAAUUUGGGACUCUUGUUAGACAUGUGGAAAACGCAGCUUUGUUUCCGCCCCCCUCCUCCCACCCCCUACAAUUGUGACUCUCGAAAUGGCUGUAACAUUCUUUCCCCCUUCCGUCCUAUGAAACUUUUAGGCGAAGGAGCCUCUCCUCACAUAGUUACGCCUGCCAACCUGCAGGCAGAGCCGGCCAGGCAGUGGCCCCCAAACUGGGAGAUGCCACCCCGUGCUUGGGGGUUGGGGGGCGGUGGGGUUGCCUAAGGGGGCGGCAGGGGGGACGCUGGAGGUCAAAUGGCUUUGAAAAGCUGGUAUCACUGAAUCGAGUUCACCAGCAUGGUUGAGUGAAUUAAACAAAAUAGUUUUGAAUGAUUGUGCAAUUGUUGCUGUCGUGCAAAAUGUUACAAUUGUGUUACUACCUACCUUUUUUACACAGCAGAUUAGGGGGUAAUGGAGAUGAAUUUGUGGGACCAAGAGGGGGUGGCCCAGAAAACUUCGGUUUUCGCACAGGGUACCCUUUAAAGAGCAUUUGUAAAGAACUCUGGGGCGAUUUUCUUUUCUGCCAGAAAUGGCUGCAAUCUGCAGACAUGGCCACCCUUUCUAAAGGGGUGAAGUCUGCCAAUUCUCAUAAUGAAUUUGUUCAGUGGUUGGACUCAAGGGCUUCCGAAGUCUGUUCUCAGGUGCAAAAGUAGCCUUUGUUUCUCCCUGGUCAAAGACCCAGCUUGGCAACGCCCCCCAGGCAUUUGGGUACACAGACACACAGGCUGGGAUUCUCAGUGGCCAGGGUUAACUAACACACACACACACACACACACACACACACACACACACCUGUCUGCUCUAAGCCUAAAAUGCUGUGGUUCUAACUGGAGCAAAAGCCCCAUAUCUUUGAAAUUUAAUAGUACAAUUUAAGGAGGGGGGCAAAGCCCCAUUAAGUUUUCAUGGAGCUUACUCCAUGAAAAUGUGCAUAGGGUUUGUUUGUGGGGGAACAAAAAAUACUUGACACCCCCACCCUACAUACCUAGCCUUCAGUCCUGAAAUAAGUCAAUGGGAUCAAUAAUAACCAAAAUACAAAACUAACCUAAUUGCAGGAUUAGGUUUAGGCAGUCUGAAAGCAGGAGCCCUUAAGCAUCUCUGAGACCCUGAUCCCGGGUGGCGCUGUGGGUUAAACCACAGAGCCUAGGACUUGCCGAUCAGAAGGUCGGCGGUUCGAAUCCUUCGACGGGGUGAGCUCCCGUUGUUCGGUCCCUGCUCCUGCCAACCUAGCAGUUCAAAAGCACAUCAAAGUGCAAGUAGAUAAAUAGGUACCACUCUGACGGGAAGGUAAACGGCGUUUCCGUGCGCUGCUCUUGUUCGCCAGAAGCGGCUUAGUCAUCCUGGCCACAUGACCCAGAAGCUGUAUGCUGGCUCCCUCUGCCAAUAAAGCGAGAUGAGUGCCACAACCCCAGAGUCGGUCACGACUGGACCUAAUGGUCAGGGGUCCCUUUACCUUUUUAAGACCAGUGCAAUAUAAUGAAGCUUACCACUGAGUCUACAAAGACAAGGGAUUGUACUGAACUUUCUAGUGAAAGACUGGCUGGCUUAAUUAUUCCAUUAAAAUCAAUGGGAGGUGAAAUUGUUUAACUGGUAUCGGGGUCAUGAGCAUAGCUAAGGGGGGCAGGGGGCACAGCUCUCCCACCUAGUUCAAGUAAAACAAUAAAAAUACUUAACUGACAAAUCAUGUCAGUUCUGCCCUCCUCCCAACAAAACUCCUGGCUGCCCCGUGAUCAGGGUCUUUUCCUCCCCACUCCCAACCCAGAAAGUUUUACACAGGAGAGAAUGCUGGGAUUGUUCCAAAUGAUCCAUGUGAGCAAAUGCAAUUGCACAGGUGGCCUUUAUUUGGGCUGGAGAUAAGUGCGGUUGCGAAAUAAAGUUUGGAGCUUUUUAAAAAGACUUUCCUCCCCGCCCCUUGAGUUGUCCUAAAAUAAGGUAUUGUGUGGAUUUGGGGUCUUACCAAAAUGGUUCAUUUUUUCUUUUUUCUUUUUUUAUAAAUAUUUAUUAAAGUUUUCACAAUAUUACAUAAUGAAAAAGAAAAAAGAAGAAAAAAUACAAAAUAAAAAACAGUUAAAAACAAUUCCAUCUUUUUGUCACUUAUCUUUCAUUUGCUUGUUUCCCGGACCUCCUCAUACCUCCCUUUUUUGUAUUCCAGUUCAAUUUAUUAGUUCAGCAAUUCCUUUCCCUCCUUAUUUUAUCCUGAUCUUUAAUCUUAAUAUAUUAUAGCAUUAAAUUUUUACCUGUUAAAAAUCCAAUUUUUUCAUAUUCUUUUAUACCAUUACAGCUAGAAACCACUUAACUUCAAUCCAACAUCAUUCUAACAUUCAUUAAUUUUGCAAUAUUUCUGUAAAUAGUCUUUAAAUUUCUUCCAAUCUUCUUCCACCGACUCUUCUCCCUGGUCUUGGAUUCUGCCAGUCAUUUCCGCCAAUUCCAUGUAAUCCAUCAUUUUCAUCUGCCAUUCUUCCAGAGUGGGUAGUUCUUGUGUCUUCCAAUAUUUUGCAAUAAGUAUUCUUGCUGCUGUUGUAGCAUACAUAAAGAAAGUUCUGUCCUUCUUUAACACCGAUUGGCCGACUAUGCCCAGGAGAAAGGCCUCUGGUUUCUUCAAGAAGGUAUAUUUAAAUACCUUUUUUAAUUCAUUAUAAAUCAUCUCCCAGAAAGCCUUAAUCCUUGGGCACGUCCACCAAAGGUGAAAGAAUGUACCUUCAGUUUCUUUACAUUUCCAACAUUUAUUAUCGGGCAAAUGGUAGAUUUUGCAAGCUUGACUGGGGUCAUGUACCACCUGUAUAUCAUUUUCAUAAUAUUCUCUCUUAAGGCAUUGCAUGCCGUAAACUUCAUACCUGUGGUCCAUAACUGUUCCCAGUCAGCCAUCAUUAUGUUAUGAUCCAACAUCUUGUGCCCAUUUAAUCAUAGCAGAUUUCACCGUUUCAUCCUGAGUAUUCCAUUUCAACAGCAAGUUAUACAUCUUUGACAAAAUCUUAGUUUUGGGUUCUAACAAUUCUGUUUCUAAUUUUGAUUUUUCCACCUGGAAGCCGAUUUUCUUAUCCAAAUUGUAUGCCUCCAUUAUCUGAUAAUAAUGAAGCCAGUCUCGCACUUUGUUUUUUAGUUUUUCAAAACUCUGCAAUUUCAGUCUAUCUCCAUCUUGUUCCAAAAUUUCCCAAUAUUUCGGCCAUUUGACCUCCAUAUUGAGCUUUUUCUGAGCUUUCGCUUCCAUCGGUGACAGCCACCUUGGGGUUUUAUUUUCCAAUAAGUCCUUGUAUCUUAUCCAAACAUUAAACAAUGCUUUCCUGACAAUAUGGUUUUUAAAUGCUUUAUGUGCUUUGACCUUAUCAUACCACAAAUAUGCAUGCCAUCCAAAUACAUUGUUAAAACCUUCUAAAUCCAAAAUGUCAGUGUUUUCAAGAAGCAGCCAUUCUUUCAACCAGCAAAAAGCUGCUGAUUCAUAGUAAAGUUUAAAGUCUGGCAGGGCAAAUCCACCUCUUUCCUUUGCAUCUGUUAAUAUUUUAAAUUUUAUUCUAGGCUUCUUGCCCUGCCAGACAAAUCUAGAAAUAUCUCUCUGCCACCUCUUGAAACAGUCCAUUUUGUCCACAAUUUGCAAUGUUUGAAACAAAAACAACAUUCUAGGCAAUACAUUCAUUUUUACCGCAGCAAUACGACCCAGCAGUGAAAGCUUCAAAUUUGACCAAAUUUCUAAAUCUUUUUCACUUCAGCCCAGCAUUUUUCAUAGUUGUCUUUAAAUAAAUUCCCAUUUUUGCUGUCAUGUUAAUCCCCAGGUAUUUAACUUUCUUAACCACUGUUAAACCUGUCUCAUUCUGAAACCUCUCUCUCUCCAUUGGUGUUAAAUUUUCUCUAAAACCUUGGUCUUUAACUUAUUCAAUUUAAAUCCUGCAACUUGACCAAAUUCUUGAAUCAGUUCUAAAACCCUUUUGGUACUAGAUUCUGGCUCCUGUAACGUCAAUACUAAGUCAUCUGCAAAUGCUCUCAAUUUGUACUGUUUGGCUCCGACCUGUAUACCUUUAACCAACUGGUCCCUUCUUAUCAUAUUCAACAGAACCUCCAGGACCGAUAUAAAAAGCAAUGGGGAGAUUGGGCAACCUUGUCGUGUCCCUUUUUCUAUCUUAAAUUCUUCCGUCACCACAUUAUUUACAAUUAAUUUAGCCUUUUGUUCAGAAUAUAUUGCACUUAUACCAUUUUCAAAACCUUGGCCUACCCCCAUACCCUGUAAGUUUUUUUUCAUAAAAGUCCAAGAAAUGUUGUCAAAAGCUUUCUCCGCGUCCACAAAUAUCAAAACUGCUUUGGUAUUUAUGUUCACUUCUAGUUUUUCCAAAAUAUCAAUUAUAUUCCUCAAAUUAUCAGACAAGUGUCUUCCCAGGAGAAAGCCCGCUUGGUCUUUAUGAAUCUCUUCCAUCAACACUUUUUUCAAUCUCUUGGCCAAAAUGUCUGCAAAAAUUUUGUAAUCCACAUUGAGUAAUGAUAUGGGGCGGUAGUUCUUAAGCUGCGUCUUUUCAGUCUCUGUUUUCGGUACAAGUGUGAUAUAUGCUUCUUUCCACGACUCUGGUGCCCUUUUCCCCUCCAUUAUUUCGUUACAGACCUCUUUCAAAGGUUGUACUAGCCAUUCUUUUAAAGAUCUGUAGUAUCUAGAAGUCAGUCCAUCCGGUCCUGGAGAUUUACCCAAUUGCAUAUUCUGAAUGGCACCUUCUAUCUCCUGUUCAGUUAUUUUGUAGUUCAACAUUAAUUUAUUUUCUUGAGAGAUUUUUUGUAAUCCAUUUGUUUUCAAAAAUCGAUCUACGUCAGUUUCUUUCUGUGGCCCUUGUGUAUAUAGUUGUUUAAAGUACCUCUGGAAACAAUUUCUAAUCUCAGCUGGGUUCUGUAUAUUCCUUCCUUCCACUUCUAAAUUUGUAACUGUAUUUAAUUUUUGUCUUUUUUCAUUUGCCAAGCCAACAAUUUCCCACAUUUAUUAGCCGACUCAAAUGUCUUUUGUCUCAUUUGUUUAAUUUUCCAUUCUAUCUCCUGAUUCAUCAUUUUCAUAUAUUGCACUUGAUAUAACUUUAUUUCUCUCAAAAUCUCUUGCGACUUUGGUUUUGCUCUCAAUUUCUUUUCACUUUCCUUUAUUUUCUCCAAAAUUUUAUCCUUCUUCUCAUUUUGGAUUCUCUUCUUUAAUGCAUUCUGUUGUAUCAGGAACCCUCUCAUAACCGCUUUACUUGCGUCCCAGAUUACUCUUUUUUCCACAUUGGUGCUCAUAUUUAUCUCAAAAUAGUCUCUCAAGGUUUUUUGGGCCUUCUUAAGCACUUCUUCAUCUCUGAAUAAGGUGUCAUUCAUCCUCCAUCUAAAGGAGCCAGUUGGUGUUAGUUUCAUUUCCAUCUUAACAGCAUUAUGGUCGGAGCAGGUUUUGGGCAGAUUUCCACUUUUCUUGUCUUUGGUGCCAUUCCUCUAGUUACCCAUAUUUGGUCAAUUCUUGUCCAUGUCAUUUUGGCUUCAGAAAAGAAGGUUCCUUCUUUAGCCAAGGGGUUCUUUGUUCUCCAAAUAUCGACUAAGUCCAAGUUGUCUGUCAUCUCAAAAAAAGUUUUCGGUAGUCUACCAUCCUUAGUGACUACCUGUCUUUGUGCCUUGUCCAUAUGUGUAGAUACCACUCCAUUCAUGUCUCCCAUCAAAAUCACAUUAUAAUCCAAAUAGUCCAUCAGGGUCUCAUGCAACUUUUAAAAAAUCGGAUUUCCCUCAUUUGGUGCGUAAAUUCCUACUAUCAAAAUUUUUUCUCCUUGUGAUUGAAUUUCAAUUGCCACAAAUCUUCCUUGGUCAUCUUUAAAGAUAAAUUUCGGUAAUAAUCUCUCCUUUGCAUAAAUCACUACCCCUCUUUUUUAACCUUGUCCGAUGAAAUAAACUCCUGACCAAGUCUUUUAUUAAUCAAUAGUUUCCUGUGUAACCUUGUUAUAUGUGUUUCUUGUAAACAAAUCAAGUCCAAUUGUUCCUUUUUAAUAAAUGAAACACAGAUCUCCUUUUCCGAGGGAGUUCAAACCAUUACAAUUCCAACUUAGUAGUUGCAGAGCCAUGAUGUAGUUACUUUGCUUCUCCUCCAACUGCACCCAGUGCCUGUUCCUGUUCUGUCGGUGGUAUCACCUUCUUCAGGCGGUCUUUUAGUUCAGGAGGUAAAUCUGGUAUGUCUAAAGUUUCACUUACAAGUGCUCUUAGCUCUCCUGUAACUUUCUUCUGCAGGUCUUCUCCGUGGUCUCUCCAAAAUUUAUCUUUGUCGUCUUCUGAUCUUAUUUUUAUCUUCUUCCCUUUAUAACUGAAGGAUAGGCCUUGGGGAAUUCCCACCUAAAAAUGAUUCCGUUACUUCUCAACAGGGCAACCAAAUCUCUAUAAUUGGACCUAAGGUCCAAAAGAUGUUUCGGAAUAUCCUUAAAUAUCUCCACUUUUGACUGAUGUAUUUCCAAGGUCUUCUGGAAGUGCAGACUCAAGAUUUUGUCUCUCUCCUCUUUUGUUCGGAGGGUGAUCAAACAGUCUCUCACCCUGUUCUUCCUCCCUCCUUUUCCAAGCCUAAAAGCACUCACUAUCUUGAAACUAUCCUUCCCCAAAUCUGGGUUCCAAAAGUCUGCAAAUUCCUGCGUAAGAAAUUCAAUCAAAUUGUCUUUCUCCAAUUCAGGUACGGCCCUGACCCUUAAAUUCGCUUGUUUCUCCUUCAACUCAAUCAUAGACAGUAUUGACUUGUGGUCUUCAAGUUGUUUGUGUAACGGUGGUAUCUUCUCUUCUACAACAGUGGUUGUAGCAGUUGCAAUUUCCUUUGCUUCUUCGGCUGUCUUUCGUGUCGAGGUGGAUUCCUGCAGUAAUUUCUGAAUAGUUUCUGUAUUGGUAUUUACCUUCUGUCCCAAAUUAUUAAUACUUGUGGUGUUUUGAUCAAUUUUGCCCGAUGCCUCGGCUACUUGUUUACUUAUUCUUUCCAAAGAUUCAUUAAUUUUGCCUAGUGCCUGAGCCAGGGCAUCGUCAGCUGCCAUACCUUUAGGUUUAGGUUGUGCCGAUGAGGUUGCUGUUGGUAAACCAGAAGGGCCAGAUGUCGAUGCUCUUCUUUGCAGCCCACCGUCUGUGCGAAAUACUCUGCCAGACCUCGUUGCUUGUAACAAAUCUAUCUUCUCUUUCCCAUCUGCCAUAACCCUCAAGAUAUAGCCCAAGGUCAAUCCCACGAUCAGAGUCAAAGUUGUUUUGAAGUGGAAAAUUCCCUUAGCCCAGCUGCAGUUGUGACAGUUUCGAACUUCCUCUAGGGGGACACAGUAACAGUCAAAAAUGUCUUAAAGUAAUUAACUUCUCCCUUUCGCCCCCCAAUUCACAAAAAGGACAACAGUUUCUAUCUCAAUUGUUUCCUGUUACUUUAAAACCAGGAGAAGCCAGUCAGCAAUAUUGUAUCUUAGUUGUAUCUCAGAUGCAGAGUUAACUGUCAAAGAGUACUUUCAGCAACAGCGCAAUUCUCAAUACGGCUUUCUUACUGUCGCUGGGAACCCGUUCCAGGGUUUUAAGUGGUGGAUUUUAGCUCCUCUUCCUCUCUUUUUUUUGCAGGGAAAUAACGUUCAGACCUUUUCCCCCCUCCUCCCCUGCAAUCAAGGGGGGGAAAUCGCUGUUUUGAUGUUCGAAUUAUAAUCCUUUUCCAACGUCUUUUAAGGUUUCCGCUUACAAGUUCAUUGCUUUACUCCAUUUACAAGAACGGAAGGCAGACUUCCUGUUUAUGCCUCUCCGCUUCGGUGCCAAAUUAAUUAUAAAGUUCCUUUAGUUCCGAAAUUAGCCUACUCACGGAUCGUUGUUUUGCAGCCAAAUUGUCCCAGGAAAAAGGUAGCGCUCUCCGGUAACGGCUACGCGGCUUCACUCCACGGAAGAAGCAAAGGACUCACAGCACCGCGCCACUGCCCCGCUCCGCUCCAGAGCCCAUAACCGGACUCCUUUGCCAAUUGGGGAGGGCGCAAACGGUGCCCGCCGAGUCCCACGGUCACAGGCUUCACCCGCCUGUGAUUUUUGAAGGGUCCCCGCUGCGCCGUAGCGGUACAGACCCGAUUUCCGCAGAGCCGGUUCCCUCCAAGUCAGAGGGAAUCCGCCAUUACCGAUGGCGCCACCCCGGAAGUCCCAAAAUGGUUCAUUUUUUCAGGGGACACUUGAAGGGCAAGAAAAAUGUACAUUCGCAAGGUGGUAUUUUGAAAAUUAAGCUCUGGGAAAAGCAAAGGAAAAUGCAGUAAUAAAAUAAAAUAAGAACCUUCCCCUGAAUUGAACUUCCAAGCAUAUCCACCCACUUUAUCCCACUUUCAGAUUGUCAAGACCAAUGAGAAUCCCGUUGAGGAUGCAGAUCUGUUGAUCCCAAUCCAGUUCUAUGGAACAGAUCAUCUUGAUUUUAAAAGCACUGGUCUAGAGUUCAGUGGGACUUGCACUAUGAAUACUUACCUAGCUACAAGUCCUAUUUAUUCUUUAAUAAGUAUAGUUUUAUUGAUUUCCAACAUAUAACAAUUACAAAAGAAAAUUGAAAGUCCAUAGAGGCUUUGUGAACCAUAUUAUAAGGAAGCCAUUAUAUAAGGUAUGGGAAAAAUACAAAGACUUACUGGAACCCAGAACUCCUUGGUGGCUAUCUCCUAUGGAGGUGAUAGCAGUUAAAAGGAAGAAUAUGGAAAUGGAGUGGACUACAUAUAAAGAUCUACUGGGGGAAGAAGACAAUAAAUUGAAACUGAAAAAAUAUGAGGAAAUUAAACAUAAUCUGACAGAAUGGAUCCAAUAUCAUCAGAUAAAUGAGGUCUUUAAGAUAGAUAUCAAAAAAGGUUUUGCGAGAGAAGAAUAAAAAAUAGACAAAGAAUUAAUACAAAAUAAGAAAAAUGUAAUCUCUAGAAUGUAUGGAUUUCUUUUAGAAUGGGAGGUAAAAGAUGAGCAGGUGAAAGAAGUAAUGAUUAAGUGGGCUAUGGACUUGGGUAAAACUAUUCAAUUAUCAGCAUGGGAAAGGUUGUGGAACAAAGAAUGGAAAUUUAUGGCCUGUUACUCAUUAAGGGAAAAUUUGUGGAAGAUGUUUUACAGGUGGUAUAUAACCCCUUGCAAAAUAUCUUAAAUGUACAAAAAGAAAUCUAAUAUGUGCUGGAGGUGUAAUCAGGUAGAAGGGACACUAUUACAUAUGUGGUGGAGCUGCAAAAAAAUUAAGAAUUUUUGGGAUACUGUAUAUGAAGAGCUGAAAAAAAUAUUUAAACACACACACACACACACACACACACACACACCAUAAGCUUUCUUAUUGGACAUAUUAGACUCAGACAUCCCAAAUGAAAAUAAGAGAAUAUUUUUAUACGCAACAACGGCAGCAAGGAUACUAGUAGCAAAAAAUUGAAAUGGUGAAAUAGUACCAACAAAAAAAGGAUAGACUAUUCGAAUAUUUUGAAAUGGCAAAAAUGAAGGACACGAUUAGGGGACAGUCUAACCAAAAGUUCCAAAAAGAGUGGGGAAUAUAUAGAGAUUAUUUAAAAAAAAACCAGUGUCCCCAAAUAAAAACCUGGACUUCCUUUGAAUAAUUUUCACAAACCACAAUUUGCUCUAGAAGUAUAGUGGACAGAGAAGGUUAGGAAUGAAGAAUUGAGAAAGAAACAGCUUUACAAGUAGGAAAAUAGACCUGCUUUGAGGAGGAAGGAAGUCUAUUAGAAAUAAAAGAAGAAGAAUGAGAAAUAUAAAGUAGGGUAACAUAAGUUCGUGGGCAAGAAUUUACGGAUUUAUGGUUAUAUGUUCGUUAUUUGUUAUAUGGUUAUGUGUUUAUUACCUGUUCUCUGUUUUUCUUUUUAGUUUUUGUUGCUGUUGUUGUUAUAUUUUAAUGUUAUGGUCAGGUUGCAGGAUUUAAACUGAAUAAGCUAAAAACAAAGGUUUUAGAGAAAAAUUUAACUGUGAUGGAGAAAGAGAGGUUUCAGAAUGAGACAGGUUUAACAGUGGUUAAGAAAGUGAAAUACCUGGGGAUUAACAUGACAGCUAAAAAUGGGAAUCUAUUUAAAGACAAUUAUGAAAAAUGUUGGACUGAAGUGAAAAAAGACUUAGAAAUUUGGUCAAAUUUAAAGCUUUCACUGCUAGGCCGUAUUGCUGCUAUAAAAAUGAAUGUAUUGCCUAGAAUGUUGUUUCUGUUUCAAACACUGUAAAUUUUGGACAAAAUGGACUGUUUCAAGAAGUGGCAGAGAGAUAUCUCUAGGUUUGUCUGGCAGGGCAAGAAGCCUAGAAUAAAAUUUAAAAUACUAACAGAUGCAAAGGAAAGAGGUGGAUUUGCCCUGCCAGACCUUAAACUUUACUAUGAAUCAGCGGCUUUUUGCUGGUUGAAAGAAUGGCUACUUCUGGAAAACGCAGACAUUUUGGAUUUAGAAGGUUUCAAUACUGUAUUUGGAUGGCAUGCAUAUUUGUGGUAUGAUAAGGUCAAAGCACAUAAAGCAUUUAAAAACCAUAUUGUCAGGAAAGCAUUAUUUAAUGUUUGGAUAAGAUAUAAGGACCUAUUGGAAAAUAAAACCCCAAGGUGGCUGUCACCGAUGGAAGCGAAGGCUCAGAAAAAGCUCAAUAUGGAGGUUAAAUGGCGAAAUAUUGGGAAAUUUUGGAACAAGAUGAGAGAUAGACUGAAAUUGCAGAGUUUUGAGAAAUUAAAAAACAAAGUGCGAGACUGGCUUCAUUAUUAUCAGAUAAUGGAGGCAUACAAUUUGGACAAGAAAAUUGGCUUCCAGGUGGAAAAAUCAAAAUUAGAAACAGAACUGUUAGAACCCAAAACUAAGAUUUUGUCAAAAAUGUAUAACUUGCUGUUGAAAUGGAAUACUCAAGAUGAAACGGUAAAAUCUGCUAUGAUUAAAUGGGCACAAGAUGUUGGUCAUAACAUAAUGAUGGCUGACUGGGAACAGUUAUGGACCACAGGUAUGAAGUUUACGGCAUGUAAUGCCUUAAGAGAGAAUAUUAUGAAAAUGAUAUACAGGUGGUACAUGACACCAGUCAAGCUUGCAAAAAUCUAUCAUUUGCCCGAUAAUAAAUGUUGGAAAUGUAAAGAAACUGAAGGUACAUUCUUUCACCUUUGGUGGACGUGCCCAAGGAUUAAGGCUUUCUGGGAGAUGAUUUAUAAUGAACUGAAAAGGGUAUUUAAAUAUACCUUCCUGAAGAAACCAGAGGCCUUUCUCCUGGGCAUAGUCGGCCAAUUGGUGCCAAAGAAGGACAGAACUUUCUUUAUGUAUGCCACAACAGCAGCAAGAAUACUUAUUGCAAAGUAUUGGAAGACACAAGAUCUACCCACCCUGGAAGAAUGGCAGAUGAAGGUGAUGGACUACAUGGAACUGGCGGAAAUGACUGGCAGAAUCCGAGACCAGGGAGAAGAGUCGGUGGAAGAAGAUUGGAAGAAAUUUAAAGACUAUUUACAGAAAUAUUGUAAAAUUAAUGAAUGUUAGAAUGAUGUUAGAAUGAAGUUAAGUGGUUUAAGCAGCAAUGUUUUAAAGGUGUAUGAAAAAUGGAUUAUUAACAGGUGAGAACUCAAAGUUAUAUUAUAUUAAGUUAAAGGAUUAAGAUAAAAACAAAGAGGGAAAGAAAUUGCUGAAUCAACUAAUUAAAUUGGAAUACAAAAAAGGGAGGUGUGAGGAGGUCAGGGAAGCAAGGAUAUGAAUAUAUGAUAUGGAAAGAUUGAUGUGUUUUCUUUUUAAAUGUUUUUUAUCUUUUUUCUGUAUUUUGUAUUUUUCUUUUUCUUUUUUCUUUUUGUCUUGUUUUCUAUUCUUUUUACUUAUGUAAUUUUUUUCCCUUUGAAAACUUAAUAAAUAUUAUAUAUAUAUUUUAAUGUUAUGUAAUAAAAAGUUAAUAAAAAGCAUUAAUAGAAAAAGAAAGUCCCAGUCCCAGUCCCAGGGGUGGCCAUUCGGACUGGGGGAGGGGUGGGAGGCAGGGAGCCCAAGAGUGGGCGGAGCCAGAACCACUGAUGGGUGGAGGCAACUCUCUCUGUUGUGGUCCCCAUCCUCCUCCCUACUGAUGUCUAACAAGGCAACUCUGAGGAGGAGGAAGAUGUUCACAGCUGCACCCUAGAGCAGAAGGAAGGAAGGAAGGAAGGAAGGAAGGAAGGAAGGAAGGAGCGAGUGGGGGCUGGGUGGGGCAGUGUCCCUCUUGCCCCAGUUGGCCAGCCUCCAUUCUGGGGCAGCCGUCAGUGGGGGCCAUUCCUGUUUUGUGGGACCUGCCAUUUCUCCCCAAGACAUUCUUUCCUGUCAGCACAUACUGGAGGGAAAUGGUGGCCCCAUGGCUCCCCAGAGGAAUGUAUCCUAUGGAGAAACAUAUCAAAUACUAAGGCAGCAAACUCCCUUCAGAUGCCACCUGUGAGUCUGAGGUAGCCAUCAUGGCUGCUUCACAAGUCCAUGACUCUCAUCCUCUGGAGCUUCACCAAAGGCUGAGCUAAAGUGUCUUUUGGAAGAAGCAGAGAUGCUUUACAUUUGCUACAAAGGUGUGACGUUUUAGUCAGUGAAAAUUUGGGAGUCACUGGUCUUAUUCUGAACAUGAGCCAGUGGGGUGGCAUGGGACACAAAAAGAGUGAAACACACCCAUGAUGGCCAAGUAUUUGGGACAGCAGACACUUAGGAAGAUCCCUUUGUAAAGUGUAAAAAGAAUUUUGUGAGGCAAGUUUUUGGGGGGAGCAGCACACAUUUCUGCCUAAUACAGAAAGCUCCCCAUUGGCUGAUUCUGUUUCCUUUUGCUUCCGAUCUAGAAAUCCUAAAUAUUGGCUUGUGAAUUUUUCUGCUUGUCUGAAUAUGGCUGGAAGAAGCACAGGUAAGACCGAGCUGAUUUGAUCUCAUUCUCGCAGAUUCCUGGACGGUGUUGGAUGGAAUCAGUAUAACCAUGGGAAAGACAUUAGCUUGAUUCAUGGUUUGUUUCCAGACCAUAUUCAAGGUGCUCACAUUGGUGUUUAAAGACCGAAAUGAUUCGUGUCUCCAAUACUUGAAAGACCCCCCCCCCUUUCCCUGCAGACCCUCUUGGGUGCCAUGAUUGGGGGAAGGGUCCUCUUGGUGGUUCUACCACCUACAAAAGGUCAGCCCAGGACCUUCUCUGUGGUGGCCCCAUGGAUGUGGAACUUCCUCCCCAGAGAGGAGCACCUGGAGCCUUCAUUGUGCAGCUUCUGGCAAAAGCUGAAGGUGCACCUCUUUUGAAGCUUGAGGUGUCUAACUUUAGCACCCGUCUUAUUUCUGUAAUUGUAACCUGUUUUUAAGUUUGUGUUUUAUUUGUAACCUACCCUAGGACCUUAGGGUGAAAGGUAGCCAAUUAUUAUUUUAGUAUUUUAUUUUAAUGCGGACCUACUUAAUUCACACUACCCAAACAAAUACAUGAGCUAAAAGAUGCAGUUCAAUCAAAAUAUGUAUGAAAAAGCAUAGAACAGGGGGAAAUUCACACAAAUAUAUUUAUAUCUGUUGGGAAAUGAAUUAUAUUAGAAGAAACUGCUUACAGAAAUGUUUAUAGUGGGCAUAAAUGCACACAGAAACAGGUAUAGGGUGAAAUGCGCUUUAAACGUGUACAGAUUGUCAUGCCAAAAAGUGGGGAACUGAACUUAAUUCUGGAGAAAUGAGAACCUGAGGGAAGGAGAACUUGACCGAUUUGUUUCUCCCUCCCCACAGCUUCUGGGUGAUGGAGAUGGGCAAGGGAGGGGUGGUGCCCAUGUUCUCCUCAGUUUCCUCUCUGGCCUCUGUGACAAUGCAGAAGAGUUGCUCACCAUCUCUUGCCUCUUUCUUGCAGAACUGAGGAUCGCCCUGGUGGGCAAAACUGGAGCUGGGAAAAGCGCAACAGGAAACACCAUCCUGGGGGACCAGAGGUUUUCAUCACGCCUCUCUCCUACCUCCGUGACAUCAAACUGUCAGAAAGGGGACACUGUCAUUGGUGGUAGGAGAAUUGUGGUGGUUGAUACACCUGGCUUUUUCGACACAAAUGUUCCAGAAGAUGUGACAACCAAGGAAAUCAAGACCUGCGUGAAGCACAUCUACCCAGGACCCCAUGUCAUCAUACAAGUCAUUCAGCUGACUCGUUUCAGCAAGGAGGAGAAAGCCGUUGCUCAGUUAAUCCAGAAGAUAUUUAGCUGCAAAGCCAAGGACUACAUGAUCAUCUUGUUCACCCGGAAGGAAGACCUGGAUCAGCCUUUGAAAGAGUUCUUGGCGGAGGGAGACCAGGAUCUGCAGAACCAGAUCGCUCAGUGUGGCGGGAGAUGCCUGGCUUUCAACAACCGGGCGAAAGGGCAGGAAAGAGAGGAGCAGGUGGCCGAAUUGCUUGGGAUGAUCAACCACCUGGUCCAAAAGAACAAGGCAGCCCCCUACUACACGGAAGACAUGCUAGAGGAGGACCAAGAAGAGAUUGAGAAGAUGAAGAGGAAAAUACGUGAGGAGGUGGAAAGGGAAAUUAAUGAAGAGAAGAGAAGAAAGAAAGAAGAGUCGUCUGACUCAAUAUGCAACAUACUGUAAUGCAUCUAGUGGGAAUGAUCCACUUAAACACCAGAACAUUUUCACUCUCAGUAGGGAUGUGCUGAAAUGCCUCCGUCUGUCCUGAUUUCCACUUGUACUUUCAGCCACUGCAAUUGGUUUAUUUUGCACAAAUCAGUAUUCCACUUUGUCGUCUACUAAUGUGGAAAUGCAUAUAGUUCUACGUAGUUUGUCAAUAGAAACGCGAUCAAUCAACAUGUAUUUACUUUUUAAAAAUAUAUUUUUAUUAGACAAUUUCAACAAAACAAAUUAUCAAUCCAAAUAAUCAAUUACAUUAUCUCCCCCCUUUUUAUCCCCCUCCCCAUCCCUCCCUCUCCCCCCCACCAAAGACUUCCCUCAGCUCCCCUCUCUGAUUUGUUUGCACAUGUUAUUCUCUGCAUGUUAAAAAUUGUACAUAUUACUACUUUAUAUAUCAUAUAUUCUAUUAAUAAAUUUGUGGAUGUUUAUUCAAAACCUGCCAAGGAGUCCAAGUCAUUUUGGUUUUUUAAAAAAAGAGUUGAUAAAAAGUUCCCAAUCUUCCUUGAAGUCACGAUUGUCCUUCUCCCGUAGUUUGUGUGUCAACUUUGCCAACUCUGCAUAACGCAUCAGCUUUUCUUGCCAUUGUUCUUUCGUUGGGAUUUCCUCCUUCUUCCAUCCUUGUGCUAACAAGACUCUUGCCGCUGUUGUGGCAUACAUAAAUAAAUUCUUUGUUUUUCUUGGCAGGCCUCGUCCUAAAAUCCCUAACAAAAAUGCUUCUGAUUUCUUUACAAAUGUCAUUUUAAACAUUUUUUUCAAUUCAUUAUAUAUCAUUUCCCAAUUUUUUAAAACUUCUCUACAUUCCCACCACAUAUGAUACAUAGUACCUUCUUUUUCUUUACAUUUCCAACAUAUAUUUGACCCGGUUUUGUACAUUUUUGUUAUUUGUACUGGUGUGGAGUGAAUUUCAAAUCCACUUUCCACAGCUUUUCCCAAUCCUCAAAUUGUAUAUUGUGUCCUAUAUCUUGUGCCCAUUUGAUCAUAACUGAUUUGACCUCCUCAUCUUUUGUUUCCCAUUCUAGCAGAAUACUAUAUGCUUUCUUCGCAUCUUUUUCUAUAAAUACCUUUUGAAAUCUAGAGAUUGUAUAACUAAACCCUUUUUUAUUAUCUUCCUUAUACAUCUCAUGUAAUUGUCUGUAAUGCAGCCAACUCUAAAAAUGGUCUUUAAUUUCCUCAUAAUCUUUUAAUUUCCAUUUUCCUUCUCUAUAUGUAGGCCACUUCCCCUUUUUACCAACCACAGUGCUUGGUAAAAUUACCUUGAAAUUACCCUAGGGGCUGAUGGGUGAACUGGGGUUUACUGGUAUUUUGAAAUAUAUGGUGGGAGCCAUAUAUUCAUGUCCUAUUUGGUGGUAACAGCAGUGACAGAAGAUGGUUUUGCUACAAACUCUUUGUACUAAAUUUGAAUAUUUUCCAUUCAUCAAGCUGCAUGAAUUCUCUAGUUGCUCAGAUAUUAGAAUGUGAUUCUAAGAUUGGUUCCCUUCACAUGCAUCUCAGCUGUUCCAGAAACUCCUCCCUGGAAGAGGCAGAGAGACAAAGAACUGUCCAUCCCAUAAUGACUCCAAGGUCGCUUCCAGCAAUGUUAGAAACUGAGAAAUGAAAGCUAGGAACUCAAUGGCACCUUAAACCGAGGUUAUGGGAGCAACAACGGAAUGUCUAGGUGUGCUUUUUUAAUAACAAGAAUACAAAGCUGAAAAGGAAUAGAUUGCGGCUAAAAUAUUAUCUUCAUUUUUCACAUGGUCUAGUCCUUCCCCUGCCCACCCCCCUAAUAUUCGUAAGAGGGUCUC